GGCUCUGGAUCAGCUCCAGCCCACCUCGGAAAUACUCUUCAGGUGCUGCAACUCUUCCUUCCGCUGCUCCGCCACUCUCGUUGGUCUCCAAGCUUGGGGUUCUUUCUCUCUGAGCUCCAUCUUUAUCCUCGCGGUCCGGACUCUGGUUUUGGGUGUGAUCCGUCGGUGAAGGGCAGCGAUGUCCGGCCAGUGACUGACUCCGUCUCGGUCCGUCAAGUGUUUCUAUCUUGCAUGCCUCUGCGUCGGCCGGUCGGACAAUAGUCAGCCGCAGCAGAGCCGCCGUUCCUCCUCCUCCAGCCGGGGGGAGCUCUCCGAGUGAUCCUGCCCAGGACUCCUGCGCUCUCCACGGCUCCAGAUGGCAGGACACGAGUGGGAGGACUGGUUCGAGAGGGAGGAAUUUAUUGGACAGAUCAGCGACAUGCGGGUGCAGAACCUGCAAGGUAAGAGCAUCCCAUCCCGGUCCGACAUAAUUUUUCUGGGCUGUUUGGGGCCAGUGCGCUGCCGCCAGUGGCCUGGCCAAUCGUGCACAACCUCCUCCAAACCGUGAGUGUGCAGAGAAAAAGCCUCUGCAGCAUUUACAACUUGGGAGCACGUUUGUCUGCAGCCAAGAACCCCAAACUUUCCUAACUGUCCUCUAGAGCAGACUUUACUGAGGAGUGAAAGCACGGUGAUUGAACUGUAAACAGGAGCUCUGGAGUCCGUAUGUAGCUCUGUUCCUACAAACCGAGAGUGAACAGAGUAGGUUUUCUGCUACUUCGUUCACUCUUGGUUCCACUGACCCUGAUGUUUACUGUUGACUGUAGAGUCAAAGACUGUUAUGAGCUGAGGACAAAGGCUGAGCAGAGUUAUUCAGUAGAUUGAUUUGUGUGAGUUAGUAUCUAUACAGGGAGAAACGAUGAACAGAAAUAUCUACAAAACAGUGUUUCAAGAUUGAUUUGAAGAUUGAUUCUCUAAAGAUGCUGGAGGACAAAAGACACAAACACACACAAAAAAGCAACACAAGGAAAUAAUCAGCAGUAUGAUCAGUCUGCAGCUUUAGGGCAGUUUGUCCAAAAGAUUUUUUUUUAUUUCACUGAUCUCGAUGUGGAUGCUUUUAAAAUGUGGUGUGACUGUAGAAAUUCACAAGAGUCCUUGUUCCAUGAGUCUGAGUGUUCGCCCUCAAUUGACGUGAUAAAUGAUUUUCAUCCUUAAUAUAUUAGAAAGAUUCAGGAAGGAGUGAAUGAUUGAGUGAGCAAGCAAGCAUAUGUUGAGACAAGGCUGAAAAAUGACAGGACUCUGCAGUGGAAAUCGUUGCAUGGGCUCAAAAUCCUAGCCUGGCUGAGCCAUCCAGUUGCGUGAAUCACUUGCUGUGGGAAGGAAUGGCAAGUGACUCACGCAACUGGAUGGCCCAGCCAGGCUAUCAAAAUCCAGUUUCAGGAUCAGAAUAAUCCACGAGGGAACUGACUGUGUGCUGUGUCUGAGGUCUGAGCAUAGACACAUGAUACAGCAGUGUUGCAGAUAUAAGGCAUGUUAUUGAUAUUACAACGAUAAUAAUAAUAAUAAUAAUAAUAAUAAUAAUAAUAAUGAGAAGAAGAAUAUGACAUAGCUUUUGUUUGAUUAUAUUUACAUGACUCGUUUUAAUUAUCCUUUAUUAUUUGUAAUGGAUAAUGAUAUUAUCCUAAGGUCCAAGCACAUCUGUGGACCCCCCCCCCCCCCAUCACAACUUAAAACUUAAAUAAAUAGAUAAUUUAAAUAAUUUAUUUAACACAAAUAUAGUUUUCUUUUUUUCUCAAAGAAGAGCUCAAAGGCUCUGCUGUAUGGAAAGUUGGCCACAGAUGGCCAAUUGAUGCUGAGAAGCGUGCAUGCUGCUUGAUGGUCCUCAUGCAGCCUGUUCCUCAGGUGUUCACCUACACAUAAAAACAAUUUAAAGCAAAGGGAGUUUGCCAAAUUGAGAGAGCCCAAACCACAUCGUUCUGUUUUUCCAAAUGAAUCUGAAAAAACAUGUGAAGGCCAAAAUUUGUGCCAUUAAGGAUAAACAUUACUGUCGCCAACAUUGCAUUAUUAACAGUGACAUUAACAUUAGAGUCAUUUUCACAGGCUUGAGCUAAAUAUUUGUUCAACUUAACCUCAUAGGUACCUUUCUCUCACCCUUCUCCCUCCCUUUACUCUGCUCUGUAGCUUCUAUUGCUGUGUUGGUUAUGAAUGAUUCGUCAACGGCGUAGCAUUGCGGGGUGGGCAGCCGGCAACCCACUGCAGGGAGGGAGGGAGGGACAGAGUGGGACAGGGACUGUGCCCCUGAAUCACUCAGUGAACUGCACUUUUCUGAGGGAUUUUCUUUUGAGGGAUACACUUUCAUGGCGACUGUUGUUUUAACAGAUUUAGUUCUCGGAGAAACAAACUUCACACAUUUGGCUUGCAGUAAAGAGAACAGAGGGAGACUCACCAGCUGUAGCAGGCAUUAGGCAGGAGUGAUGGAGUAAGAUAGGGGUGUGUUAUGUUCAAGUGUACCUCAGAGAAAACUAACUUUUUGUUCUUUUUGUUUUAACUGCUCAACACCUCAACAAUGCUUGUACAGUAAGACACAGCAUGUAACGCCCGCAUGUGUGACUGUCUGACUGUGACAAUUUGCAAAGCUACGGUGCAUGUUCAGUGUAGACCAGUUAAAUAGCAUGCCAUAGGACAGUACAUCUAAAACAUUAUAAUUUAUAAACAAGUUCAUUUUUACAAGCGUGUUUGUAAAAGAACCAUAGUCACAACAUUCUCGUCUCCCGGUCCUGGAAGCUGUUAACUGAACUGAAACCUGUCCGUUCAGCUGUGUAUCAGUUCAGGAAGUUAGAGUCGCAGGCUCCUCCCGCCAAGCACUGAGUGAUUCAGUGAUCACAUUUUUUGAAUUAAUCUUUUUAGUGAACUGUUUCUAGUGAUUCAGUGCAUCUAAAAGAACUGCUGUGGCCAUCACUAGUUGCCUCUUUGCUGCUACUCUUUAGCGAGCUGCAGUAGAGCCGGAAAGGCAGUUGAGACUCCAGUGUUGGUUUUUCAAAAUAAAGUUAUAUGUAGAACAGUGUCACAUUUCAUGAGUACAAUUCCACACUCUUAUAACGGUCUGUGAAUGUUUGUAAAAGUAGACCUGUUUAUAUGGAUCCAUUCUAGGGCUGAACGAUUAACUGCAUUUGCGACAAGAUUGCAAGAUGAUAAGAAGGGAUCUUCUAACUGCAAAGGCUGCGAUUUGACUGGUCACAUGGUCUGGUCACAUGACUUGCAAGCAAACGGAGCAGAGCAGGCAGGAAGAGAAGUCAACACUGCACUAUGCUGCACUUUGGGCUCAGGUUUGACAGGAGCUGACACUGCAGAAAGUUUAGUACCAAAGAGAGGCAGCACGGCAGUUGUGUGGAUUUAUUCUGGCUAAAAGGAAUGCUGCUUUACAACAUGUGCAGAACCUGCCAUGCUACUGUUGCUACCUCAGGAGGUUACACUGCGACACGAAGCACCGCAAAGCCGUGUAAGAUUGUUGAAUGGCCUGUGACCAGUACUUCAACUUAAAGUAAGCAAAAUACCAGCCAACAGGGAUCACUGACUAAACUGUUUAAAAAUAUGGCUCCUUUUGAACAUAAUUCAAAGCGACACACAAAAAUAACACCAGCAAUAAUGGAGUUCAGAGCGAAAGACGUGAUGCAUUGCAGCCGGCCUGAGAGAAGGGCUCGCUAGCUGGAAUCUACAGGAUGAAAACCUCGUCUGCAUAAUGAAGGACAAUGCAUCCAACGUGGUGACAGCAGCACAGCUUAAUGAAUAGACCAGACUCCAGUGUUUUGGGCACCGAUUACAUCUUGCCAUCGGUAUAUAAACUAGUAUCAUGACAUAUAUGAGGGUGCGUGCAUGUGUGUACGUGAUUGUGUGUGAGCAGAGAGAGAACCUUUGUGUUUGUUUUUGUGUGUGUUGGUGUGUGUGAGAGAGAAUGUAAGAGUUAGAGAGGGAGAGAAUGUAGCCAUAGAAACCAUAGACUGUACAUAGAAUGGACAUAGUCUGCCUCCUCGCUGGGUGAAGCCACUCCGAGAACAGCACCCUCUGUUGACGGGCUGCAGUUUAGGUCAUAAAUCCUGCCUCCUCCAGCAAAGCUUAUUCAAUUUAAUUCAAUUCAAUUCAAUUCAACUUUAUUUAUAUGGCACUUUUCAUACAAAAGGAGAUGCAAUUCAAAGUGCCUCACAGAGGCUAAAAACAACAAUAAAGACAAAAACCCAACCCCUUCUAACCACCCACACACCCAUGGACCCACACGCACACAGAGACACACACCCACCCUCACUCACCCACACAUACACACACACACACAACCGCACACAGUGUGAGAAUUUAAGAUAAAAUUUUAAAGAGACUUUGCCUGACACCGAGACAUUACAUGAGGAACGAGUUACCUUUAGGAAACACUGGAGCUAAAAAUAAAGAUAAAAAUGGUGAAAAGGAUAAAAUCUGAUGGAUUAAAAUAAGAAAAUAAUAAUAUUAAAUGAACAAAUAAAUAAAAGGGGUAAAAGAAGUAAAAACCUGUGACAGGAAAUUAAAAAAGGCUAAGAACAGAGAUAAUGAAUAGAAUGACAUAAAAUAAACAUUAAGAACAUUGAUUAAAAUGAACAUUUGCAGUAAGAGAAAUCUAAAAUGGCAAUUAGUAAAAAGCCUGGUUAAAAAAGUGAGUCUUGAGACUCUUCUUAAAAAUGUCAACAGUCUCUGCGGCCCUAAGGCUCUCCGGCAGGCUGUUCCACAACCGGGGACCAUAAAAACUGAACGCCUCCUCCCUGUGUGUUUUUCUUUUGACUUUGGGUAAGGUUAAAAGACCUGUGCCGGAGGACCUCAGGGUCCGCAAGGGUUGAUAUGGUAAAAGUAAAUCAGAUAAAUAGGAGGGGCCAAGACCAUUAAUACAUCUAAAAACUAGUAAAAGAACCUUUAAAAGAACCUUAAAAUCAAUCCUGAAAUGGACGGGGAGCCAAUGCAGCGAUGCUAAAACUGGCGUUAUAUGCUCUUGCCCUAUGGCCCUUGUCAGCACUCUUGCAGCUGAAUUCUGUAAAAGCUGAAGUGUAUGUAAGUUCUUCUUUGGGAGGCCAGAGAGCAGGGCGUUACAAUAAUCUAAACGUGAGGAGAUAAAAGCAUGCAUCAGCACCUCCGUGCUGGCCUGAGAGAGAAAAGGGCGGACUCUGGCUAUAUUCUUAAGGUGGUAAAAACCUACCUUUGCUAUGUUUCUGAUGUGUGGAAUAAAACUGAGCUCAGCAUUGAAAAUAACACCCAGGUUUUUUACAGAUGUUGAUACUUUAAAAUCUUGUAGUUUUGGUGAAAGUGUCUCUCUCAGGCCCUCAGGACCAAUAACUAAAACCUCUGUUUUGUCAUGGUUGAGCUGCAGGAAGUUGGCUGUCACCCAGGACUUGAUGUCUAAAAUGCAGUUUAAAAGGGCAUCAAUUGGCCCGCUAUCAUCAGGAGACACGGCCAUGUACAGCUGCGUAUCAUCAUCAUAGCUGUGGAAGUUGAUGCCGUGCCUCCUGAUGAUGUCCCCCAGGGGAAGCAUGUAAAGAUUAAAAUGAGUUGGACCGAAAAUUGACCCCUGGGGAACCCCACACAUAAUUUCAUGGGUUUGUGAGGAACCCAUACUUACUAAGAAGUGUCGACCAGUGAGAUAGGAGGUGAACCAGUCCAAAACAGUGCCUGAGAGGCCGACCAGGUGCUUAAGUCUAUUUAAUAAAAUGUGAUGGUCUACUGUAUCAAAGGCGGCGGUUAGAUCCAGCAGGACCAAGACUGUGAGGUUGCGAUUAUCUAAAUUGCACCCGAUGUCAUUCAAAAUUUUAAAAGGUCUGUCUCAGUACUGUGGUUUCUCCUAAAACCUGAAUGGCACUUCUCUAAAAUGCUCUUUCUGUUUAAAAAAUCAUUUACUUGUUGAAGAGAAAGUUUUUCCAAGAUUUUACUUAAAAAUGGUAAGUUGGAUACAGGUUGGUAAUUGUUAAAAAUCUUGGGGUCCAGAUUGCUCUUCUUCCUCAGAAGAGGCCUCACCAGCGCAGUUUUAAAGGAGGUGGGAAAGACCCCUGUCUGUUGAGAGCAAUUUACAAUGUUUAAAAGCUGUUCCUCAAAGAAUCCAUAAAAUUGUUUAAAAACACUGUGUGUGUCUGCGCGUCAACCAGUGCAAAACUCUCCAGUGUUUCCUCGAGUAAAAGCAGGGAUCCAGGUGUGUUGGCAAUUAAAAUCCGUUGAGAUAAAAGACUGGAUCUGAUGUUGUCGAUUUUACUUCUGAAGUGGUCUACAAAAUCCUCACAGAGGGUGUCAGAGGAUGACCCAGGGGUUCUGUUAAAAUUAUUGUUUGUUAAAAGAUCAAUUGUAGUAAAAAGAAAUCUGGGGUUAUGUUUAUUGUCAGCGAUCAGUUUUUUUGUAGUGGGAAGUUCUUGCCUGUUUGACUGUGCUAUUGUAGGUUUUGAGGUGGUGUUUAAAAAUUUCAAGGUAGACUGUUAAUUUGGAUUUCCUCCAUCUCCUUUCAGCACUCCUGCAUUUUCGUUUGAGCUCUUUGAUAUGCGCGUUUCUCCAUGGGGGUCUUGCUUUUUUCUUGAUUGUUUUGGUUAAAAGUGGAGCAACUGAGUCCAGUGUUGACCUUAGAUUGGUGUUAAAAUUGUCAAUGAUUGUUGUGUUGUUGUGUUGUUAAGCGUUUUGGGUAUCUUGAAAGGCGCUAUACAAAUGUAAGAUAUUAUUAUUAUUAUUAUUAUUAUUAUUAUUAUUAUUAUUAACGAUAAAAUCACAGGGUGCUGGUAAAAUUUGUGGAGAGGUGUUCUGUAGGAUGUGAAUAAAAUUUGCAGCAACUUCAGAAGAUAGGUAGCGUUUCCUCACCGUUCUGACUGGGCUCCCCCUCUGGUUAAAAUUGCUGAUUUUAAAAAACACACAAAAAUGGUCAGACACAGCCAGAUCCACAACAGAGGGUGCACCGACGGACAGGCCAUAGCUUAUGACCAGGUCCAGGUCCCCCUGCUGUGGGUCAGCUGUGUCACAUGCUGCUGAAAAUCAAAGCAGUUUAAAAGGUUUAAAAAUUCUCUAGACACUGGGUCUGAGGUGUUGUCAAUGUGUAAAUUAAAAUCACCAGUUAUUAAAAUCCUGUUGUAGGUGGUGUGGAUGAUUGAUAAAAGUUCGGAGAAUUCACUGAUAAAAGAGGUCGAGUAGCGAGGGGGUCUGUACACAUUGAUGCAGAGGAUAGGAGGGCUGCUAAAAACAAAGGCGUGAUAUUCAAAUGACGAGUAGCUGCUAAAAGGAACUGCAGAAGGGGACAGUGUGGAUCGUAUUAUUGAUGCAGUUCCUCCUCCUUUCUUACCCUCCCGCGUAGAAAAUGAAAAGUUAAAAUUUGUGGGGGAGGCCUCAGUGAGAACAAUAGGUGCAUCUGUGCCAAGCCAUGUCACAGUAAGAAGGAUACAGUCGAGCUGUUUUUCUAAAAUUAAAUCGUUUUUGAUAAAAGAUUUGUUUAAAAGAGAGUGGGGGGGGGGGGGGGGGUGUCUAAAUAUAGUCCUUAGUUUCGGUUGUAUGUAUUAAUUAAUGGUUUUGAUGGUGUAAGUGUCCUAUUUUUAUAUUAAGAGUGGUGGGGGUGUUGGUGUUGAGGUGUGUGAGGUGUAAGGGAGCGCGGGGGGUUGAGGGGUGGGGUGUGUGUGUGUGCAUGUGUUUACAGUUUGUCAGGAGGUAGCAGUGGUACAGGAGCGGAGGGUAAGGUCCAUAAUAACUGAUAAGAGGUCCAGAUGCAUGUUGAUAGAGAGGAGAUGUGAUCCGUGAAAGUUUGGAUGAAGUCCAUAAUGUCUGAACAGGUAAGGGCGGUGGAGGAAGGUGGUGAAAUUGUCCACGAAUGGAAUACUUAAUGAAGAGCAGUAAGGUUUUAGCCACACAUGUAGCUGUGGUACAUGGCUGAACUUCACGUCACCGUAGCAGGGACAGGGCAGAGGACUAGAAAUCACAAAACGGCGGUCUGACUGAGAGAGGCUAUCGAUAAGGUUCCUAAAAUCUUUUUUGAGUAAUUCUGACUGUUUAAAGCGGAGAUCGUUUCCACCUACAUGGAUGCAGAGUGAUGAGGCAGAGGGGUAUCGUUCCAGUAACUCUGGGAUUUUGGCGUCGAUGGCCUUGACACUGGCACCCGGGUUGCAGCUGAUUACAGUUGCGGGCAGAGUGAUGUUACGUACCAUUGAGGUGCAGACCACUAGUACUGAAGGAGGUGGAGGACUGGGUUUGGUCGGAUGAGAGUGAGCCGCGUGCUUCCCUUGACGAUGCGCAAAAUGCGCGGACGCAGCCGUUGAGGAUGUUGGUGGCGAAGAUGGAGGGGCGCGCCGAGGCUCAUCUGAAUGCUGCUGCGGCGAAGGGAGCCGAGGAGGAGUGCAUUGUGGCGCACCUGUCUGCCGAGGCGGAAGUGGUGGCGCCCGCCGCUCCGGUGUGGGGAGCGGGGGGGAAGUCCUGCUCGUCCAGAGGGCUGAAGCUGUUGGAAAUAAGAAUUCCAACACGGAACGACAGCGUGGAGGGGAUUUCUUCUUCAGCCUGGUGUUGCUUUUUACCGGGAUCCAUGGACCAGGAGUGGAGUUACACAGUUUGGGGUUGGGACUAAAAUAACCAUGAGGCGCCUUGGGCUUAGCACCCUCCUGCAGCCAGCGGGCUUCGGCGCCUCUAGUUGGAGGCUGAGUCGCCGGGAUGUUAGGAUGAAGAUCAGCCUCAAGUCGGACGGAGGGAGCGGUAGGGGGGGCCGGGGAUGUCCCAUGGAGUUGAGGGAUGGCUCGGUGCAACCCGGAUGGUGUCGUCAAACUUAGCUUCAGCAGCGGCACCAGUCGCUCCCGUCGUGACAAUGAAAGAUUCCAAGAACUUUUCUUCAUCGCGGAGUUGGUAGAGGUUGGAGAUGCGAUCCUCCAGGUCUGAGAUAGUUUGGCUCAGCUGGAGGCAGCGAUCACAUCUGGAUGGUGAGGUGAGUGGGGGCAUGGUUGGACAGGAGGUACCUGUUAGCUGUUAGCCGGAUUUCAAACCGGCUCAGCUCAGAGCGGAUCCCUCCACAGACAGAGCCCUGACCCGGACCCUUCGGCUUGGUUCGGCUGAAAACCGUUCCCCUCGGAAAAGUUGGUUGGCGGAGUCUGGUGGUGGCUGCUGCUGGUUCGGCUUAGCCUUAUGGGACUUAGCCUUUCAUGUGACUGUUGUUGUUCAGAGAGGUUUUCAAAGUUAUCAUCUGGACUUCUGUCUCUGUGGUCUGCACUUUUUACUUUUUACUUUACCUUUGUGAAAUGAUCAGUUUUGCAAACAUGAUAAAGUGCACUUGAAUUUAUAUUAUUUUGAAACCUCUUUCUCAGGUAUUAUAGUUUACCAUUUAUAGUCUACCAUGCUACUAUUUAUUUUUUAUUUAAAACUUGUGAGUGCAGCAGUCCAUGUUGAAAUUAAAGGUUUAUUGAACUUAACUUGAUUGUGAUUUUCCCUUUUUGCAUGCAAAUUCCAAUCCAACACAAAAAUCUGCUGAAGUCAUUAUACUGGUGUUAUUUUAUGCAUUUUAUACAUCAAAGGGUUGAAUUUAAUAUUUAUAGAGUGAUUUAGAGGAGGAGGAGAUGUUUUUGGCCAUAUCGUGCAGCCCUAAAGCACAGCUCUCUGAACACUGACACUGGAGAAAAGCGUGUUUGUGCAGAUGGUACCUGUGUUGUGAGGAGCUCUGGGUGGACUGGUCAGUUUGGAGGCUAAAACAGUGAACUGAUGUGUUCACCAGUCAUUACAGCUCGGUGCUGCAGCCACCCCUCCUGUGUGUCCCUCACAGAAGACAUGCUAACAUGCUAAAUUUAAGGUUCAGUUCAUUGGCGGGUCUAUCAGAGGACUGGUGUUUGCUGGAGGACAGCUGGAAUUCACAUAUAAACUCUAUGAUCUUCAUCUCUGUGUUGCUUUGUCCUGCAACUCCAUUUGAACCUUGUCAUCUCUCUAAAAUGUCGUUGAUCUCUCUGCAGCUCUGCUCAGUUAGGAGGAUUUCCAGCUGCAGGAGGAUGUUCAGCUGUAGGGUUUGCCUUGUUUUGCAGUCACAUGUUGCAUUAGUCUGUUUCACAGAAGAGGCCUGUUGCUGAAACUUUAAGGUAAAUGUGUGAUAUUUGAGGAGCUUAGUGUGGAUUUAGAAAGUAUUUGUGAAUGUCUCUCCAUCAGCCCACACUCUUCAUCACUCUACUUCUCUCCCUCUUUCUCUCACUCUGUCUUUCUGCUGUGGGUGUUCAGAUUGUUCUCUGCCUCUUCAACAGGUUUAUUCCUGUUGGACUGUGGGAGCAAACUGGCAGUGUGUUGAUUACUCGCGUUUCAGGCUGGAGACCUCUUGUAUUUAAAAUCACAUAUCUAUGAUGAACCUUGUGUAACCCAGGUCACAAAAUGACCAGAUUAAUAGUUUUAAGAAACAAAAAAAGAAUUAAAACGUAAAAAGAAUGAAAAGAAUCAAUCCAAUUGAUAAUGUGUUGAAAUAAUUUACUGUAAUUUUGUUUUAAAAUGUAUGCAAUUUGUGACACUUUAAAGAUCCUGUAUUGUGCUCCUUUUCAGCAGGUUCACAUAGGUCUCAGAGGUCCCAGAACAGUCAAUUUGAAGUUUGGUGUCUAAAAACCCAGCAGCAGGACAUUUCUGAAUGGUUAGUUACAGAUAUUAUGUGUCUCCAUAUUUUUCUUUUUACUUUGUUUGUGUGUUGGUACACAGUGACUUACAUGUAGCUAGGUAACAUUAGCUCCUGCUAGCGGUAACACCUCCGCUGUCUUCUUGUUACCUGGAGCUCUUUUGGUGAAUGCGCAAUAUUGUAAGUAUAAUUAUCUCUUGUGACUAUGUUCUUGCAGUCUAUGGAAACAGGCUUCUGUGCUGUUUCUUGCAGCCAACAACAGAGCAACUGCUGUGCUUUGCUUGUACCUUUGCCAUUUUGAACCAGCAUUUGCGAGGGAGAAUAAUAGUGUCUGAGUGAAAAUUUUUGGGGGGCAGAAAAAACAUCUUGGGCAAGGUCACCAACCUGGAGGGGAGGAGCUAUCAGACAAUUGGACUCGAGUCAUAGGGACUCGGACUUGAAUCGGCUCGAGUCACUAAUUUAAUGACUUGCAACUCGACUCGGACUUGUGGGAGGUAAAAAUUUGAGACUCAGAUUUAAAAGAAAGCUAAAAAACUCCCAGCUAACUCCAAAUUAUAGGACCCGACGAUCAUUAUGUGUCAGGGGAUCAAAUUCUCUGGCGAUUUUGUCAACAUACUGUUGACUGGACCCAUAGAGAUAUGCGUGAGGACCAUAGACUGUAUAUACUAUGGACAACUUGGUUCCGCCUUCCGCUUGUAUACGGAUUUGAAGCCAAAUAGCUCUCUGUAUUUCCAGGAUUUUUCUUCAUUUCCUGAAACCAGCGCUGCACAGUAGCGAUGCGCGCAUUAGGCUGCGCAGUCGCUGAGAGUUGCUGUGAUGACGCUCGGCUCAAACAGCAUAUCCCCCGGGAGAGCUAUGCGAUCCCUGAACUCCCAUAGGCUGUAUCAGGUGUCAAUCAUAGAAAACAUGAACCCCCUAAUAACUUUUAAAAAUGGAGCUGCACAGAAAAAAGAGGACUAUUGAGUUUAUUCAGUAUUGCUAUACCUUAUUUCACUCUAAUGUUACAGAUGAACUUGUGCUAGGGCUGCACCUGCACGAUAUUCCAAAAAAAAUAACAUUGCAUUUUUUUUCCAACCUUGCAAUAUAACUGCUGGUCAAAAGUUUGAGAACACCCCAGUUUGUCCAGUAUUUUAUUGAAAUUCAAGCAGUUCAAGUCCAAUUAACAGCUUGAAAGGAUAUGGUGAACUGCCAGAGGUAAGUAGAAAAAAGUUAAGGUUAAUUGAAACUGAAAAAAAAUCUACAUCAGAAUUAUACAAAAAGGCCUUUUUCAGGAAACAAGAAAUAAGUUAACAACAGCAGUUCUGCAGCAAUGGAGGUUAAUAAAGCCUUUCCUACAAGUGUCCCAACUUUUCUUGAUCACUUACAACCCCCUCUGUCUGCAUAAAAGUAGUGUUGGAACACACUGUGGUACCAUACCGUUGUGAGCAUUGUUUGAACAAUAGUGUACUGCAGAAAGUAGUAUGUUACUAUUAAAAUAAGCCUUGCCAAGGAAAAGGCAAUUAACGAUACAAGAGACACAGACCAUCAUAAGACUUAAAAGGUCUGUCCUCCAGAGAAAUUGCCAAGAAAGUCAAGUUGUCAUUGAGCACAGUUUCCUGUACCACCAAAAGGCAUUAAGAGACUGCAGGGAAUGCUGACAGGCAGAGGUCUGGCAGACCCAAAGCCACAACAUCAGGGGAGUAUUUGCGAAGCUGGCUGAAGAAUGCUGGGCUAUCGCUGGUAAGCGUGGCUUGAAUAAGCGGCCACUUUAAUCUUAGGUGAAACUUGUUCCACUAAUGAGGCUCAGCUGUUUUUCAGAGUUGGAAUUCUAGCCAGGCUGAUCCAAGCUGCGGCUCAGCGCGCCUCCGCAGCACACAAAAAGCCAGACGUGUCGAUUGUUGAAAUGACAAAAUCAUGUCCAAAUAAAGAGUGGAAUCCUUUCCCUCAGCUGAGCAAAAACUCCUCAUGAAGUUUUAUGAGGACUACAGAGUGACCAUCACAAAAAAGGGCAACACAGUUGCAGUUAACAAAGCUAGAGUUGCCGCAUGGCAAAGCAUUGCUGACUGUUUAAAUGUGUAAUUGUUUUUUUUUUAUUUUUUAUGAAUCACUUAGCCUAUGCAUACACACACACUGGUCUGAAAAUUAAGAUGUUCAGAGAGAAUGUUUUUGAACACUGAUUAGGAAUAACCCAUAACUGCAAUGAUUGUCUAUUUAAUUUGUAAUGUUUUUAUGGGUAAAAUAGACUUGACUUCUUUGUUUUUUGAUAACAGGUUCCUCAUCAAUGAACUGGCAUGCCAUGGUUGUGGUAAAGGUGGUGCAAGAAUACCCCGCUUAUAUAGACCUGUGUCAAAUUAGCACUUAUUGAGUUUCUACUGUGUUUGAUGACCUUUUUUUCUCACCCUGAAACUCCUCACACUACUGUGGCCCAGAGCCAAGAGGAGAUCAUUAAGGUCCUGAUGAAAUUAAAGCUGUUAAAACUUGUUGAUGAAGUUGAUUUUUUUUUGUAGCAGAAAACAGGUGGCUGUUGUCUUUAAUUUUUUUGAUAAGACAAUUUGUGCCUUAAUUCUGUUAUGUGUUGACUGUACUUUGAGGGUGACAGAAAAAAAGAAAGAAAAUCAGAUGUAACGGCGCAAUGAAUGGUACAGUUCACUGGCACUUCUCGCCCUGCACUCUGCCCACUCACCCACUGACUUCUCUGUAAUUGUACAGGGUUGGUGUAGUAUCUGACAUGUCUAGGUUCCUGUAUUUAAUAAAUCCUGUAUUUACAAAAGGUCUCAAUUUAUGUUUCUGGACAACAACAUCAUUCAUUACAGAUGAAAAUGAAUUUAAUGUGAGACAUGAGUUUCACAAAGCUUCUUUCGGAAGCCCGUCGGACAUUCUUGUAGACACAACUAAACUAAGCUUGACCGUAAGCCUGCCCGGGACCAGGCUUGUCGCACUGGCUGAGUUACCAUGGUUACCAAGCUGUACUAGCUCUAAGCCUCGUAACUCUCACUAAAGUUAGCGAGACUAACCGAAAUAAGCCAGGCUUUGAGCUAAGCCAGCUUCAUGGAAUACCCCCCAGCUCAUUUUGCAUUCCUUGUUGUUGUUACCGGCAGCACCAGCUACUCACUCGCAGGGGUGUGGUCUCCUCCUCCCUGAUUUUGAUUGGCGGCUGGUAGGGUAGUCUCCUUGGCAACUAAGUAAAGAACGAAAGUGAUUGGUGGAUUGCUGCACAGCACAUGCAGAGUUGACAUGCAGUGUGUAUCGGUCAGCUACCCUGAAAUUAGAUGAGUUCAUUUGCCUCCUACAUUGCAGGCUCUGCAAUGUGACUAUUGCACACACGUUCAUCGAGAUGUUGAUGCUUAAAAGAUAUAUUGUGCAGCCCUAACUUGUGCUACACUCGGGUCCAUUUUUCACCCUGCUGUGAGUCUCUGAGCUCAGACUGCAAAAAGGACAGAUUUCUUUCCUUCACUGAAAUUUCUGCACACAUGGUUUCCAUCACAGACAGUUGCCCCAGGGUCCCAAAUAUAGACAGAAAUUUGCUUUUGGUUCAGGAUUAGAUAGUUUGUUGCCUUAUUUUCAGACAUUUUACAGCAAAUGCACCAAAAAUAAAGUUCAUGCUGUUGGUCUGAGGAAAAACUUUUUCUGCAUAUAAACCUUGUUGUGCAGGCCAACCCUGAGGUGAUAUUUACAAAGUCUGAGUUGUCUGCCUUUGUGUUUCAAACUGCAAUAAACCUGUGGUUCCUGUGGGAAUCUCUUCUAUGCUGUAUGAGUGCCAGAGUGCCAAACACGGCUUUGCAAAGAUUAGGGGAGCAGACUUAACAAUUGCUCUUUAAAGUGGAAGUAAUUGAUUUAAUGAGUCGUAGUGAGAAUGAAAGCUUUGUUCAGCUCAGACUGGAUCAGCCCAAACACUGCAACAGGCUGCAGCUUCUAACCAGCACUCAUGACAUCGUUAUAGAGGAAUCACAGUCAAAGCAUCAGUGUGAAAGCCUCUGUGAAUCUCUGUGCAUCUCUGUGCAUCUUUGUGCAUGUCUUUGCAUCUCUGUGUAUCUCUGUGUAUCAUUUUGCAUCUGUGUCUCUGUGAAUCUCUGUGUAUCUCUGUGCAUCUCUGUGCAUUGAGACCUGCAGAAAACCUGAGAGAAGCAGAGGCUGAGAGUUAACAUUAACUCAAAGACAAAAGGUUUAUGGCUUUUAGGAGUAAAAUAACCAGAUUUGACACAGAAACUUGCUCCAGUUGAAAGAGCAGUUCAGAAACACCAGAGCAAGUGGAGAUGCUUCAGACAGAGUCUGCCAUGAGGAGCUGAGGUUAGGUUAACAUUUGGGAUGCCCUGAAAUGAAAAUUCUUGGCUGAAUCCGAAAAAUGGAAAACUAGUAAACCAAGGUCGAAGACCGAAACACUGAAAGAACUGAUUAUGCCAAUUAUUAGUACCAUUGCAUUACUGUCUUUGACUGUGUACUAACCUCACUGAAAUUAAGGCAUUGCAAUUGCAUAAAUUAAUAUUAAUAAAUAUUAAUUAUAGAAUUAAUAUUUUAUGCAAUUACAACAGUUUGUGAGUCAGUGUGUUGAGACAUGUUGCGGCAAACAGACAGAACCCUGUCUGUUUGUGAAGUAAGUGUUGGUGUGAAUCAGUCUUCAGGUUCAGUCAGACUAUAGUCUGUAGUAACCGGUGCUGUGUCUAACUUAUGGACACAGCACAGGUGUGAGAAAUGCUCAAUAAUCCCAGUUUUGCGAGAUAAAGUGAAAAACCUCUCUGUCUGAAGGUCCUGGAGUUUGAGGAUUCAGAUCAGCCCCAAGUUUUGUUUUACCUGGAGGUCAAAUAGAUCAAAUUCAAUCUGAGUCUGACACAUGAGCUGUGGAUGAAGACGGAUAAAGAGCCCGCUCCUAAAGAAACAUCACAGCAGGUGAUUACAGUGAACAGUGUCUCAUUACAUCUAGUGGUGAGCAACUGUUGCCAUGGAAAUGCACAACUUUCAGCUGCAGCAUAGAAAUAGAGGGUGUGAUCAAACUGAAGGGACAGUAUUUUAUAGUUUAUCAGUUAUUUUAUAAAGUCAGGGCUCAGCUGUGUGUAGUUUGAAGAUAGCUGCUGCAUGCUCAGUUCUCAUAUAUGGAACAUGUCAGACCUGAAUGACAUCAUGCACUUCCUCAUUGUCCAGGAUUUAUGACGGAUUCUAAACAGCUGCUGAAUAAUGAAGUUUGUGAAAGACUUUGUGUCCUCUGCUGUCUCUGAACACAGUCACAUAUAAACAGCAGCAGAUUGGAUUUAAAUCUGAAAACAGACUGGAGAUCCAAAUGAUGAACAGAGUAAAUGUGUGAUUAAAGUCGUGGUUACCUUACAUGCUAUCAGUGUGUUGGUAUUUUGUACACCUCCAGGCCACGUCAGCCCUUCUGACUUCUCAGGAAGGCUGAAAGGACAGGGUCUGGAAGGGACCGUCCAUGACAGACAGGGAACAGAGGCUCUGUACUGAGAGACUCCGUAUGUGAUACUCUGAUGGUUUAGUUGUGUGUCUUACUGUACAAAACCUCACAGAUGCAAACAUCCUUAGGCAUCAGUCAGUGAAAUGAAGACAGAGUUGAUUUAAAGCUGGAACUCUGCACAGGACCUGGUCCCUGAGGUUUAACAGCACUGAUCUAUUACAGUUUAAAAGGUGGGGUAGGCAGGAUCUGAGGAAGUGCCAGUUUUGGGGAGAAAUCUUGAAUGUAAACUCUACCCCUCCCAACCAGUUUUCCCCUCAGCUCCUCCUCUCCCCUCCGUCUCUGCUCCAGCAACCCAACCCACAAACGAACGCUCCUGCUCGCUUGUAUUGUUUCAAGUAAGUUCAGAUAUAAUGCAGAUAAAUACUUCAGAUAAUUACAAAUGGAGCCCAGUCAGCAUGAAAGCAUUGGUGCUACUGUAGAUGCCAAAAGACUACCAGCAAACACAGUGUUUGCAGGACUUCUACAACUAGGAAAAAGUGAUAUAAUCCAGGACCCGAGCUAAACAGUUUAGUGGUGCUACAACACGCAGCAGGUCCAGUUCGACAAGAAACACUUAUGUUACACUUGGCUUACUUUGUUAAAGCAGUUUACCUGUCCCGCAGAAAGGUUACAGGGUCUGUAAGAUCCUGAACGUUCCCCAUCAUUGUUGACCUGGCUUCUUAGCUCUUGUCCGGGUGGUCUACCUCUUUUCUAAGCACCUGUUAUUCGUUUUCUUGCUUGUGUUGGCAGUUGUGGCUAAAGGAGGAUUCAGAGAAUUUCCGUACUUUCUGGUUGGUUUCUACUGUCUGAUUUUGUAGCAUGCUAACUUUGUUUGGGCUCCUGAACAACACAGAGGAGCAGCGUCUGCCUCACAACCAAUCGGCACUAAGGAGCAGCGUCCGCCUCACAACUAAACAUUAUGGGGGAGGCAGGGAAUGGCUUUGUUUACAGUCAGAAAGAGUGGAGUACUCUGAAAUUUUCAAAUGUUACUACACAGCGAUAUUGUGAUUUUACCAAAUGUCAAGAAUGACUAAUAGCUAUUGACUGAUAUUAAAAGCUUUUCGUAUAUACACCACAAAAAAAGAUUCCUGCUGACCCCACCUUUGACUCCUAACUAGGUCCUAACCCUGAAAAAGUUGAAAUGGGUUUUCAACUAAACUUUACAGAUGUAAUUUUUGCAGACCUUACAGUCAUGGUAGGUGUGGUUCUCCUUUUUAUGAAGUAAUAUUUGGAGGUGAUAUCGGUGAUGUUUCAGAUGUUGUCCUGACUCCAGAUCUGCAGCCCUGCAGGGCUCUGACUCCAGCACUUAUGGUAUCCUGUUACGGGGUCAUGAAACUGCCUGUUAAUCAGCUGCACAGUCAUGUUUGGACUCUUAGAAAGAAAGAUACAUGUUAGUGUCCCAGUCAGGAUUUAGGGGACUGACAUGGCCAAAGAAGUCUGUAAGUGUCUGCUCCAUCAGGAUUGGUCAAGUGACUGCAGGACUCUAAGCUCUCAGAAGAAAUCUGUACUCUGUGCAAGACUGUGCUCUGUGAGGGACUCCGUGAUGUUUAAAGGACUUUUUGCUCUGUGCAGGAUUUACGGAUGGGAAUUGAUAAGAUUUUAUCUAUCAAUGCCAUUAUCGAGUCUCCUUAUUGAUUCAAUUCUAUUACGAUUCACUUAUCAAUGUCUUUCUUUGAUUUAAAAAAAAAACGUAGCCUAUAGGUUUUCACCAUGAACUCAAAAAUUUAUUGAGUCUCUGAUAACAGAAAAGAUGUAUGCCACCUUCAGUGAGAGUCUAAAAAUAAUCAAACGGCAAACUAUUUGUACACCAUUUACUUUAGUAGGUAUUAACUCAAAUAAGUAAUACGUUGUUAAGUCUGGCAUGAAUUGUGCUUAUGUUAACAAAGGACAUAUGUUAGGGCGACCAUAUUCUGAAUCCCCAAAAAGAGAAUACUUGAAAGCACUUAAAGUGGAUGCACUACACAGUCUGCGAAAUUUUGAGGGUUUUUGGGUCGGGUCGAGUAUUUUUUUCUGCGCUUCUGUGCUAACUUAGUUAAAUGCAUAUUCUGAAUUCCCAAAAACAGUGCGUGUGUGUGUCGCGUCAGUGGCUUUGGUUAGAAGUGAGCGAAGGGACAGAGCUGCAGAGAGCACUGGCGCGCUGCAGUGUUUUAUAAUAAAUAAAUACCUGUUCUGGACAUUUGAAGGAUUUUAUAAAUUCCCCCCAGACAGCCCCCAAAAAAGGACAUCCGGGUAAAAGAGGACUUAUGUUUACCUGUGCUGAGAUGGAGCUGCAGCAGCUGAUGACCAGUGGAGGGCAUUGAAUACAAUGUUGCAUGCAUGUUAUCACUGCUUGACAAACGUUGCACUGUUGUCGUCUUUCUUAGUAAUAUAAAGCCAUGCUUAGAUCAUAUCUGCCUACUUUUCGUAGCAUCCACCAUGUUUUUUUUUUUCUGUCUCUGUUCUCGUUCGCGUAGACUGGCUCUCGCAAGACCAUUUUUCAAGGGACCCGAAAGAAAGAAUUGUUAAGGGAAUCGUUAAGAUAAAAUGUAAAUGAUGUCGAUAGAUUGAACCAUUCGGAACCAGCUCUCAACAAGAACCGGUUCCGAAUGGUUCAAUCUUGAUUCCCAUUCCUGGCAGGACUCUGCACUGUCUGAAGGACCCUGCGCUCCCUGCAGGACUCUGUGCUGUCUGAAAGACUUUGUGCUGUCUGAAAGACCCUGCUCUUUCCGCAGGACUCUGUGCUGUCUGAAGGACUCUGUGGGUUGUGCAGGAGUCUUUGCAGAUUCUCUCUGCAUGCAUGUUAGUUGCACAAAGACUUCAUCUCUAACUUUGACCUCUGCCAGCUUCUCCAAACCAUGCAGAAGUUUCAAAGCCUCUGUCCUGAUCCUCUGUGACACUCUGAGACAAGCCAGAGCUGCCUUGAGCCUGAGCAUGAGAGAUUGAGGGGAGUGAGUGAUUCAAAGCAAUGGCCCCAAGGCUGUUACAUAAUUCAGAGCAGCCCCCUCUGCAGCACAGCACCUAGUCCCUGAGAGCGAGAUCCCUACACCACACUGCCCACUCAGAUAACACACAGACAGAAACACAGAGACACACAAAAUACACACACACGGACACACAGCUGACACACUCACAGAGCAGACACACACACACACACACACACACACACACACACACACACACACACACACACACUGCCCACACACAGACACACACACUCACAGCUUUUCCACAGACCCACUCUGCCUCCCACCUUCAUGCAGGGUUCUGUCAGAGCUGUUGUUCAGUUUGAUCUGCUUUUUUUUUUUUUUUAACUAGACUCAUUAAAACCUUUAAAAUUGUAGGAUCAUGUUUUCUUGGUGCCCACUCAUUGAUGUUAUGAUAACACCAUCAGAAUCAGGACACUCUGUAAAUGUGGAUAAAUGCAGAAACAUGUUUAAGUAAAAAGUACUUCCUGGCUCAUGUUUCUCAUCCUGUGUCCUCAGCUCUCUGCAGACCUCAGUGAACCCAGCAGACCAGGUUCUUGAGUCUGAGGGCUCUAUUUUCGUAAGUCAGGCCCGUUGUGCCAAUGAGGCGUGCCCAAGCACUCUUUGGUAUUUUGGUGAGUGGCGCAGCCCAGCGUAAGUACCCCCCCUCCUUAGUAGUGCUAAACGAUUUUGGAAAAUAAUCUUACUGCGAUUUAAUUUAAUGUGAUUAUUUUUUGAAGGUCCUCUUCUAAUGUAUUUUUUAACAAACACAAACAAUAAAUUAAUUUGUAUUAUUGUAAACAAUAUCAGAUUAAUUAUGCAUAAAUUGUUCUGGUAAUUAUCAUUUCACAGACUCUCACUGCUCACGCACUAUUGUGCAUACACAUGCGCAUGCCCUCAUAUACAACAACAAUAUACAACAACCCUUCUAAAUUUUGGAAAAUGAUUAAAUCACUGUCUUCAGGGUCAAAGGAUACUGUGCUGCCAAAUACAUUAAAGUUGAAUGAUGAGACCAUUACAGACGAGAAAAGUUUGCUAGAUUCUUUGAACCAGCGCUUUAUAUCUUCUGGGUUGUUUGAGCAGGACAUACCACAAGUCAACAGGAUCACUCAUUGUCUGGGGAAAAUCUACCUUUUGAUUUUGAUCUUGCACCUUUGUCUAGAGAUGAGGUAUAUGAUGCUCUCUUAAGGUUAAAUGCCAAGAAAUCCCCCGGUCCUGAUGGGUUGGGUCCUUUAUUUUUAAAACUUGCUGCUGAGCAUAUUGCAGACCCCUUGACUUAUGUUUUCAAUCAGACUAUAGAAACUGGGAUAAUACCUAGCAUUUGGAAGUCAGCAUAUGUCACUCCUUUACUAAAGGGUGGUGACCGGUCUAAUCCCAAUAAUUAUAGGCCGAUAUCCAAAUUACCUGUUUUGGCCAAGGUCUUGGAAGGGCUUAUAAGUGAUCAGCUGAAAAAUUUCUUGACAUCAAAUAGCAUUUUAAAUGAAUUACAGUCUGGUUUCCGUAAAAAACACAGCACAGUCACUGCCACGAUGAAAGUGUUAAAUGAUUUCAUUUGUUCUAUUGACUCUAAAAAAUAUUGUGUUGCUUUGUUCCUAGAUCUGUCAAAGGCUUUUGACACGGUCGACCACUCUGUCUUGUCCCAGAGAUUGGAGGUUAUUGGAAUGUCUUCUAAUGCGGUGAAAUGGUUUGCUAACUACUUGAGUGGAAGAACACAAAGGGUUCAGGUUGAUGGUUUGUGUUCCAACUCCUUGUCUAUUCGAAACGGUGUCCCUCAGGGGUUUAUACUGGGUCCUAUUUUAUUUAUUGUUUAUAUUAAUGCAUUAUGUCAAAAUGUAACUGAUGCCAAUUUCCAUUUCUAUGCAGAUGACACCGUUAUGUAUUGUUCGGCUCCAUCAUUAGCUAGUGCAACAGAAUAUCUGCAGUCUGCUUUUAAUGUUAUUCAGAAAAAUCUCUAUCAAUUAAGACUUAUACUCAAUACUGACAAGACUAAAAUGAUGUGCUUUUCAAAAUCAUUGAAAUCAGAUGACGUCUAUCAGAUUGUUACUCUAAAUGAGAAAUUAGUUGAACGAGUUUCUGUCUACAAAUACCUGGGAUUUCACUUGGAAGAAAAUUUGUCCUUUAGGCACCAUAUUGAAUGUCUUACAAAGAAACUCCGGGUGGAACUGGGUUUCUUCUAUAGAAACAAGGGUUGUUUCUCCUUUGGUGCAAGAAAAAGGCUUAUACAGGCAACGUUUUUAUCCAGACUUGAUUAUGGUGACUUCUUAUACAUGCAUGCAAAUCUCUCUUCUUUAAAAAUGCUGGACUCAGUGUAUCAUGUGGCAUUAAGAUUUGUAACUGGCUUAGAUUUUUGUACUUAUCACUGCAGCUUAUAUGAGAGUGUUGGUUGGUCCUCUCUGCAAAAUUGUAGAUUGGAACAUUGGUAUAUCUUUCUUUACAAGGCCAUUCUAGGUGACUUGCCCUCUUACCUAUGUUCCCUCUUAACUCCCAAAAUCACCAACAGGAGUAAUCUCCGGACAGAUCAUGUACGCUAUUCCUCGGACAAGGACGGUUUUUGGCGAAAGCGCUUUCAAGGCUUUUGCACCCUCCUCCUGGUGUAAUUUACAGGGUUAUUUUAAAUUGGAUUAUCUGCCAAGUAUGGAACAUUUUAAAUCUAGAAUUAAGGAGUUUUUCGUCCUCUUACUGAACGCUUUAUUUUAUUAUUAUUUAUUUAUUGUUGCGUUUUGCAUACUGUAACUGUUUUGUUUUUCUGCGUGGUUUUUUUAUUUAUGUGGAAGUUCUUGUGCUGCUAUCCUGGCCAGGACUCCCUUGUAAAAGAGAUUCUGAAUCUCAAUGGGUUUAUUUCCUGGUUAAAUAAAGGUUACUAACUAUACGUCAUGAUACUCAUCUACGUACCGAUGGUGAGAUGUAAUUGGUGCCCAAAACAGUGGAGUCUGGUCUAUUCAUUCAGCUGUGCUGUCAUUGCCUUAUUGGAUGCAUUUUCCAUCGUUAUGCCGACGUGGUUUGAAUUUGAAGUGCUGAUUGCUGGUGUUUUAGCCAUUCAACUAUCGUACAUAGCUCUGUUGCAUUUUUUAAAUGUCCAUAAAGGUUCCUAGUGUUACCUACUGAUGUAGCAAUGACAGGUUCUGCACACGUUGCGUAGCAGCAUCUUUUUUUAGCCAAAAAGAGACCAGAUUACAUGACCAGUCAAAAUCACUGCCUUUGUGGUUAGGUUAUCAUAUUGCAAUGUAAUCGCAAAUGCAACUAAUUGUUCAGCCCUACUCCCUAACUUAGCUCCUCCCAGCGGCACAAGUAGGAAAGAGGGAGCGGAGAAGGCAUGGAGUAGAUUUAACACAGCCAAUGGGUUGUGUGCACAGAUCAGAACAACAAAUGCAAUGCGUAAUGGCAUUAAAACCGGAACUAGGCAUCACGCUCCAUGGCCUGGCUCUUUCUUCUAAUGUUGGCAUAUAAAGUGAACAUGGCUCACGCAAUUAAAUAUUGUAAUAUUCAAAUGUAGGCCUAACUCCAGAUUGAAAAUUCACAGAAUUUUAAGGAUGUGAAAACAUUAGAUAAACGUGUUAUUUAGGAUGAAAGUUUCUUUUAUUGUUUUGUUUAAAUUUUAGAAGUAAAUCUGAUCACUAAGAUAAAUCAUCUGGUCAGCCUCGGCAGCCCUGCUGCAGCAGGAGGAUGGGGGGAGGACACGGAUACGUGUCUAGGUUUGGCCGUGCGAGGAAGAAGAGGAAGUGGAAGAGAGAAAAUAUACCUUGUUAACUCCAUCAUGUGUGACUAUUUAUUGGAUAUUUGAUUGAAUGUGGUUUCAGCUGUAUUAAUUUGGUCAAGUUGAGUGUCCAAAAGCGUGCCAAAUGCACUCAUCAGAUAAAAUACAGAUUAGAAUACAUCGAUACAGAUGUAUGUGCUGACUCAGAUAAUUGCACUGAAUAUUGGUUGUUGUUGAUUACUUAUUGCAUUGAAAUGUGCCUGACACUGUGGAAACCUGCCUGUGAAGCAUAGGUGACGUGUGUGCACUGCUGCACUGGUCUACCAAAAUACCACUAGACCAGCUGCGCUCCACCAGCUCCACGAAAGCUGACCAGGUUUGAAUCUGUGAGCUUUCAGCGCAGUUUCUAUGCAGCUGGUAGGCACAGGAAUGUCACCAUGCCAGCUGAUUUUGUCUACACUUCCCCCUACUACGCCGCCACGCCCAGCUUGGUGCAUCUUGGUGCGCCUCAGUCUACCAAAAUGCCGAACUGGCUGUGCUGCGCUAAAACACUUCUGUGUCUGGUGUGCCACUGGCGGGCAUGAAAAUAGAGCCCUGAGAGUCAGAUCUUGUCCCAUUCUCCUCUGAUCAAGGAUUUCACCUGCUCAACAGUUCAGGGUCUCCUUUGUCCUGUUUUUGGUGUCAUGAUGCUCCAAAUGUUUUCAAAGGGGGACAAGUCAGGACUGCAGGCAUUCCAGUUUAUCAAUCAAUCAAUCACUUUAUUUAUAAAGCACUUUUCAUACAUGGCUUGUAUCACAAAGUGCUGUACACAGGGGAUAUAAAAUUAAAGAAAACUACAUAUAAUACAAACUGCAAAAAAGCCCACCCACCCACCAAGCCUAAAUUUAACAGAGACACCCCCCCCCCCCCCCCCAAUAAAAGAACCUUAAAAUCUAUUGUAAAAGAUACAGGAAGCCAAUGCAGAGCCUUUAAAAUUGGUGUAAUGUGGGCUGUCCUCCUGGUCUUCGUCAGCAUGCGUGCAGCCAAAUUUUUGCAGCAGCUGAAGCUGUGAAAUGUUAUUUUUAGGAAGACCAGAGAGGAGAGCAUUACAAUAAUCAAUUCUGCAGUUAAUAAAAGCAUGGAUGAGAGUCUCCGCAUUGGCUUGAGAGAGAAACUGGCUGACUCUGGAGAUGUUCUUAAGGUGAGAAAAAGCCUUUUUGAUUAUAUCACGUAUGUGUAAUGCAAAUCUGAGAUUAAAAUCAAAUAUAACACCCAGGUUUUUCACUUGUUUUGAUUAAAAGACAGUCCUCGGAGUUUGUUCUCCAGUUUCUCUCUCUCUGGACCUAUACCGAUGACUAAAACCUGGGUUUUGUCCUGGUUGAGCUGCAAGAUGCUGUCUGCCAUCCAGGACUGGACGUCUAAAAUACAGUUAAAAAGGGCAUCAAUGGGCCCUGUGUCAUCAGGAGACACGGCCAGGUAGAGCUGUGUAUCAUCAGCAUAGCUGUGAAAGUUCAUGUCAUGUCUCCUGAUGACAUCUCCUAAUGGUAACAUAUAUAGAUUAAAAAGUGUGGGGCCUAAAAUUGAGCCCUGGAGAACGCCACACUCCAUUUCAUAGGUUCUUGAUAGGCGUUCCCCAGUGCUAACGUAAAAUUUCCUGUCAUUCAGAUAUGUUUUAAACCAGCUAAAAACAGUACCAGAGAUGCCAAUGUAGUUUUGGAGUCUGUUUAAAAGAAUUGUAUGAUCCACCGUGUCAAAAGCUGCACUCAGGUCCAACAGGACUAAAACAGAAAUUAAUCUUUCAUCCAUGUUGGACCUGAGGUCACUUACAAUCUUGACCAGUACUGUACUUCCUAAAACCAGACUGAAAUAUGUCACCAAUAUUUUUAGAAAUAAUCAAAUCAUUUCACUGGUUAAAAACAAUCUAUUCUAAAAUGUUGCUUAAAAAUGGCAGGUUGGACACAGGUCUGUAAUUACUAGGUACCGCUGUAUCCAAGUUGUCUCUCUUCAGAAGGGGCCUGACACAGGCUGUCUUAAAGGCAGUGGGAAAGACCCCUGUCUGAAGAGAAUAGUUAACAAUAUUAAUUAGGUCAUCCUUAAAAACACUAAAAGAGGUCUUAAAAAGGGAUGUGGGGAUGGGAUCUAAAACACAAGUCACUGGUCUCAGAUGGGAGACAACUUCCUCAAUCUCUGCAGCAUCAACCAGGGCAAACCUGUCCAGUGUUUCCCCAUUUAAAAACACAGACUCAGGAGAGCUAAAAUCAUCAGGCUUACUGUUUAAAAAGUUUGACCUGAUAACAUCAAUUUUAUUUCUGAAGUGGACUGCAAGGUCUUCACAGGAUAAAUCUGAAUUAAAAGGUUGCUUAAAAACAGGAUUUGUUAAUUGGUCAAUGGUUGAGAAAAGGAUUUGGGGUUUUUUGCAGUUGUCAGUUAUUCAUUUUGAAAAGUGGUCCUGUCUUGCCUGUUUUACUGCUCUGUUGUAAGUGGUGAUUUGUUCCCGAAAACUCUUUUCUCCAUCUCCUCUCUGCAAUUCUGCAUUUUCUCUUUAAUUUGAGAACCUUGCUUGUUCUCCAUGGUGGUUUUAUGUUUUGUUUGAUCUUUUUCACCUUUAAUGGUGCAACAACAUCUAGUGCUGACUUAAGUCUUUGGUUUAAAUGGUCAACAAUAAAAUCACAAGCAGAGGGUAAAACAGCCUUUGGAGCAUCACUUAAAAUCCAACUAAAAUUAGCAGCCACUUCAGAAGUAAGAUAGUGUUUCCUGACAGUACGCUCUGGGCCCCCUGCUGGAUAAAAUCCAUUACGUUAAAAAACACACAGUGAUGGUCGGAAAAGCCCACAUCCACAACAGAGGACACAGUGGCUGAUAACCCAAAGGUUAUUAAAAGAUCCAGUAUAUUUCCUCUGUUGUGGGUGGAGCUCGUUACAUGCUGCUUAAAAUCCAUAAAAUUAAUAAGAUUUAAAAUUCAGAGUUAAAAGAGUCAGAUGGAUUACCAACAUGAAUAUUAAAAUCCCCUACCAUUAUGAUUUUGUUGUACUUUGAAUAAAUGAUUGAUAAUAGUUCUGAAAAUUCACUGAUAAAAGCAGAGCAUUUUUGGGUGGCCUGUAAACAGUUAAACAAAAUAUAGGGGGACUGCUAAAAACAAAGGAAUAAUACUCAGAUGAAACAAAAUCACCAAAUAAAACCUCUUUAAAACCAUGUGAACCUAAAAGAAUUGUCGCAGUCCCCCCACCCCGUCUGCCCUUUCUAAAAGAAUAUAAAUAAUUAAAACCGGCCGGGGAUGCUUCAUUUAGUGCUGCGAGUCCAUCAGAGCCAAGCUAUGUCUCAGUUAAAAACAUAAAAUCAAUACUGAUAUCUAAAAUCAUGUCAUUGAUUAAAAGACAGCGUACAUUUAAAAGUGCCAUGUUGAGUUUUCACUCUGGUGUUUGUGGGGGCUGGGGGCUCUUUUUAUGUUGUAAUGAUUGGGUCCGGAGUAUGGUUUUAUGGUGUGAGCAUAGACUGUAUAUACUAUGGACAACUUGGUUCCGCCUUCCGCCUGUAUACGGAUUUGAAGCCAAAAAGCUCUCUGUAUUUCUGGGAUUUUUCUUCAUUUCCUGAAAUCAGCGCUGCGCAGUAGCAAUGUGCACAUUCGGCUGCGCAGUCGCAGAGAGUCGCUGUGAUGACGCUCGGCUCAAACAGCGUGUCAAUCAUAGCCAACAUGAACCCCCUAAUAACUUUUAAAAACGGAGCUUCACAGAAAAAAGAGGACUUGAGCACAAACCAGUCUUAAAAUAGCUAUAUGUCAACAUCACAAGUAAGGGGGAGAAAAAAUUAUGUUCUGUGUAAUAAAUUUCUAAAGUUUGUCCACAGCUCCAUAAGCUUUGCUGGCGGAGGCGGGAUUUAUGACCUCUACUGCAGCCCAUCAACAGAGGGUGCUGUUCUCGGAGUGGCUUCACCCAGCGAGGAGGCAGACUCUGUCCAUUCUAUAUACAGUCUAUGGGUGUGAGGUCUGGUGUUGGUGAUCACCGUGGCUUGGUGGCUUCGGUGGUGAUGUUGCAGACUGUGGCGCCGGGAAAACAGCACGUUCGUGCCGAGCGGGAUCUGACAUGAGGGAUAGUAGAAUCUCCUAUCACCAGAGUUGACGGCUACUGACGCUGUGGCUCACCUGGCAGAGGGGGGCUCCUUCCCCUGGAUGAUGUGAGCUAUGGUGGUGCGCGGUGUGCCGCUGCUCCAGCGUGGUGUGACUCUCUGUUGGGUCUAAAACCUGCCCAAAUACCUGAAAACAUAUAAAAAAGGAGAAAGACAAUGGAAUAUACUCGAGGAGAAUGGACAGAGAUCUUUCUUUCAGUUAUCUCAAUAUCACUCUAAGGGUUCUUUCUCUGUCCGGCCUCUUUUAUUUAGGGUUGUCCCUGGUUACACAAUGUUUCUAAAAGGUGGGGGAAAAUUGUGCAGCAAAGUAAGCACUCUCAUAAAGCAUAAUAAUGAACAACUUGUGAAUAUGUGAAGGUCAAGGCGGCAUCUAACAAGCUCCUUCUGAUAAGGGUAUCCUCCCCAAAACCUUCCCACGAUUCAUCCGUGGAGGAUACAUCACUCACACACCCACACCUGCUGAUAGGAAAGACACGGUCACAGAAAACUGAAAGAAACAUUGUUGUGCUGUGUAGUAAAUCUAUUGGAGAGAGAAGUUAGGAAACACUCUUUUAUGAUAAAAAUACUCUUAUAUAAUGUAUAAAAAGAGGUCAAAGCAGUUUAUACUUGUAGUAUAAACUCUUACAUAAGAAUAUGAGGAAUAAUGAUAACUUUUAUAUACAUUUAUGCACAUUAUUCUAACACUCUCCUCCAGCGCGGUGUGAGGCUCCUGCCUUGUGGUGUGCCGCUGCUCCUGAGUGCGGACCCUGCACUCUGCACUCAGUCUGUCAGUUGCAUGUACGGUCAGUUAACUUUAUAAUGCGGCACAAAUAAAGGUGUCAAAUUUAGUGUCAGAGCCAGACAGACUAUAAGACACUUACCAAAUAACAAAAAACAGAGGGAUGCUCACUUCAAAACUUUUAAAAAGAGCUCAGAUUCCGGCAUGAUCUGUCGUUAGCUGAAACAGCAUGUGAUGUCAUUAAACGGUGCUUGACCGGCUUGAUGCCACCUGUCCUGUUAUCACCAGGACUCUUCUCCUACAGAGCCAUGCUGUUGUAAUCCCUGUUGUCAGAACGUGGUUUGUCAUUGUCUUGCUGAAAUAUAAAGGUCUUCCCUGAAAAAGUCUUUGUUGGGAAGGCAGUAGAUCAUAAAACUAACUUUGGGUCAAACACACCGUAACACAGAGUUGGACACCCCCUCAGAAGAUGAAUGUUACCGCCUGCUGUCUUCUCUAGAUAUACCAAAUUUAGUACAUUUAGAAGGCCCUGACGAGUCGAUCUCCGAGUGCAGCAGAGUUUUGCAGCUCAAGGAAGAACAUUUAUGAUUAUUACUUCAAGGAAAUGCAAUCACAGUUCUUGUGUGUCUUGUAUGUCAGUUUAUAAUUGUUAUUAUCGAGUGCUGGCCAGGAAAUGAGCACUGAUGAGCAUUUUUAACUUUACAUAUUUGCAGGGGAAACUAACGUAAACAAAUGCAAGAUUUCGCAUGAAGUCAAAUGCUAUUGUUUAUCUCAUGAAGAGUGAGGAGACAGCAUGAAUGUGAAGAGAAAUUAGUUACAACUGAAUACCUGAGGCGGAGGAGGACACAAUGGUCGAUGUAUGUGAUUAUCCAGGUUGCAGAAAGAAGCAAAAGUAGUAUCAUUUAGACUCAUUUCACAGAUUGCCGCUUCAAUACGGCCAGACUAUAGUGAACCUGUGGCUAGUUGUUUUGAACAUAAAUGUCAACACACCAACCGAGACGCUAAGGCAGAAUAACUACCACGACUGCAGUGCAUUAUUCAACCAAGACGACUCUUUGCUGUCUAAAAGAGCUGUCGACCCAAAGAACCCAUCCAAAUCAGGGCUCCCCCCACAAACAAGCGGCUGCUGGAGGAAAGUGGGUGAGUUGUGUUUGGUUUCUUUGCUAAAGAAACCAGGCAAAGUUAAAAAGAUGUUUGGUGGCUAGUACUAUGGCAAGGUCCCUAUACUGUAUGUCCUGUUGAUGAAGUUAGGUGCUGUUCUGAGUAUUAUUUGUGGCUCUAGAGUGGCUUUUUGGUUGAGGUGUGCAUGUGGAGCCACAGACCACUGUGUAUUGCUAUCGUGCGGUCGUUACUAAAGUUGGUAAAACUAGAGGAUCAAGCAGUCGGCAACAUUCAUCUCUCUAGGGGGUGUCUAACUCGGUGUUGCCGUGUGUUUGACCCCAAGUUAAUUUACGCUGUAAUAUCCCUUUAAUGGAGCCUUCACAGAUGUGGAAGACACCCAAGACAUGGACUCUGAUGAUCCCCAUACCAUCAGGGAUCCUGAAUUUGGACUGGGAGCUGAGAACAAGCUGAUUUCCUUAUUAUUUUAUUCUCAGGAACGUUAUUCUGGAAUAAAUCACAUUAUUCCCCUAAACCAUGAUUGACUGUCCAAGGAUCUUUGUGGAGUUUCGGGGGCUUUUGUCUUGUGUAUUUUAGAUUCUGGGUUUUUGUCCUCCUGAUGCAGUGCUCACAUGUCCACACGCUCCUUUAUGAAAACAUGAAAUGAGAAAUUUGGAGCCCUGGUGAUCUGGAUCUCAGACUGACAUAGAACAAAGUAAACAGGAGUCCUCAGGGGUCUGGGCUGUGUUUGGUGGUCUCCAGGUUACCAUUUGUUUGAGCUGUAAGGUUAGGUUAAUCCCCAGGUUAGGAAACUCUCAGCUGAUUAACAAAAAGUUUCUAUUUAAAAAGUUUCUGUCUGAAAACACAGAAAGCUUUAAAAACGGUGCCAGGAGUUAGUCAGUGGUGGCAGCUCAGAUCUGAGUGUACCAGCCUCAAUCUGACCCUCAGCUGUAAAGGUCUUCAGUCCUCUCACUGUUAAAAGACUAAUAUGACAUAGAUCUGCCUGUCCAUAUUAUUCAAAUUAUAACCUUUGACCCUUCAGCUAUCUCUGCUUCCUGUGUGGCCUCCAAACUUGUACCUGCAGUUUUGGGCUCCUCAGCAUCAGCUUGGUUCAUCUAGACCGUAGAUUGCAGUGCCCCUCUCAGACUGCUCAGCUAUCUCUUGUUUGUGGUCUUGAGUGUGAUUACAGACUUUGUGGUGCAAUAAAAACUGCAAAUGCAACUAACCAUCAACCCCAGGACCAAACUCGACUGACCCUGUGAUCAGCAGAAGACAAAAUGUUUGUUAGACUGUCGGAAGGUUAAUGUGCAUCACCCCAGUAAGCAGUUAUGAUAGUUUAGGAUCCUGGAUCAGUGCCUUAAAGAGCAGGAGCCCUAUGUGCUUUUUAAAGACAAAUAGAGGCAGGAGGUGUGGAGGAUCCCCAUAAACCUCUGGGCUGAAUAGGCGCUGCAACGUGCCAGCAGAGUCCAGACAGGCCAAACACAGAGCCCGGUGGACUCUGUCUGCAAACAGCAGCAAUAGCUCACCUCUGCUGCUGGCUGUCUGACAGUCCAAAUCCUGAGCCCAGACCCUCCACCUCCAAGAUAUAGCUGCUUUAUCUAGAGGUUAGAGGAGGAGUAGUCGGAAACAAGCAAACACUGUAGAGGAGCUGUAGACUGAGAGGGAAAGGUGAGACCACCCUGACUCAGUUAGUAAAACUAACCGGAGCUCUGAAACAUGUCAACACAGUCUUCCAUUAUUCAACCAUCGCAGCACACACAGCACAGUAUUCCUAAAAAUCAGACAAGUGCUCCUUCUGUGGACUCCAAGCUGCUUUAGUCUCUUUAACCCUUAUUUAUCCUUCAUUUAAAUGACGCCGUGGACUUUUCCUCAUGUCCAGUGCUGUGCAGAGCUGCUGGUAGUGUUUGCCUCAAGUUUCAGCACCUUCACUAUUCUUUGUGGUUGACCUCUGCAGGUCUUUGGUGAGAUACUUAGAGAAACAGCUUGUGGUCUUUUUAACUCAGUUAAAAUUAGCCUGUCAAUGCUUCCUCCAGUGUCAGCCUGAAGUUCUCUAUUUAUGUCCUCCUGAAUCUUUCUGAGGUGACGGUUUGCUGCGUGGUUUCUCAUGUCGUAGUUUUUGAAUGAUCCUCAUUUGUGUAUUUCCAGUGUGUUCCAGCAGCAGGUGUUUUUUUCUUUGCAGUGUUUCUACUGAUGCUUCUUUAUACUUUUAUGCAGUUUAAGCUUGUGUUGUUUUUUGGCCUUUUUCUCUUAAUGACGAAUGUGGAACAGGUGCAGAUCAUCCACCCUCAUUAGUCCGUGGUAGGCACAGAGAAAACCCUCAAAGAAAACCACAGGUGGAGUCUUACUGUGUUAUUGAGCAGGUAAAGGUGUAAGACCUGCUAAGGGACUGAUGAAGCUUUAACGAUCACAGAGUAUGACCUGUGGCAGUGAUGAUAUGGCACAGAUACAUUUGUUAUAAUCAGUUAGAAUCUGCUGUUGUUGAAUUUAAGGGUCUUUAGGACUUGAUUUCAAUAAUGAGUAAGUAUUUAUUUCAUCCUAAGAGCAGCUAACCCUCCUCCUCAGGCAAACAGCAGUUAGUAUAAUGAAAGCAGGAUAUGAGCUGCUGCAGAGCUCCAUAAGCAGGUUAUCUCGCAGAGAAGGAUUCAGCAUCAGCCUGCAGAAGAUUUUCUUUUCUCCAUAACACUUUGCAUGCCAUCAAAUUUGUUUAAACAAAGCAGCUGCUGGUCUCCGAAGUCGGUCAGAGAGUCUCUUAGCUGCAGAUUCACAGCUCUGAUUUUGGUAAAUGAGCUGCAGAUUCAGGUCAGAACAGCCUCGUGAGCUAAUUUAUUAAAGGGGUCAAAUAUGAGCUUUUUGAUCCAGAGUUGGUCAGAGACUCAGAGCUCAGUUUAUGGUUCAGUCUUGCAGAGUUAUUUGGUUCUUCUCUGUCUGAUGUUUGUCCUCUCCAUUCAGCCUCUCAGAUUUUAGUUUUCCUCAUCAAUCAGAUGUUUCUCAAAGACUCUCUCUGCUGACAGCCUUCAUUCCCUUCACAAAUCAGCAGAGGUUUUACUGUGAACCACCACCUAAAGGUGUUUCCUCCUGCUGUUUAAAACUAUUUUAGUCUGUGUUUUGAUUUUUAAUCACAGGGUUCAAGCAGCCCUGUGGAAACCUCCUGCUGGUGUUGCUGCUUUCUUUGAGAGUUUGAUGUUUUUUUCUUUGGAGUCCUGUUUGUUCUUGGUGUCCAGCAUAGUCCAGAGCAGCUUUAGGAAGGAUAACAAGAUGUAAGAUAUAUUCUAAAUGUAUAAAUGAGAGGAAACAGUUACAAAAACUUUCCUCCUGAUAUAAAUGAUAUUAAUGCCACACUAAAAGUCUAAACUCAGAUAGAAAGCAUGGGUCCUGCUCUAUGUGUAGGUGGGUGGAUGUGGGGGCGACAGGUCACAUGAUCACUCUUAGGUGUUGAAUAAUCCCUGUAGGGAAGGAGAUGAAAGUGGAAAGACUAAAGGGAUCCUCAUUUCAAACUGUCAGAAAACUACAGUAACUCACCUAGGUAGCAAAGAACUCUCGGGUGUGCAGCUUCCCUUAAAAUGUCACCCCCCCAAAAAAAGAAAAAGUGGUGAAAUACGUACUGCUGUGUGUACAUUUCAUUAACUAAAUACGCGCUAGAAAGCCUUCAUCUUUUGUUCAGAAUCAGCUUCUUAUCACACUGUGAUAAGAAGCUGAUAAUCACAGGUAACCGGCACAACUUCGUUCUCAUUCAUCCUCGCAGCGCCUCAGCGCUUCACACAGCCGGAUGCUCAGCGUCUACUGACUUCAAUGUGGAAGCUCAAAGUGGGUUGUUCCAGCAGCGAAACUAGACGCUCAUUGGAUAAAUGCUGGGCUUUGUCCCGCCCAUUGGACGCUCAGCGUCUCUGGAGUUCUAUGACGAGAGGGUGGUCCCAACCUCCUCGCUGACGCUGAGCUUCUGCAUCCAUGAUUGGAUGAGCUGUCUGAGGUGAAACCUUUUUUUGAUUGACAGCUAAACAAGCGAAUCAGCGAUCUUGAAGAAUAAAACAUCUACCAGAGCAUUUUCCAAGUUAUUCAUUCCGUUGUUCUUAACUGCUCCGGAGACUUUACUGCUCCUCAGCGACUUCUGUCUUUGUUAAAAACGACCGCCGUUGUGUUUGGCAACUAUGUUGUGAUACAUACAAAUAAACAAACACAAUUAUGAUGCAGGCCAGAAAAAUGAGCUUCCCCUCCUUGAAAGACCAGCAGCCGCCACUGGUCCUGACCCAUCCUGAAGGUGUCUGAAGGUGCUCAGAAGGGUUGUCAAAAGUAUCGAUACUUUGACUAGUAUUGAUACUUCCACGCCAUAUCCAGAUACAAUAUUAAUUUGCCAUGAUUUUGAUACUACCGUGCGUGUGCCCACAAUGCCUGCCGCGCGCACUCUGCAAGCAGCGCAGCUGACCCGGCAGACGGCGUCUGGCAGUCAGAAGAGCCCCCGCCUGCUGUCCCACAUUUUACUGCUGCUUAGUAUGGCCGGUGUUUCAAAGUGGUGGUGACAAAGUUGAGUAGCACAACGAAUUUAGCAAAACACCUCAAGGACUGGCACCCAGGCCUUCAUGAAGAAUUCCGGCAGGUUAGUAAAGCUCCUGUUCAUCCUUUGCCUUACUGUAUCAAACUGAUUAUUGAUGUUAGUCUGGCGGGUGGCCGGCAUUAAUCCGAGGUAGCUGAAAUUAACUUUAUGCUCAGUGAAUGUUGGUUGUUUGGUGAUUAGCUGUGGCUAGCACUCCACUGUAGUCCGAAGUAGCCGAGGUUAGCUUUAUGCUCUGUAAAUGUUGUUUGUUUUGUUUUUAGCCAUUAGCUGGCCCGCGGCUUGCAGCCUUUAGCUUGACAAUGUGUUUUCUCAAUGUGUUCUCAAACUCUAUGUGUUUUCUUUUCUUAAAGAUGCAGACUGAAGCAGAGAGGAUUUGACCUGCAACUAAACUGAAGAAACCACAGCCCACUCUUCCACUGCUAUUUGAAAAACUGAUGAAGCAUGACCCAAACUCUCCUGAAGCUGUCAAAAUAAACAGAGUUAUACCAGAGUAUAUCUGUGAGGACUAUCCAUUUACACGGUGGAGAAACCUGGGUUCCAAGUGAAAAAGUGAUUGUCUUUUUUUUUUUUUUUUUUUUAUAUUUUUAGUUUUCUGAUUAUUUGAUAAUAGUAUUUAGUUGAUUAUUUAUCUGCAGUUCUGUUUUUCAUGUUAAUAAAAAUAUUUUGUAUGCCUUUUAAAAUGUUUGCCAUUUUUUAUCCCAGUGGUAUUGAAAAUGGUAUUGAGUAUAGAGUAUUUUCCUGGGUAUCGAUAUCGAGUUUGAAAUUUUAGUGUUGUGACAACCCUAGUGCUCAGAGACACAUUUUUAGGAGUCAAAUCAGAGAUGAACUGUGACAGAGAGUCAGCAGACACUCUGUCUGAUCAGACACACUAUGAUAUGUGAUGAUGUAUUUUCUGAUCACAGGCCUGUAUUGUUUGAAGUGUAUCUUUCUUGUUUUGAGGUUAAAUCUGGCGCUCCUGCGCAGGGACGCCGGAUUAUUAACCCCUCCACUGCCGGUCGCUUCUCUGUGGCUUUUGAACAGCUCUGUGUCUGCCCUGCCUCUGCAAACACAGAGGAGCUCAGCUCCUGGUUUCAUUCCUCCUGUGAAAAUAUUCUGGACUCUGUGGCUCCUUUAAAAACUGUUCGGCCAAAGGCUAAAUCGGAGCCCUGGUUCAAUGAAGAAACUCGCGCAGCCAGACGAGAGUGCCACAAAGCUGAGCGAAGGUGGAAGAAAGACAAGCUGCAGGUUUCUUUCCAAAUACUUAAGGACUCUUUGAACGGCUACCAGAGAACUGUUAAAGAGAGCAAAAGACAAUAUCUGGCAAACUUGGUGGAGUUAAAUCAUCAUAACCCACUUGUGUUGUUUAAAACUAUCGACGCUGUUUUUAACGCCCCACAGCCUGCCAGCUUGGAGGCAUCUGUGGAAAUGUGCAAUAGUUUUCUGUACUUUUUUAUUGAAAAGGUUGUGACUGCCAGGUCUCUCAUCUCUGCUCCUGCAUCCGACCCCUCUGUGCCUGUUCCUUGUUUGGCAGUUCUUGAUAUGUUUGAGCCUGUGUCUUUAUCAUUUUUAGAAGAGCUGGUUGGCCAUAUUAAGCCUGCUGGUUCUCCCUGUGAUGUUGUCCCUCCCAGUCUGUUUAAAGAGGUUUUCCCCUGCAUAGGUCAGUCUGUUCUGGCUAUCAUAAAUAGCAGUCUGUCCUCUGGUGUUGUUCCGCCAGGUUUUAAACAUGCAGUGGUGCAGCCUCUACUUAAAAAACCAGUCCUUGAUUGCAGUGUGCUGGCCAAUUUUAGGCCAAUCUCCAAACUUCCCUUCAUUUCAAAAAUUUUAGAGAAAGUUGUUCAUGUUCAGCUAAAGUCCUUUCUGGAUGAGCAUGGUGUCUUGGAGGUCUUCCAGUCUGGUUUUAAAACUCGCCACAGCACAGAGUCUGCUUUAAUAAGAGUUUUUAAUGACAUCCUCCAGGCAAAUGAGUCUGGUGAUUAUGUUGUUCUUGUUCUGUUAGAUCUAACUGCAGCCUCCACAAGGGUCGAUUUUAGGGCCCCUGCUCUUUUCUUUGUAUUUGUUGCCCCUAGGAUCCAUCUUUAGAAAACAUGGCAUUUAAUUUCAUUGUUAUGCUGAUGACAGUCAGAUAUAUGUGCCACUUAACAAGAAAAAUGCUUUCUCCCUCACUCCACUUCUGGCAUGUCUUGAAGACAUCAAAGCCUGGAUGGCUUUGAAUUUCUUAAAUUUCAAUGAAAAAAAAAACAGUGAAAUCCAGUUUUUAUCAUAUUAGGCAGCUGGCGAAGGCAAAGCCUUUUCUUUUAUGUAAGCAAUUUGAAACAGUAAUCCAUGCCUUUGUUACAUCUCAGCUGGAUUACGGUAACGCACUUUACUUUGGAGUCAGCCAGUCCUCCCUCUCAUGUCUCCAGUUAGUUCAAAACGCAGCCGCCCGGCUCUUAACUGGAGUAUGUUAGAGGGAGCACAUUACUCCCAUCCUGGCCUCCCUCCACUGGUUACCUGUGCAUUUUAGAGUUCAUUUUAAGAUUCUUUUAUUUGUUUUUAAAUCUUUAAAUGGUCUGGCUCCAUCAUACCUCUCUGAGCUUCUCCACCCCUACACCCCUGCUCGGUGCCUCAGGUCAGCUGAUCAGCUGCUCCUGGAGGUACCGAGGUCCAAACGGAAGCUCAGAGGGGAUAGAUGUUUUUCUGUUGCAGCCCCAAAUUUAUGGAAUGAGCUACCCCUCCAAAUUAGACAAGCCCCCACACUGUCCAUUUUUAAAAGUCUUCUUAAAACCCAUUUUUAUUCAUUGGCUUUUAACCCUGCAUGAGACUCGGCUCCCGUUUUAGUGUUUUAUGGUUUGUUUUUAGUUAUUUGUUUCUAUGUUUUUUAAUUAGUUUUUAAAAACAUUGAAACUAUAUUUUACUUUUAAUUCUGCUUUUAUUUUAUCCAUUGUCUUAAUUGUUUUUUGGUUGUUUUUUAUCUUGUUGUUUUGUCUAGUUAUGUACAGCACUUUGCUCACCUGUGGUUGUUUUAAAGUGCUUAACAAAUAAAGUUGAGUUGAGAUUACACCCUCAAACCUUUUAAACUCUGAACAUGAUCAAACACAAUCAUGUUGAUAUUACAGCUUUAAAUUAAGAAAUGUCUUCUUCAUAGAAUUUUACUGACUCUAUUAAUCUCAGUAAGGAGUCAGUCUCAUUUCAGUCUGUUUCACCUGAACCUGGUCUGAGUCCUUUAAGGUCAGGAGUCUUCUAAUGCAGUCAGUGUUAAUCUUUGUAGAAAGAGGAAGAAGCUGCUGAUAAAAUGCAGCAGCUGCAUACAGAUGUCAUUCCUGUGAAACAUGCAAGAGAGUCGGAAACGCUGGCUGUCAUCGGGACUGAGAGAUUAAACUGCUGAAUAAAGAGGAUGAAUCAGGUUUUGACAUGAAUAAGAGUGUAACAAUGAGGAAAGCCUGAAGAUUCAUAGGUAAUGGAUGUACAAAUAGUUUUUAUAAUAGCCUGACUCACAGGAUGUCAUCUGUCUGUCUGUCUGUCUGUCUGUCUGUCUGUGUUUAAGGCUUAUAUUGAAAGGACAGAGGAAAAAUCAAGCUGAGACACAGACCUGGAUCCUGCAUUGACGCAGACCUGUUCUGGUCUGUUUAGGGACGAACCAAAGAUUGACAGAGAAGAACACAUUGAAGAAACAUGAGCCAAUUAAUUCUGCCCUUAUGCUGACUGAUUUUUUCUAUAGAGUCUAAUGAGUUUUACAAUUUUAGGAUUUUAGAAAAAAGCCCUGUUUCUAAGUGCAGGGACAACGAAAACACAGGAAGAGUCUCCUGUUUUCUUAUGGGUACAUUUAGAAGUAAACAACCAAGACAGGAUUUACUGAUCAAUAAGAAAAACCUCCAUCAGAUGAGAUAAAACUCUCAGUUUUUAACGUUCUAUCAAGUUGUGACGUCUCUUGUUUACUAGGGGUAAACAUGGUCUGGUUUUUGAUGGGGAGUAUGUUAUGGUGUAUAAGAAUCUGUUCUUUUGUUGCCUGAUUAAGGACAACCAGAGAAGUCUUGAGGUCUCAGAUAAUCCCUUUUAUUAUGGUCACAGGUAGAGUAAUACAGCGCUGGACUUGGAGCGACAGAGCUCAUCAAGAUCACAGUGAGCAGUCAUUUCCAGGUGUGAAGGAGCCAAGGUCUCUUGUGUACAUGUGCAUAUAGUUCUUGUGAUGUCUAUGUUCAACUACCCGGGUGGAUUUUUUUUGAGUGUCAAUCGUAUAUGCUUGUUAAUGAGGAGGGGAAUCGAUAAUGCUGUCUUCUGCAGAUGGAUCCUGCAGCUGGCCACACCGAUAUUAGAUUCUCCACUGUCCACUUCCAAGCUGGCUCACCACUGAACAAGUUCAGACCCUAAAAAUACAACCUAUUCACACAAUGCCGUACGCAAAAGUCAAAAUCUUUCUAUUUAUCAAUUUCCUCAACUCAUUACUAUCAUCAAACUUUCUUAUCAAAUGUAAUCAACUAUCAGGGAUAUACAAUUCUCUAAUCCAGGGUAUAAGUGAUAUAAGCGGUCACCUAGGGCGCCAUCUGCUGGAGGGGCACUGCCAGGCACCGUUGGCCUCGAGGAAAGAAAAAUAAAUAAAUAAAUAAAAACAGUAAAAAUAAAAAGAAUUUUCUAUGCCCAGUAGCCCUCCUUUGUGUGGUCUCUCUUGAAAAUCUUAUAAUAAUAUAUUAUUUAAUAUAUUAAAUGAAUAAACAAUGAUUUUCCUAAAAUGUGGUGCUGCUGAUCACAUGAGGGGUGAGCAGUGCACACCUCAGGGUCAGAGGGAUCAGAGGUCAGGUCACAGACAGUUUGUUUUUAACAAGAUGAAAAGGUUGUCCAAGCCCUCAGGUGCGGAGAACCAGAACAGAAGAAAAGAGGAAGAGAAGAGGAAGCUGCAAUAUAAAAGUAACAUUAGCCUGUACCAUUUUUGGGAUUAAUAGCUAGCUAGCUAGCACAUAUUUCUGCUUACUGGCUACAUCGUGUUUGAUGUGAAAUGCACACUGCAUCGGCACUGUUUAUGUCAUAGGAGUGAUGUGAGUUAUGUGACGAGUUUUCAUUAGUUAGCCAUACAUCCUACUUAGGAAAGAAUAUUCAAAAUGAGCUCAUCAGUUGCAUUGUUGGAGAGAUUGUUGAGGCAAUUGUCUAAGAAAUUCAACCGAACAAAUACUUUUCAAUAAUUUUGGACUGCACUCCUGAUUUAAGCCAUAAAGAGCAACUAUCUGUCAUUAUUCGUCAUGUUGCAGUUAAAGACACCCCACACAUAAAAGAGCAUUUUAUUGGGUUCCUUAAGGCAAAGGAGUCCACAGGAGAAAGCCUUUCAACCCUCAUUCUCAAGAGACUGGAGGAGCUCAGCAUCCCAUUUGAAGACUUUAGAGGGCAGUCUUAUGAUAAUGGAGCAAAUAUGAAAGGGAAGAAGAAAGAAGUCCAGGCCAGGCUUCUUGAGAAAAACCCAAGGGCUCUAUUUGUGCCACGUGGAGCACACCGUGCACCACCGUGAAUCUGGUGGUGGCUGAUGCAGCAAAAAGCUCUGCAGAUGCCACUUGCUACCUAUGGAUACCUGCAGAAGCAUUUCACAGUUUUUUCUGCUUCCACUCAGCGAUGGUCCAUUUAAAAAAAAAAAAAAAAACAUGUGACCACAACCCUGAAAUCCUGGUCAGAUACCAGAUGGGAGAGUCGAAUCCAAAGUGAAGAGGCUGUGAGGUACCAGGCUGCAGAAGUCAGAGAUGCACUUAUAGAGGUAAGAGACAAUGCCACAGACCCAACCGUAAAAAUCAAGGCACAAUCUCUAGCUGGAGAGGCUGGAUCUUGCAGAUUCUCAAUCUGCACUGUGGUCUGGCAUGACAUCCUGACAAACAUUCAACAUGUCAGCAAAUAAUUGCAGUCAGAAACAAUGCAAAUGGAUGUUGUAGUUGAUCUUCUAAGGAAAACUGAAGCUUCCCUUUCGGGCUACAGAGACAGUGGAUUUGCUUCAGUGUGUGCCAAGAUGUGUGACAAGAUGAAUGUAGAGGCUGUCCUUAAGCAGAAGAGAAUAUGAGGUUCCUGACCAGGAAAUGACAGAAACACUAAAGAAAACGGAAGUUUCCUUUUUCAAUGUGGUGGUGGAUGUCUCCAUUGCCUCACUGCAGGAAUGAUUUCAGGCAUUGGGUGAAGUUAAGAAGACAUUUGGUGUUCUUGUCAACUUCCCUUACCUGCCCACUGAGGAAAUAAGAAGACUUUGUGAAAUACUGAGCAACACCCUAAGCUGUAUUGGACAGUCAUACCUGGACUGGAAGGAACUGGCACAGGAGUUGCAGAGUUUCCCAGACAUGGGAAAAGGAAAAAUGACAACAUUUGAACUUCUCAGCUUCCUACAGGAGAAGAAACUGAAGGAAGUUUACUCUAACAUGUGGGUGGCCCUGAGGAUUACUGUCACUAUUCCUGUGACAGUGGCUGCUGCAGAGAGGAGCUUCUCCAAAUUGAAGUGAAUCAAAACCUACCUGAGAUCCACCUUGUCUCAAGAGCAGUUAAAUGGACUUGCACUGAUAAGCAUCAGCCGUGAAGUUUCUAGGCAGGUGUCAAUUUGAUGAUACCAUAGAUUGUUUUGCUGCAAGGAAGUCCCGAAGUGUACAAUUUUAGUUGAAAUGAAAGACAUGCUCGAAAGAGUUACCUGAAAGUUGUGAUUGUUGUGACUGUUGUAAUUGUUCUUUUGGCUGCUCUCAUUACUUACUUGAACGUCUGCUGUUGUUAAAAUUAAGCUGUAUGUGAUUGUUCACUUGGCUGGUGUGCUGCGACGGUGGUGGUGUUUUUUUUUUUUUUUUUUUUUUUUUUUUUUUUUGGGGGGGGGGGGGGGGUAAUCUCGCCUAGGGCACUAACUGAGGUAGAGCCGGCCCUGCUCUAAUCAUCAUGAAAUGAAUAGAUACACAUCACAUUCCAGCAAGAUAUUGACAUGUGUUUCAAUGUUUCUGAGAACUACAGAUAACAAUUAGCAAAGUGUGUAAUGCUAACAUUUCAAAAGGGGGUGCAUCUGCAAAGAGUUUCUUAACGUCAGCUUUAAUUUAUCACCUGGAAUCCAAACAUCCUGAUUGCCAUUCUGAGUAUAAGAAGAACACGGCACAGUGCAGGAAAAUCCCUCUGAGCACAGCCAGUCUGUCUGUGAAGGAUGUUGGAGCCAAAUACACAAGUGGAUGCUGGGGGAAGUUUCACUUCUUGUUACCUUUUAUAUAUCUUUAACAGAAAUCAACAUUGCAUCUGAUAAUAUGAGACGUCUUUUACACAUUGUUGAUGCUGGUACCAAUAUAGCUUCACCCUGUGCAGUGUUGUCCGUAUUUGCUGAAAAAGCCUUUGAUAGACUCGAAUGGGAAUAUCUGUGGCACACUCUGGAAACUAUGGGUUUUGGUAAUAAUUUUAUUGGUAUGCUUAAAACAUUGUACUGUAAUCCAACUGCUGUGGUUGUUACAUCUAAGCAAAGCUCUGCACCUUUCUGUAUUGAAAGGGGAGCUCACAAAGGCUGUCCAUUUUCUGCUUUGCUGUUCACAGUAUCUCUGGAACCCUUAGCUCAAAAAAUUAGAAACUCAGAGGAGGUAAAACCAAUAACAGUGAGCAGAACCUAUCAUAAGACCUCUUUUAAGAUAAAUUUAAACAAGUCGUCUUUGCUUCCUUUAAAUUCUGCUAUGAACAAUCAGCAGUUGAAUGUGGGGAUCCCAGUAGUUACACAUUUUAAGUAUCUUGGAAUCAACAUAUAUCCAUCUCUUGGAAAAAUUGUUUCUAAAAAUUAUAAGUGCCUAAAGAAAUCUAUAUCGGACAAGUUAAACAGAUGGGCUGCUUUUUCAAUUUCCCUUGCUACACGAAUGUCAGUGACUAAGUCCCAUAUACUUCCCAAGGUUAACUUUUAUGCGAAUAUGCUACAUUUACCUCCACCGGCUGGAUUUUGGGAGAAGAUACAGUGCCUAGUGUUAAAAUUCAUAUGGCAAAACCAGCACCCAAGAAUUAGUAGGUCUACGCUGCAGAAGAAUAAGACCUCAGGAGGGCAUUCAGUACCUAAUUUUGAAAUAUAUUUCUUAUCCUUUAUGCUGAAGUCUGUAUCAAGGUGGUUGGACCAAAAUGUAGACACACCCUGGGUGAAUAUAGAGAAUCAUAUUGUACACCCAUAUGCACUUAAAGAUGUCCUUUUUUCAGGCCUCUCCCCUAAAUUCUGUCUGAAUAAAAUUGGAUCAAUUGUCGCAAACUCAGUUUCAGUUUGGAAUAAUAUAGCCAAAUUAGUCAAAUGGGAUAUUAAGUGGCACUUAGAUACACCAAUUUUUAGAAAUAAUCUAUUGCUUAUUGGUGGUGAACCAAUCACUUUUCCCUCUUGGCAAAAUCAGGAAGUUCAUACGUUGUCUGAUAUUUAUAAUGAAGACUGCUUUAGACCAUUUCAUGAACUUAGACAAAUCUAUAACCUGCCUGGUACCUCUUUCUUUUUUUAUUUACGGGUGCGCACAGCAAUGCGAACAUAUGGUGUUCCAUGGAAUCAAACGCUACCAAUUCAUCAUUUAAUGUAUAUCUUGAACAUUGCAAAAGUAAAAAAAAAAGGUUUUGUUUCACAUACUUGUAAUGAGCUACAAGGAAGAUUAUCUGGACCCACAGGCAUUGUUCUUGUCUGGAAUACAGAUACCAAAGAUUACGGGUUUAGCAUUAACUAGCAGAGAGUCUGGAGUAAUAUUUCUUUAUCGUCCCGUAAUCACAAUAACCAGUUAAUUCAUUAUAAACUAAUACAAAGAUAUUAUUUAUCUCCAAGAUGAUGCUGCCAGAUCCAUAUCACUCAAAGCUCAUUGUGUCAAUUAUGUCCUCACAAAGUGUUGGGCACAUCUAUGCAUAUGAUGUGGGAAUGCCCCGGGGUCUAUUCCUUCUGGCUCAGUAUUUCAAACUUUCUUUCGUGUUUAAUGCACACAAACAUACCUUGUUUACCUCAUAUUUUCCUUUUAAACGACAAUACCUCUUUGAACUUAGCAAUUCAUAAGAAAAGAGUACUGUUUGCGGGUUUAAUGGCUGCUAAAAAGAUGUUGAUAAAGAGAUGGAAACCACCACAUGUACUGAAUGUGUAUCAGUGGAAAUUACUAUUUUAUGAAAUUCUGUCAUUAGAAAUCUCCAGUGCGCGUGCACAAAAGGCAAAAACAGAAACAAUACAGAAUCUGGAAGCGGCAGCUGAGAGAGUUAAACUGUCGUUCUGAGACGCCCCCCCCCCCCCCCUCCAUUUUUUUGUUUUGUUAAAUAAGCUACCAUGUAUGUACUGUAAAUUUCCCCCUUUUUCUCUCUUUUUUUUCUUUUUUUUUUGGGGGGGGGGGGGGGGGGUUGAUGUUGCUCUGGGGACAAGGGUGGGGGCAAUGGGUAUGGAUGUAAUGAGAUAAAGCAAAAAGAAAUAAAUAAAAAAGUUGAUCACAAAAAAAAAGAAAUCAACAUUGCAACACAAACUCAUUCCGAGCCCCUACUCUCGGCUGCCUAAGAGUAAACACACUGACGCUUCUUCUUCUUCUAGUCACAUGGGCCAUCUGAGGGUGUAAACCACUCAUAUAAUGCAGCAACACACUGACUUAAAAACUCAAAACCUGCAUUGCAACUGCAUGAAUUUAUAUUUAUUUAAUAUUUAACAUGAAUUUUAGUAAUCCUACUAAAAUCAAUUGCAAUGUCUUGAUUUUAGUAAGAUUAGUACACAGUCAUAGCCUUAUAUGCGAUGGUACCAAUAAUUGGCAUAAUAAUUUCUUUUGGUUUUUCAGUUGUUGACCAUGGUUUCCUUAUUAAGGGUUUUCAGUUUCAGGCAAGAAUUUUCAUUAUGGUGCAUCCCUAGUCUCACCCUUUCAUUGUGUUCUUUGCUAGACCUCACACACACACCUUCAGACUUAAGUAUUUCCCCCUCUUCUGUCAUUUCUGCUUUUUCAGUCCUAAGUUUCAUUCAGUCCUGGUUCUUUGGGGUUUUUACCUCAGCUCUUUCCUGAUCAAAGGCUUAAAAAGCUGCAAGGUUGUAUGAUCUGCAGAAAUGUGCUAAACGAUCUGAUCUGAUCUGAUCAGAGGAGAGAUAGGAUUUGGGAUUUGGAGAUGAAAGAAUAAAGGCAGGCAGGCAGGCAGGCAGGCAGGCAGGCAGGCAGACAGACAGACAGACAGACAGACAGACAGACAGACAGACUUUAUUCUCACACCUGCUCCAAGGAGCUCUACAUGUUCGUGGACCCUCAGCUCACCUGUAAGGUAUUGAAGCUCCUGUUUGAUGACAGACAUCACAGAGGAAACGUUUCUGAGAGAAGCCCUUAGUUUGUAGAUUGUAAAAUCAGGUAUUUAUGAUUCAGCUCUUCAAAGACUCUGUUCAUGUGCUUCUGUCAGAGUCAGAGCUGAAAGGCAGUUUGCGGUCCAGUAGCAUUGACACCAGGACAUGUCCUGCAGGUCACUGACCGCCCCUGACACUGACAUGCUGAGCAAAUUGUAGGCAGGGACCACAUUUCUAAAGGAGGAACUGGAACAGGAAGAUUCAGAUGAAAACAUGGAGGGUUUCUGAGAGCAGGGGGGCCUGAGAGAGCAGCAGGACAGACCGAAGUGAUCCCUGCUGGUUCAGCUCAGUCCACCUCUUAACAGGAAGACUGUAUGAGAUUAAAAGAAUUCUAGCUUAGAUGCCAUACAAUAUCAACAAAUAAUAAUAAUACAGGGUUUUCCUCUGCUGCAGUUUAGAUUGGAAUGUGACUCUAGUUAAAACCACAUAAAUUCAGUGUCACUGACAUGUUUAGAGAGACAAUAAUUCUCUUUCUCAUUUGGAGCUUUCAGCAGAUUUCUGCUUCCUUAAAUCAAACUCUACUCAUACUGUUGAGCUUUUUCAGGCUAACAGAGUUUCUUUGCCCCCCCUGACAGAAGGCUUUCAGAAGAGUCCACACCCCUGUCUGGCUGUAUAUCUGCUCUACCAAGACACAAGGUGUGGAGGUCCUUUCCUGCUCAUUACCUGGGCUGGUGGUAGUUUCAGUGAUUACAUAAUGCUCAGAGUUUAGACCUCCAUCAGUCAUGAGGUCUGAAGGAGAGGUUCACCCUUCAACAGAUAAACUCCUUCAGUAAACUCUGCUCAGCCUGCUAUUGUCUUCAGUCCUAUCUCAGGGCUUUUAUUGGAACCCCCUCAAACACUAAAACAGCUCUUUAUUGCUGUAGGAGUCUAAACACUCACCAGACACAGGUGAGCAUUAUAAAGGUCAUGUGACAAAAGGAAAACAACACUAAUGCUGACCUGAGUUGUACUUUCAGUGAAGAUAUUUUACACACACAUACACACUUACGCACGCAAAGACAGAUACACAGAGACAAUGGCCCUCAUUUAUCAAACGACCGUAUGGCAGAAAAUUUUCCGUAUGACCAUUUCCAUGCAAGGAUUAGCAUUUAUUAAUUUUCACGUGAGCGUAUGAUACGAUCAAAUCUCACGACUGGUCUUACAUUGUGUAUGCAAGUUUGAGUAAGUGAGGAUUUGCGGUGCAGCAAAUGUCUGUCUCAAAAUAACUGAUAAAUAAACCUCAAACCUGUCAUUAAGCACAAGCAGCCAGAUUUCAUCAAGAUUAAUAAAUAAAUAAAAUUAAAUAAAACAAAUUUGAAAUGCCUUUCUAAUGAAUAGACCUGUUUGAUAACCCCGCUGACAAACACUGCCACAGAGCAGGAGCGCUGUUUAACACACGUACAAGCGCCACUGUAGAGCACUGCUUUUGACUCCUAAAAUUAAGGUGGCUCUGUGUUGGCCCAAUAUUGUUUUACUCUCCUGAAAAGUUGUGGGAUAUCAUUUGGGCAUUUGCACAAUGUUGCACUGGAGUGCCAUUGGAUGUGCCAGUGCAACGUGAGGACCCAAUGCCCAGAGAACAAUAACAAGGAGAGACUCCACAUAGGUGCUGUACGGAGGGGACAGGACCUUAUCAAUGGAUUCUGACAUGUAAAGUAUAAGUUUAGAAAGUGCUCUUGAUAUUUAAUCAGUGAUAAAAAAAAAUAAAAAUGUGCCUCGGGGGCAGCAACACACCAUUUAGUGAUGUUAAUAAUUAUUUUUGUUAAGCCUCUGUCAGACUCUCCAGUCUGCUCUACAUUACAAAGAAGCUAUAAAUCAAAACUAAAUACUUGCAAUAAUAGAAGCAGCAUAGCCUAUAUCAUGGUAAUGAAAAAUAUGAGGCAUGUAUGAGAUUUUAAUUUAUCAUCAUGGGCAAUUUAUUGACUAAUGAUUUAUUCAAACUUCAAGCGGGAGUGCUGUUCACCGUCACCUUAAUCCUGCUCCAGACAGGGUUUUUCUGGACUCCUUUUAUACCAGCUUUGAUGCCUCCAAAGAGCAAAUCCUUGUUAGUUUCCAACACAGAUGUGAGAAUAUCCACUUUCAGCUUGGAAAAGUUAUGCAUCCCUCUAAUAUUUCUCUUCUUUCAUGUUUGACCUCAGUGGGCGAGGCCUUUGAACCAUGAAUAUUAAAAGGCUUGACAUGUUAAUGACGAUCAAUUUCAGCCAGUGCAUUUAUUAAGACCCUAUCAUACGCACGCUGGAAUUGGUCAGAUACAAACCCUUUCAUAAAUCUCACGUGUGUCCUAUCGUACAAUGAAUCCUGCACUCAUAUCUGCACUCAGUUCUACGCAAGAUUGAUAAAUGAGGGCCAAUGACUCUAAUCAAUGACCAGUUUAACCAAUCAGAGGCCUCAUCAAAUAAUGACUUUCAUAUCAUGUUUCUAUGUUAGUCAGAGCUGAUACACAUGAAAAGGUUCAUUUAAACAAACUCUGAAAGUUCAAACUGAAAAUAGAGCAAAGAUGACAUUUUUUGAUUUAGAAACAUGUAAAUCCUGUUAUACUUCUGAACAGUUAAAAACAUCUAUGCUGUAACACCAUAAAUUGACAGUCAAAUACUCCAGUAUCUGACCAAUCUUCAUCUUUGUUAUUGCUGAAUUGAAUCUUUGGAGAACGCUGUUUUGAAGCUGUGAGCUUACAUUAUCUUUGUGUUACAUCCUCCUUCAUAUCUGGAGACAAACAUGUGAGGUGGUUAUUCAGCCUUGGAGGAAAGGAGCCUCUGGGUGAACCAUGUAGUUAUGUAACCUCCUGCAUCAUGCAGUGCUGCAAAGUGUACAGGAAUGCCUCUGUCACUGCUGCUGCAUGAAUGUUUUAGCAGCAGAGAGCUGUUCUGUUCAUUGCUGUAACCUCGGGAAGCGUUCAGGUUCGGGGUCUGCAGAGAAACUCUCAAGUCCUCUUUCUCUGCCUCUCUUUCCUCUGCUCAGUCCCUGGGCUCAGUGAAUGUGAGGCAGUGUGUAGGUAGCUCCAGAACAUCAGUGGGCGUCUGUUUUUUUACUGUUUCAUCAGAGAAGGACAAGGCGUUUACGUGCCUCUAAUUGGCUCACAGGGAGGAAAGAAAGGAGUGAAGGACAGAGUCUUGCUGCUGUGUUUUAGUUCUGGUGUCAGAAUCACAGCAAAUCGGGAAAUCUGUUCAUCAAUCAUUACACACACCCUGUGUGCGGAUUUAUUAAAUGAUUGGCCGAAUCACCAUCUGUCAAUCACUACCCUUUUAAUGUAUAUUUUUAUUGUUUUAUUGUUUUAUUUUUUGAUAAAACUGAAGAACUGCAGUGACUGAAAAACCAGAGCGACAGAAGAGGUGACAAAGAGACAAGCUUUCCUGCAGACUCUUAAAGUUGGGGUAGACAGGAAUUUGUUAAAGAAGCAUCUUCUUUUGUGGUGUAUAUACAAAAAAGCUUUUAAUAUUAGCGUGCUACAAUAUAGGACUGUAGAAACUAACCAGAAAGUACUAAAAAUGUGUGAAUCCUCUUUUGGCCACGACUGCCAACACAAGCAAGAAAACGAAGUAAACACCGGAGACUCUAGGUGGAAUAACGGGCGCUUAAAAAGGAGAUAGACCACCUGGGCAAGAGCUAAAAAGCCGGGUCAACAUCAAUGAAGUAUAAACGACGGGGGAUGCUUCGGAUAUUACAGACCCUGUAACCUUUCUGCUGGACAGGUAAACUGCUUUAACAAAGUAAGCCAAGUGUCUGUAACUAAAGUGUUUCUUGUCAAACGGGACCUGCUGUGUGUUGUAGCACCACUAAACUAAACUGUUUACCUCGGGUCCUGGAGUAGGCCUGCAUGAUAUAUCGUUUGAGCAUCGUCAUCGCGAUGUACGUGUGUGCGAUAGUCCCAUCACAGAGCCUGCGAUGUCGGAGGUGAAUGAACUCAGUUAAUUUCAAGGGUAACUGACUGAGAUACACUCCAUGUGACUUUGCAUGUGGUGUGCAGCGAUCCACCAAUCACCUUCGUGCUUUACUCAGUUGCCAAUCAGACUCAGUUCUCAGUUGCCAACCAGACUACCCUGCCAGCUGUCAAUCAAAAUCAGAGAGGAGGAAACCCACCUCUGCAAAUGUCUUGCACAUGGAGGGAGUCGCUAACGCUACCGGAGUUGUGCCGAGAAACGCGUGUCCACUGAGAAUUACUUUUGGAACAUUCUUCAUCACUGUUUAGCCCAACAAAUAAGAACUGUAUGGGUUUUAAAUUGUACAUUUCCGUGGACCACUCUACUAUAAGCAGUGCGCGUUUUGUGAGGUGCAUGCAAUUCUCGGAGGACAUGCAUUUCUCAGCACAACCCCGUUAACAACAACAACAACGAUCGCAAACUGAGCAACACACAGAGAAAACCACAGAAGAUGAAGACUUGUUGCCAAAAAGAAAAGGAAAGUCAGUUAUCUGGAAUAUUUCAGUUACAAGAUGGAUAAUAUCGACCAAAACACGUCUUCUGUGUUAAUCUGUUUCCACAAUAACGUCCCAGAACAAUAAAAGCUAAAAAUAUCUCUGAGACAGACAGAAGCCAUUCUACUAACAUUCACAAAAAGAGGUAAGAUCAGUGCAGGUUAACUGUCCUCAAGAUUUCAGCAGUGCAGCACAACAUAAAGUGUUAUUCAGGUCAUCUGGUGAAAAUUCCUGUAUUUUUUAAUAUCGCAAUAUAUAUUGCAGGGUUGAAAAAAAUCGCAAUGUUAGAUUUUUCUUAUAUCGUGCAGCCUUAUCCUGGAGUACAUCACUUUUUCCUCGUUGUAGAAAUCCUACAAACAUUGUGUUUGCUGAUAGUCUGUUGGCAUCUACAGUAGCAUCAAUGCGUUUGACUUUCACGUUGACUGGGCCCCUUUUGUAAUUAUUGGAAGUAUUUGUCUGCAUUGUACCUGAAUUUAAUUGGAACGAUACGAGUGAGCACAAGCAUCUGUUUGUGGGCGGGCCUUGCUGGAGCAGAGAGGGAGGGGAGAGGAGGAGCGGAGGGGAAAACUGGUUGGUAGGGGUAGUGUUUACACUCAAGAAUUCUCCCAAAAACUGGCACUUCCUCAGAUCCUGCCUACCCCACCUUUGAAUAAAGGGCCAUCAAAAAGCUAUGUAUAGGUCAACUUGAAAAAUUUGCCCGGACUCCUCCUGAUGGAAAAAUAAUAAUCCUCUAAAAAGGACCUCAUCAUAAUCAGAUGAAUAGAUUAGAUACACGGAAAAAUGUCUGGAUUCUGCAGAACUGCUGAUUUGUCUUGGCGCCAGGGCUUCAGGUUAACUUUUUCACUGGUAACACUGGUGCCACCUAGUUUUUCAUUCAGUAGCACCAAAAAAUAUUAGGUAUCACCAUCUUUUUCUUAGUAUAUAGCUUGUUAUUAAUACUUGAUCUUAUCAUGUAGAUAAAAGUUAAAGAUUGACAAUGACCCAAACUUGAUAUUUGCAAAACAUUUUAAUCUGAACUGUCUGUAGGUUUCUCUGCAUGAGCAGCAGUAUAAAAAUAGGUCAUCUUCAUAUAAAAACAUCAAAAUGACAAAAAAGACCUGCACAGACAUACCAGACAACGUCUCAACUUAAACUAACAAGGUGCAACAACUUAACUUAAAGUGACAACACCACAGCAGCAUUAAUUCCCACUGUAAUUCAACUGAACUUGAAUUACUAGCAGCAUUCAUUUAGUCCCUGCAAUUUAUCUCAUUCUAGGGGCCAGCUUUAUUAAAUGUGGUGGGGAGGGGCUGGGAGCUUCUGAUGAUACAGCGGUCUCUGCACGUCUUGUGUUUCUGGCUCUCAUGAUGUAACUUAAGUGACUGAAUCUUGAAUUGUGUCGACCCCUUAACAAAAUGUGUUCUGCCUGCAACCGACGGGCCACAUGUCCUGCAGUACACACACACCAUGGUUUUAUCUUUGUAUCGCAACCACGGGAACUGUGACAGCCAUUGUUGUUGAAAACAGUACUUUUUCUUUUUCUCCCCACUCCCCACUUUCUAACACUUCUCCAGCACCAACAUCUUCGUUUCUUCCCUCGGACACAUUUUUUUUCUUAAAAUAAUCAACUAUGGACCGCCCCAUGUCUGCAUCUUUAUUUAUCGGUAGUUAGCAAUAGCGUGUGAUGAUUCAGUGAGCGUCUACAGCUGUGCAUGUGACGCACGUCACGUGAGCAGACAGUCUGGCAGGCAGAGACAGGCAGGGAGUGAAUAGACAGGAGAGAUAGAAUUCGGUGGAAUGAGCCAGAAAGUAAUAUUUUAUUAUCAACCACAACCAUUAAUGCUCUAAUAUAGCCACGGGUGUGUGGGGAGAGGAGAAAAAAAAAAAUCACUUGUCGCAUAUGCGACCUAAUAGGUCGCACUCUGGAGCCCUGCUUGGCGCCACCCUGUGGGGUAACAUGCACAUGCUGUAGCCUUGCUGAUCUUCAGCAAGGCUACAGCAUAUGUAUGUUCAUAUAAAAAACCCUAUUUUUUCCUGAAUUGUUUUAAAUAAUAGAGAAAAAGUGUUUCUACAGCGAGCUGUCGAUCAUCUGCCCAGGCAUUUCAGACACAAGAAGCUGCUAAACAGAUACACCUAGGCUUGUUGUGGACGGUCUUUGCUUUAGUAGCUCAUGGUUAAGCUUUUUAAAAACCAGUUAGAGACUCUGCAGAAUUAACACUGCAACACAUCUCCACAGUUGUGAAGCUGAAACUGUCUCUGCAGCCAUCAUCAAGUCUCAUCAAGUCUGUGUUUGAUGAACGCCAUCCUUGAGAACUGCUGAAAGAGACUGAAAUAUCAGCUUCAUGUGUGACAGUCUGACCUGAAGAAGUUCAGCACAUAGUGCAUCCACAGACGGAGCCUUCCAAGAAACACCCAGAGGCUGAUUGGAUUACUGUUUGAGUCUGUCAUUCAUAAUGAGCCAAUCAGAGCAGCUCAAAUGAUCAGUAAUUGAAACUAACCAAAUAUAUCUGUGUUAGCCAUAUAUCUGUUAUAUUUGUGUGUGUGUGUGUGUGUGUGUGUUGCUCCCAUACAAAACCCUGGACAUUUGAAGGAUUUUAUAAUCUCCCUCCUGGACAGGCUGGACACCCCUCCCAAAAGAUGACAUGUUCGGGUAAAAGAGGAGGUAUGGUCAUCCCAGGGUAAAACUUAUUAGCUGUGUUAGCCAAACCACCUCCACACCAUAGAGGUAGCUCCCUGUUUUGGCACUAGAUCCUCAUUUUAGGACAAAGUUGACGCUGCUGUGCUGCUCUCGCUCUCCGACAUUGUUGUUGUGCAUUCAGUAGGGAAGGUCAUCACAACCCUACAGUGUAAAUAUUACGAUAUGACAAAUUUAUAUCAACAAAAACUGUACACCGGUAUUAUUGUACACAUUAUGAUAUGGCAAACCCCUAGGUCUAAUUCAAGCCCGAAACAUGUCUGUGAUUAUCAAGUGACUCAGCCUGUGCCUUGCUUAGUGUCCAGACUGUGACCUGAUGAAUACGACAGGCCCUUCAUCCCUCUGCCCUGUGGCCACUUGUUCCUUUAAAAAGGACCCUUUUCUCUUCAUGCAACUUACUUUUCACCCUGUUUACCAGGUGAAAUGAACUGGAUACGCCUUGCAUACACCUGCAGCAGGUGUUUAAAGAGAGCUCAUUGUUCCUGUAUCCAUCUGUGUUUGUAUAGAGACUGAAUCAGAUACAGCAGCUGUUUUUACUCUCAGGCUUUUACCCUUCACUCUAGCUGCACGGUCAGGGUAGGAAUGUGGAGAUAAAACUCUGGACUGAAUGUCUGAGUUUCUGUGAGCAUGUGUAGCUCAUCUAGUUCAUAUUUUCACAUGCUCACACAUAUCUGUACAGGGCAUUAAGCUAAGCAGGUGGUACAUUCAGAGGCACAAUUAAAACUCUGCCUUUAUGCUGCUGGCCCUCAGAAUAAAAGAUCAAACUGUAAAAAACAUCCCCUCUCAUUUAUCUUCUCGUGUGUAUGCAGCUUUAAAAACAAUGAUAUCUGCAGCUGAUACAAGUACUUUAUUAGUGUUCCUGCAUAGCGGCCUUUUCUACAUUGCAGUAAAAAACAGAUUUUAUGAUUAUGUUAUUACUCCCUGUGGGGACUCCUUCUGAUUCAGACUCAUAAAAUAAGUCUAAAAGAAAUUCUUUAUGAGCAGUCAAAGCUUAAGCUGACGUCUUUUUUUGGGUGAAACAUCCAAACCGAGUUCAGCUUCCUGUUUCAGCAUCUUUCAGUGAAAGAUUAGGUCACAAAGCAUCUGGAACCGCUUUAAAACCUCACAGUGUUUCUUUGUUUUUAAAACCUGAAUGUGAGAGCUGGAAAUUCUGUUCAUGAGAGUGUCUUUUUUCUAAGAACUCAGUGAGCACAUUUCAGUCAGGGCCACUUUUACCACAGAUAAUACUACUACUACUACUUCUACUAAUAAUAAUACUAAUACUACUGUUAAUAAUAAUAAUUCAUGCAGUACAUCAUAUGGUGGUUUAGUUCUGGUCUGAGAGCUCCCUGCCCUUUCAUCUGUGAGUAUGAGAGCAGAGAGAGCAUACCUUUCUUUUGUAUGCAUGCAUAUAGGCUACAACAAAUUGUUUUUUUUACACCAAUAAAGUUAGAAAAUGAAAAUCAGUGUUUGGUGCAGAUUCAUGGAUUGAUUAGUAAGAGUGAUAUGCUGUAGGUUUUUUAACAAACCUUCAAACAGCUUUAAUGCUCUCAUUACACCUAAUACAACAAUGUCAAAUCUCGAGGCAGGGAGAGCACAGCUCUCUUCUGUUUCAAGUGCAUACUUGAAAAGCCAAGGCAGGGAGAUUAGCAGCAAAUACAUCAGCAAAAUCAGACAGCAUUAAAAGUAGGAGCUGAGGUGGAGGUGAAGGAGGAGGAGAGGGGUGCAGCAAAUACAUCAGUAAAAUCAGACACAAUUGUAUCUGAUGUUCUGUAGCCUGAGUUUGACUUUGUGACCUGCCUGAACUAGCUCCAUGCUUAAUCUGUUCACUCUGGAGUUGUCACUGUAUCAGUGAGCACAGCUGUCAGUAUGCUGUUAUUACUCCAUAACUACUUAGGCCCUUCUUAUAAACUAGUUAAACAUGAAGUGUUAUGUACUUACAUUAAAGAGCAAAGUGCUUUUUAAGGCAUAAUGCAAAAACAUGCAUGAAUGAUUUGCUGCAAAUUUGAACUCACUGUUAUGGGGAGUCACUCUGUGAUAGCUGAUUAGCUUGUAUCAGAGUUUAUGUCUUACGAAGUCAGACUAGUGAAAUUUUCAGCAUUCCUGAGGUGAGGUUCAAUAAUUCGUCCCGUGGAAAAUCCCAAAUGAAGCUGUAUGACUGCUGCGUCUAUGGGGUGCAUUUAAGAGGGCAUCUUCCAGAAUAAAAGCAGGCAGACUCGUAACUGUGAUGUUCUGGUUGUGUGCAGGCAGACUUUGCUUUCAGAGGACUACAGGACUUGUUGCUCUAAGCUUAGGUAGUGGUUUAUUUGCAGAUUUGUCAUUUGAAAGCUUGAUCAUUGAGUAUAAAGGUCAUGACUGUGUUUUUAUGGUUAAAACCAUUUGAUAAGAAUCACUGACUGAGUUUCAGUUUGAAGGACUGAAGUUUGUGUCAGCAGGAAAAGGAUGUCUCUCUGUAGCUGUGUUAUUUCAUUUUUCACCAUGUUUUUCUUUUCAUUUGAUGUUGCUCAUUUGCCUUAAGGCUCUGUCAUCUCCUCUCCUCUCCCUUCUCCUCUUCUUAUUUCUGCUCUGACAAGGUUUUGUCUUACAGUCUUCUCAAGGACGCCUCCUAAAUACAAUCUGAUCUCCUGUUUUCUGUGAGAACAGAAGGUGAAACUCUGCAUUUUAGGCGAUUCCCUGUGUUCAGCCAUCAGAUAGGACACACUGCAGCUCCAUCAACGAGGCACGUUAGCUGACCCUCCUCUGUCCUCCAUGUGCUUCCGCUCUACAGCUUGCUGUGUCUCCGUCAGGUUCACUGAGACCAUCAUAAUGCUCCAGCAGAAAAAAAGGAGAAAUCAAUACUGUCCAGCAGCAGAAGCUGUCAUUACCCCCAGCUUGUAUAAUGCAGAGUUAGCCCCACUGAGCCAUAAUGGACAUUAAGAUGAAGAACAGCUGACUCCGGAGGCAUUACCAUGGCAGCAGAGUUGCUCCAAUUACCUCUCUUGCUGCCUCCCCCUCCCUAUAUGUUUUCUGUCUGUAUCUUGGUGCAGCAGAGCCAGUCAGACCUCAGAUCAUUUAGGACAACAGGGAAAUAGAUGCAGAGCCAGUAAACACACUGCAGUGUCUCCAUCCAGAGAAGAAGAGUCUUGCCACUCAAACUCUGAGACCACCAUGAACCAAGCUUAAGACAUGGAGUGAGACACGCUGAUGCCACCCUUCGGUAAAGGACUUCAUUUUUAAACCAAGUUGUAGAUUUGGAAGUUACCUUCCAAUAAACAUGUCUGGAGGAGACAUUGAAUGGACAUGGUUGUUUUAAAAGGACCUAGCAGUAAACCUGCUCGACCCUUUGGCCAUACACUUAGCGGGAAAAUGUUCUUCCAGAGAAGAAAAAAAAGAAAAGUUUAAAGAAAAGUUGGACCACUUCCUCAGUUUGAAACCAGCUUCACAACUCUUACGGUCAAGCUUCUAAUCACCACUCAGAAAAACAAUGAGUCUGAUAUUUUAUCUAUGAAUAUUGUAUUUAAGACAGUUAUGAACUUAAUCAACUUAAACAAUUAGUCAUAUUUGUCUAUGCAAUGGCAAAACCUAAGGCGGGGAGAGCACACCCUCCUAUGUUCAAUUACCGAUACAUGUUCGCUGGACCAAAUCAUUAAUACUGUAAUACUGUAUCAUUAAUCACUGUAAUGUUAUAUUGUGAUGUUUCACCAUAUACUAUGGACAACUUGGUUCCGCCUACCGCCUGUAUACGGAUUUGAAGCCAAAUAAUAUUCACUGAUGUUAAACUGUGAUGUAAUACUGUGAUGUUAUACUUUGUUGUUAUACCUUACACUGGUGUAAUACUGUGAUUUUACACUGUGAUGUUAUAAUGUGAUGUUAUACAAUGAUGUUAUACGCUGAUGUAAUACUGUGAUGUUGUACUGUGAUGUUUGAGAAUCGAUGGGAAUCGAUAACUGGUCCAUUUUAGAAGGAUAUAAAUGGGAAUUGUUUGUCUGCCUCCUUAACCAUUCUGCUUAUUGGCUCUUCUUCUGUCUCUAUGCGAGAUGACGUAGUAUGCGCGAAGUGUGUUUUGGUUCAGAGCUUUCCUAGCACGGAGUCGAGGCAAAAGCACUCCAGAGUUUGGCUGAAUUUCACACGAAAAGUUGAUACCAGGACUACUUGCAACACUUGCAAAGCUUUAAUUUCGUUGAAGGGGCGAAAUACUUCCAAUAUGCAGAAACUUUUGUCCAUCCAGCAUGCAUACGAAACUUGUAUGUUAUUCUCUGAUGUUAAACUGUAAUGUAAUACUGUGAUGUUAUACAUUGUUGUUAUACUUUAUACUCUGGUGUAAUACUGUGAUGUUUUGCUCUGAUGCAAUACUGUAAUGUUAUACUGUGACAUCAUCCCAUGUUAGUAUACUGUUAUGUUAUAUUGUAAUGUUACAAUGUGAUGUAGCAUCAUUUUUUUCUGUCGUUAAACAUACUCUGAAAGUAUCCCUGCCGUGAAGCUGGCCUAAGUCCCUCAGUCUGAAGCCUCACAGAUGUCAAGUUUGUGUUUUAUUAAGAGUCUGCUGUUUGUGUAUCCUUUCAGGAGGUGAUUCAUGAUCACUGCUCCUCUGUCUGCCUGAUGACUGACUGUGCCUGUCUCCAGUUUCCAUUUGACUGAAACCUUUCUGUCUAUCUUUCUUUGUGUUGCAGUUGAGAGGGAAGUGGUGCAGAAGAGGACCUUCACUCGCUGGAUGAACCUACACUUAGAAAAGGUCUGUUCCUGCUCUCACAGCUGCAGAGUCUCAGCAGCGGAUGGUAUGAUGGAGCUGAGAUUACCCAGCAUUUUCAGCUGGGACUUGUACAGCAUAUAUAUAUAUACACUACAGACCAAAAGUUUGGAAGCAAGAUCAGAUUUGUACAAAAAAAGACCAUGGUUUCAUUAAUAUAAUUUGCAACACAUCAAACAUGACUAUUGUGUAAAGAGUAACUUAUCAGAAGACAUUUUGACUACAACUAUUAGGUAUCUGAGUUAUUGUUGCUUAGACUUUGCUUUCUUUAAAGUAACCUCCUCUGGCUUUAACAACAGCUUGGCAUAUACCAGGCAUUCGUUCCACAAGUUUUUUAAGGUAUGUUCCAGGGAUUGCAUUCCAAGCUUUCUUACGUUCAUUAAAAAGAGACUGCUGAUUAGUGGGACGUGUUUUUCUGACUGAUCGAUCCAAUUCAUCCCGCACAAGCUAAAUUGGAGAAAGGUCUGGAGACUGAGGGGGCCAAAACAUCUUUUGAAGAACACCUUCCUCUUCUUUUAUGUCUAGGUAACUCUGACAGAGCUUGGCAGAAUGCUUAGGGUCAUUGUCUUGCUGCAAAACAAACUGAGCCACAAUACUGAGUCCAGAUGGAACAGCAUGGUGCUGGAGGAUGGAGUGGUUCCUUCUUUAUAAUAUCUUUACUUCAAACAAAUCUCCUACCCCAUCACCUGCAAAACAUCCCCAUACCAUGGAACUACCACCUCCUUGCUUAAUUGUGGGUGUAACACAUGGUGCUUUCAGACGUUCACCAGUUUUUCUGUGGACAUAGACUCUGCGUUUUGAACCAAACAGUUCAAACUUGUUUUCAUCGGUCUAGAGGACUUGUUUCCAGUCAUCAUAAGUCAGAUUUUUUUUUAGCUUUUGCCCACUCAUAUCUCUUUUUCUUGUUCUAUAGAUGAAGUAGUGUUUUUUUUUUUUUUUUUUUUUUUUGCAGAUACACAACCCUUCAGACAGUGGCAUUCCUAAGCAACUUGGUACCCUAGGCAGGAUUUCUGGUAGCGCCCCCCGGCGCAACUUAUUAGACCAACCACAAACCAGACCCUGCGCAACUUAUUAGACCAACCUCAAAAUAUUCAUCAUAAACUCACACAGGGCACAGGGUAUCUUCACGUCUUUGGAAUCUUAAAACCGCAGUUGUAGUGCAAUAUGCAUAAUGUAGUAAUUGUACUACAAUAAACUAAAGUAAACUAAACAGCAGCCAUAUACAAAAUACCGUGGACAACAGCAAUCAACAGUACCCCACAAAAUCCUCAAAGGAAAACAAAAUGGCUCAAAAGACAUAUACAGCAGCAUUGUAAUUUAAUAUCAGUCAAGGAAAACUAGUGUCAAAAACAUAAAUUGCAAUAUUAAUAAGGUAAUAGUACAAAAUGCAAUGUUAUAGAAAAAUACAAACACAACAAAUUACAAAAAGUAAAGUAUGUAAACUAGAAAGAGUGCAAAUAUUCAGUGCAAUAUGCAUAUGUAGUAAUUGUACAACAAUAAACAGGGCCAUAUACAAAAUACCCUGGACAACCUCAAUCUAGCCCACAACAUCCUCAAAGGAAAACAAAGUGGCUCAAAACACAGCAGCGUUGUCAUUAAAUCUCAGUCAAGGAAACAAGUGGCAAAUAUCUGUAAAAUAUCUUCAUGAUGAGUCAGUCAGUCAGUCAUCACUGCACAGAUAAUUUUGUGUAAAUCAUUAGUCUGUACAGCUCAAAAAUGAAAAGAAAAAAAGAGGAAGAAAAGCCAAUACGGCCGGUGUUAUGCCGUAGAAUGCACCCCCGCCAUAGAAUGCAUCCCAUCCACUCAUUAGCUUCUUAAAGUGGAAAAAAAUGAUCUCAUAUUUAAAAAACACACAAGUAUUGGAUCAUGAAAACAUGUCAAAUGGAGCAGCAAACUUUCGUUCUGUUUUUUAUGGAGCCAGAUCAGGCUCAAAAGUAUUGAAAAAGUAGUGUAAGUGAAAAAAUAAAAAGUGAAGUGAAAAAAUAAGAUUUGAACCUGAAAAAAAUAAAAUGGUACCUGAAAGUCUUGAAUUUUGAAAUUGAACUUUGAAAAAUCCCAGAAUGCAUGAAAAAAAUCUGUUCAAAUGUAACUUCGAUUCUGUUUUUUAAUACUUUUGAAUAAAUUACUUAUUUCUAUUUUUCACUUCAAUGUAUAUUUUGAUCUUUGAGUACUUUUUUUUUUUGAUUGAAUUUUAUUUAUUUAUUUCAGAUUCAGAUCUUAUUUUUAUGGAUUCAAAACUUUUUUUUCGGUUUCAGAUUUUUUUUUUUCAGAUUCAGAUCUUCUUUUUUCAGAUUCAACUUGAAAAGUUUCAGGUUGACUUUUGAGCCUGUUUUUCCGUGGGGGCGGGCCUCGACUGAGAGGGGCGCGGUCUGCCAUGAGUGACAGGCCUCCCCCUCCUUCCCCACCCCAUCACCCUGCGUUCAGGAAGUGGCAUGAAUACACAUUAGCUUAGCCUACAAUUAGGCUGUAUUGGCUGAAUGAGAUCGUGUUGGUUCGUUCCACUUUAGUGGUGCAAUAUAAACUGUGAUUCAUUAAAAAGCUCUAUUGAUAGUAAGUACUAAAAAAAAUAUAUCUACUCAUGUCAUCCUGUCGAUUUUUAGUAAUCAGUGUUUCGGUGUCGAACUAUUUCCUUUCUGCGGCGUAGUAAUACUUGCACACGCGCAAUCGAAUAUGCAGGGGGUGAAGCGAUUUUUGUCACGUGGACCAAUAGGAGCCGAGUCUCGUUGCCAUAGUAUCAGAAAUACACAAACAUGGCGACGACCGCAUCUCGCAGCGAGACAAGCGAAGAGGAAGAAAAGAAAAGGAACAAAAGAAAACAGCCUUAAAAAGUGCAUAAAAAGGAGCAAAACGAUGUUAUAUGCAUCUAUCAUCUGUCCAGAGUGAAGACGUUCUCGACUUUACAAGGACACGUCGGGAAACUUACAGAACUAGUAUUAGAAAGUGGCUUUCUCUACAGGGUGAGACAAAGGACCUUGCAGAAACUUAUUGUUUCACGUUAUUGUUUCUCAAACCCCUUUUUCAAAUAAAUCGCUUGUAGCAUGUUAUGUGAAACCCAGUGUCAUCAAGAACAUUGUCAAAGUCGAUAUCAACGCAAAGUUUAUUAGUUUCUGCAAGGUCCUUUGUCUCACCCUGUAGAGAAAGCCACUUUCUAAUACUAGUUCUGUAAGUUUCCCGACGUGUCCUUGUAAAGUCGAGAACGUCUUCACUCUGGACAGAUGAUAGAUGCAUAUAACAUCGUUUUGCUCCUUUUUAUGCACUUUUUAAGGCUGUUUUCUUUUGUUCCUUUUCUUUUCUUCCUCUUCGCUUGUCUCGCUGCGAGAUGCGGUCGUCGCCAUGUUUGUGUAUUUCUGAUACUAUGGCAACGAGACUCGGCUCCUAUUGGUCCACGUGACAAAAAUCGCUUCACCCCCUGCAUAUUCGAUUGCGCGUGUGCAAGUAUUACUACGCCGCAGAAAGGAAAUAGUUCGACACCGAAACACUGAUUACUAAAAAUCGACAGGAUGACAUGAGUAGAUAUAUUUUUUUUAGUACUUACUAUCAAUAGAGCUUUUUAAUGAAUCACAGUUUAUAUUGCACCACUAAAGUGGAACGAACCAACACGAUCUCAUUCAGCCAAUACAGCCUAAUUGUAGGCUAAGCUAAUGUGUAUUCAUGCCACUUCCUGAACGCAGGGUGAUGGGGUGGGGAAGGAGGGGGAGGCCUGUCACUCAUGGCAGACCGCGCCCCUCUCAGUCGAGGCCCGCCCCCACGGAAAAACAGGCUCAAAAGUCAACCUGAAACUUUUCAAGUUGAAUCUGAAAAAAGAUCUGAAUCUGAAAAAAAAAAUCUGAAACCGAAAAAAAAGUUUUGAAUCCGUAAAAAUAAGAUCUGAAUCUGAAAUAAAUAAAUAAAAUUCAAUCGAAAAAAAAAGUACUCAAAGAUCAAAAUAUACAUUGAAGUGAAAAAUAGAAAUAAGUAAUUUAUUCAAAAGUAUUAAAAAACAGAAUCAAAGUUACAUUUGAACAGAUUUUUUUCAUGCAUUCUGGGAUUUUUCAAAGUUCAAUUUCGAAAUUCAAGACUUUCAGGUACCAUUUUAUUUUUUUCAGGUUCAAAUCUUAUUUUUUCACUUCACUUUUUAUUUUUUCACUUACACUACUUUUUCAAUACUUUUGAGCCUGAUCUGGCUCCAUAGUUUUUAGGUAUUUAAAAAAUGCACAUACAGAGGUGUACUUGGGUAUAUAAACUGUACAGUAAGCUGUUAAGGUAGAGAACGUUAUAUUUUUGGGGCAGCAAAUAUUCCGAAUCAGAGGGCUAUUGUGUUCGGCAUAUCUGAAUAGCCUGAAUGAAAUCAUGAAAGGCACAUGCUUUUUAAUCAGUCCAACAGUAAGGAAAACUUGGAUUAUUUCGCCUUGUUGUGUACUUUCAACCGCGCUCACGUCAGGGCAGCAUUCUACGGCAGGGGUGCAUUCUAUGCCAUAACACCGGCCACGGGAACAGGGUCUUAAUAAAGCCCCCUUAAAUCUGUAAAUCUGUAACUUCAACUAUAACAUCAGCAAAUGGCUUGACACAAACGAUUUCCUUAGCUAGUACGUUGUGUUUUUGAUCUGCGUUCUGCAACAUGUUGGACUGCCAUGAUCUGACGACUUUGAAUGAAUUGAAAGUCAAGACUUGUCUCGACUUUUCACUUUGGAGAAGUCAAGCACUGAGGCAUUAUGCCUCGGCAAGAAAGCAUGUUGUUGCCUAACAGCUGAGGCAUUAAGCCAUGAUGAUAAUUGACGCUGCUCUGCCUGGUCUGCCUUGGCUUAUUAUUGCCUUGUUGGCUGUGCUUGGUGUGGUCUCUCUGUGUGGUGAACUGGUGGUGGCGAUGCAAAAGCCGCGGCGGCGGCGCUGCGGGUCUGUUGUGUUACGAGUUACCUGGCUGUAACUAGUUGAGUUAAACAGAGAAAGAGUUACCAACCCAACUUACCUCAGAAGCAAGUGCAGUAUGACUACGAGGAGAGAGCAGGGGGGCGGGGAGGAGUCAUGUCCUGACAAUGACCCUAAGCACUCUGCCAAGCUCUGUCAGGGUUUCCUAGACAAAUAAAAUAGGAAGGUGUUCUUCAAAAGAUGGUUUGGCCCCCUCAGUCCCCAGACCUUUUACCAAUUUAGCUCGUGCGGAAUGAAUUGGAUCGAUUGGUCAGAGAAACAUGUCCCACGAAUCAGCAGUCUCUUUUUAAUGAACUUAAGAAAGCUUGGAAUGCAAUCUCUGAAACACACCUUAAAAAACUUGCCAAGCUGUUGUUAAAGCCAGAGGAGGUUACUUUAAAGAAAGAAAUCUUGCUUCCAAACUUUUUGGCCUGUAGUAUAUAUAUAUGUAUAUAUAUAUAUAUAUAUAUAUAUAUAUAUAUAUAUAUAUAUCUCAGAUUAACACUUUCCAAUGAAACUUAAACUGCACUCAAUAACCUUUAACCUGUAAUUCAGACUGCAAAGGUGUGUGUGUGCUGUACGAGUCCCCGCUAAAAAUACUGGGUAAUCUCAGCUCCAGGAUGCUGGGUAAUCAGCUUAGCUAUAUACACACACACACACACACACACACACACACACACACACACACACACACACACACACACACACACACACAAAUAUAUAUAUAUAUAUAUAUAUAUAUAUAUAUAUAUAUACACAUACACACACACACACAUAUAUAUACCAAACCCUUGUGUACCCUAAACCCUUGUCCAGCCCUAAUACUUGUAUAUCUCAGACUUUAUAAUUCUUCUGUAAAUAGUAGAUGAUUUGAGACAUGUCACAUGAAACUAUGGACGAUUAAAUUUUCCUCUGGGGAAUAAAUAAAGUUCUUCAUCUCAAACUCAGACAACAGUGGGCCACAGGAACCAUACUAGUUCCUCUAAAAGAAGUUCCUGAAGCUAUGUUUUUUACUUGUACUUUUGGUCCAAAACCACCCUCAGGAUUUAGAUAAUGAAUAAGUGGAAGUGGAAUAAAAGAAGCCUAAAAAGGACAGGACUCAGGCUGUGGUUUGGAUAGAUGACUUCAGCUGCUUUUCAACCAAAAAUACCAGGAACUUUUAGAUCCAGCAGCCUCUCCUUGUGGUUCCUGUUCCCACUGUACAAAUGUGGUAGAUGAAAUCACCUGCGCUGCUCUUUAUUUGAGUCUCUACUGAACCUCUGUAGAAAAAACACCAGUCACAAAUCUCAUUAGCAGCAGCUACUGUAAUAAUUAUUAACUCAGUCAGGACCACUUAAGUCAAAAUUAAUCAUUUAUUACAUUGAUUUGGUAGUAUGGCUCUGUGCUGAUAGUUCCCUGCCCUUCCUUGUGAUUGGAUGGAAAGCCAUGACUGUCAGAGGGGAGAGGCCCUUUUUUCAUAGGCUGGGAAAGCAGACACCGCAGACAACAGGAGCUGGGGUUGUAGCAGGCAGAGUAGGCAGGUGGAGAAGUUUAAAACGGGCGCCGUUUGCCCAUCUGUAGAGGGAAAUCAGCUGAUCUGUCAGUGGACUGAGGGCUGGUAUAGGAUCAGCUGAUAAUAGCCUCAAGCUUGACUUUGUGUACUCUCCAAACUAAUGCUAUCCUCAGUAUAACUGCGGGUUAUGGGAAAUGUUGGCAGGUGCAGAUAAAGUCUGCUUAGCUAGAUUGGUGUAAAUGGCGCACCAGUUUAUAACGUUAAAAAAAGUACUGUUUCCCUCUCCCCUAAUAAGACCUAAUAAGUGUUUCCUCAUAUGGACCAGAAAUUAAAUAAAAUAGAGUCAAGGAUUCAUGUAAGUUCUUUGUUUUACUGACCAAGGAACUUAAGGUUUUGUGGGAUAUAAUCACUAUCUCUCCUCCUCCCUCCAGUGUUUCAUAUAUUAAUUACUCUAUCGUCACAUGCUGCAGAGUUUCAGAGAUGUGUCUGAACACACUAAACUAUAUCUGCUUUUACUAUAGCUGAGAGAAAGUCAACGUGAACAGGCAGGUGAUGUUAAGGUACAUCUGUGCAUGAACCGAUAUCUCCUCCUGCAGAGUCUGACUUUCUGUGUUUACUCUGACAUGCUGUCUAACUCCCUGUUUGUUUGUUUGUUUGUUUUUGGGAGGAAGGGGGAGGCAGGGCAAGUCCGAGCGAGCUGAGAGUCUGAUCGCAACUUUUGUUUUCCCUCUCACAAUGAGCCUCUCUUAUCUAACUCACUGUUUGGCUUUCCAUCAAAUCUCUGAUGCAAUAGUCCACAAUCACACCUUUGUCUGCAGCCAUCUUGGAGAGUUCCAGUCAGUGCAGACCUUCACACACACACACACACACACACACACACACACACACACACACACACACACACACACACACACACACACACACCACUGAAGUAAAUUUAUAGACAGGUUAUCAGAGGUAUGUAUGAUGUGCAGUCUGCUUCACUGAGUUCAAAGCUGUUAACUUCUCUGUUAGCUGCUCUAAUUUCACCUGAACUUCACUUGAACUUCACCUGACAACAUUUUUCCUGACUCUGUGUUUUGUCCUAACUUUAAAACAUGAUGACAAAGGGCUUCCAACAAAAACAGAAAACACAAAAUAAAUUGUUUUAAAUCCAUUAAGGAAAGACCAACAGAGACAGAACAAAGUGUUUGGCAGCUCCUUCAGCAGCAGACUGAGACUCCCACCCUGCAGGACGGAGCGCUACCGCAGAUCAUUCCUCCCCUCUGCAAUAAGACUUUACAAUGAACAGUAACAAAACUGGAUUUACACCACCACUUUUUUUAUGGCAUUUAAAUUGUGUAUAUUGCAGAAAGCUUUAUUUUUUCUUCUCCCUUUUCUCUUUUCAAUUUUUUUUUUUCUUAAUUAUUACAUUUAUUAAGUUCUUAAUAUUAGGACCCUUAUUGUUAUAACUGCAUUUUGCACUUUCUGUCUUGUCUGUGAUGCUGCUGUGACAAAAAAAUUUCCCCCAUGGGGGAUCAAUAAAGGAAUAUUCUAUUCUAUUCUAUUCUAUGAAUUUAGAGGCCCACAGCAUGAGACCAAAAUUUAGAGAGACUCAUCUAUGAAUGGACAGACAGACAAACAGACAGAUGGAUGGGACAUGGAUAGACAGAUAGACGGAUAGAUGGGGGAUGGAUGGAUGGAUGGAUGGAUGGAUGGAUGGAUGGAUGGAUGGAUGGAUCAAUUAAUCAAUCAAAUUUUAUUUAUAUAGUGCCAAUUCAUAACAGUUGUCAUCCCAAGACGCUUUUCAAAGAACAAGAGCAGGUCUAGACCACGCUCAUUGUUUGAUGAAUUAUCAAGACCCAACCUAAGAUGGGUUUUGGCCCAUCUCAUCUAACAUGAGUAACAGUGGCAAGGAAAAACUUCCUUUUAAAGGGGACCUGCCACCAAAAUUUCAUACCCAUUUUUAUCAAUUUUUCAUAAUCCUUGAUGUCCUCUGAUCAUGUUUGCAACAUAAUUUUAGCUGAAAAGUUAUUUGAUGGUUUGUUUUAGUAUGCCUAAAAAACCUUACAGGAAAACCAACUGGUUUGGCUCAUUAACAUUUAUGGUAAUGAGCUUUGCUCUGAUUGGAUCGCUGCUGUGAAGCCUGCUGUGCUCUGAUUGGCUCAGCAGUGGAGGUUCGGAUUUCGGCUUAUCCACUGUUAUUAUGCUAAUGCUAAUAGCAUAUGCUAUUGUGUGCUAAAGUAAGGUGCCCAGAUGUCUGUAAUGAUAUCCGGGGAUAUUUGGUGCGGCGGCGGCGGUGGUGCAGGGGCUGCAGGGGCUGUGUGAUCACAGACAAAGUCUCGGUACUAUUUAGUAGCAGCUCAUGCCCCUUGUAAUAACCCCGUAAGAACUGUUGUUCAGGACUGCUAACUAAAUUCGGCUACUGUAAUAACCGUUGUUCGAGCCCACACGCAACAUUUUUGCUCUCAUUAAUGAAACGCUUAAAUCGGGGACAUUUUCGGGGACAGCUUUUGCUGGGGACAGAUCAUCCAAUACGGGGACUGUCCCCGGAAAUCGGGGACGUCUGGUCACCUUAUGCUAAAGGCUAAAAACGGCAGGUAUUAAACCAUAUAUUUUAGAUCCCGAGUCCGAAGAGGAGGUGGAAGUUGAGGAAGAAGCCGGAGAUCUCCAGCGGUGUUUUCUCAUUCACUCUGCCCGGCUUUAAGUUCAUUUUCCCGGCAGUGAACCGAAGGAAACACCGAUCGUUUGGAAGAGACCCAUAGCGGAUACUGCGGUAGCUGGGUCUCGCUCUGGCUUUGACUGAGUACGAGAACGAGAGAGUGGGCGCGGCUCACCGAGGACGCGCUCGUGAAUAGUAAUGAGCAAGGUCGGCGCAACGUAACACCGACGGGCUUUUUCUAUUGGCCUGGUUUACUCGUUCCUUGAUUUUAAACCUUUACAGAAUGCAAACGACGUAACGGUUUGUUUUCACAUGUACAACAUAAGACGAACAUAAUAUGGACCUUAUAUGACACAAAAAACCCCAAAAAUUACAUUUUUAUGGCAGGUCCCCUUUAACAGGCAGAAACCUUGAGCAGGACUCGACUCAUGCCAGACAGCCACCAUGCCACUGCUGGGCUGGGGAGGAAUACACACAGAGAGAGAGAGAGAGAGAGAGAGAGAGAGAGAGAGAAGGGGAAGGAGAGAGAGAAUGAGUGAGGGAGAGGGAGGGGAAGGGAAAGAGUGUAGAGACUGAGGGUGAGAGAGAGAGAGACAGGGGACAGCAGCAACAUUAAAACAACAACAACAACAACAGCUCAUGUAAUGGUGAAACAAAAUGAAUUUAGUUUACAAGGUUAGGAUACGAGUAAUUAUGGACUAUGUUAAAUUAAUUUAAUGUGAUUACAGUCAGCAGGCCUAAUAGUAGUCAACUCUAGUUUUAUGUUAUUAAUGUCAGUGAGGCUGAUGUUCAUGUCUGCAGUAACAGUCCAAAUGUCUCUACUUUUAGAGACAUUUGGUACAACGAGCAGACCUGCAGACUGUGAGCGUAACAGAAAGUAAGGUAUUACAAGCUCAUCGAGAUAUGAUGGAGCCUGGCCAUUAAGCGCUUUAUAUGUCAUAAGGAGGAUUUUAAACUCAAUUCUAGAUUUAAUGGGGAGCCAAUGAAGAGAGGCUAAGAAUGGAGAGAUGUGCUCCCUUCUUCUGGUUCUAGUCAAUACCCGAGCUGCUGCAUUUUGGACCAGCUGAAGAGUCCUUAAAGACUUAUUAGAGCAGCCUGAUAAGAGAGAAUUACAGUAAUCCAGCCUAGAGGUAACAAAGGCAUGGGCUAGUUUUUCUGCAUCACUCUGGUACAGGAUGGGUCUAAUUUUUGAGAUAUUGCGCGGGUGGAAAAAAGCUAUCCCAGAGAUUUGUUGAAUGCGGGAGCUAAAGGACAAAUCCUGAUCAGAUAAAACUCCCAGAUUUCGCACAGUGGGGCUGGAUGCCAGACUGAUGCCAUCUACCGUAGCUAUAUUUUUAGAGAACACCUCUCUAAGGUGUUUAUAUCUUUGAGACAAGCUUCUAAUUUGGUAACCUGAUUUGUUUCUUCUGGCUUCAUGGAUAAGUAUAACUGGGUGUCAUCCGCAUAACAGUGGAAAUUAAUUGAGUACUUCCUCAUAAUUUUACCCAGAGGAAGCAUGUACAAGGUAAAGAGGAUCGGUCCAAGCACUGACACUUGCGUGACUCUGUAGCAGACCUUGGUGUGCGCAGAGGAUUCAUUAUUAACAUGGACAAACUGGGAUCGAUCUGUUAGAUAAAAUUUAAACCAGGAAAGAGUGGAUCCUGCUAUGCUGACUGACUGUUCCAGUCUCUGAAGCAGGAUGCGGUGGUCGAUCGUGUCAAACGCAGCUCUAAGAUCCAACAGGACAGAGAGAAGACCACUGUCCGAAGCCAUGAGUAAGUCAUUUGUCACCUUCAGCAGAGUGGUGUGCUGUGAUGGGUUCUAAAUCCAGACUGGAAAUCCUCCAACAAACUGUUGUUAAGAAGAAAAUCACAAAGUUGCUUCGCAACAACUUUCUCUAGGACUUUAGAAAUAAAAGGAAGGUUGGAUAUUGGUCUAUUGUUAGCUAGGGUGCCUAAGUCAAGAGUAGGUUUUUUAAGGAGAGGUUUAAUCAAUGCAGUCUUAAAAGACUGGGGAACGUAUCCUGUUUAAAAAGACGUAUUGAUCAAGUUAAGUCAAAAAUGUACUAAUUAAAGGAAGAGUUUCCUUCAGCAGUUUAGAUGGAAUUGGGUCUAAAAGACACGUUUAUGGUUUGGCUGCCAACACCACUGAAUUCAACUCAGGGGGGUCAAUGGAUGGAUGGGUGGGUGGAUGGAUGGGACAUGGAAGGAUGGAUGGAUGGAUGGGAUAUGGUAAGUUGGAUGGAUGGAUAGAUGGAUAGGAUAUGGAUGGAUGGGAUAUAGAUGGAUGGAUGGAUGGAUGGAUAGGAUAUGGACAGAUGGAUGGGACAUAGAUAGAUGGAUGGAUGGAUGGAUGGUAUAUGGAUAGAUGGAUGUUGGAUGGAUGGACAGAUGGAUGGGAUAUGGAUGGACGAAUGGAUGGGAUAUGGAUGGAUGAAUGGAUGGGACAUGGAAGGAUGGAUGGAUGGAUGAGAUAUGGUAGGAUGGAUGGAUGGGUCAUGGAUGGAUAGAUGGAUGAAUGGGAUAUGGAUGGAUGGGACAUUUAAAGAUGGAUGGAUUGAUGGGAUAUGGAUGGAUGGAUGGGACAUGGAAGGAUGGAUGGAUGGGAUAUGGAUGGAUAGAUGGAUUAAACAUGGAUGGAUGGACAAGGGUAGAUAUGGACAUACCUUAAAUUGUGUAUAUUGUAUAUAGUUUUAUUUUUUCUUCUCCUUUUUCCUUUUCUAAUUUUUUUCGUAAUUAGAACAUUUAUUUAAGUUCUUAAUAUAUGAUCUUUAUUUUCAAAACUGCAUUUUUGCACUUUGUCUGUGAUGCUGCUGUGACAAAAAAAUUUCCCCCAUGGGGGAUCAAUAAAGGAAUAUUCUAUUCUAUUCUAUUCCAUUCUACCUAUUGUAAUAUACUCUUAUUAAUCAUACUUUUUGGGUAUUUUUUAAAUUAUUUGUCAGUAUUUUUGCACUGUUGGCUGGAGAGAAAUGUCCAUUCUGAGUCCUGUGUAUGUGCUCACAUACUGCAGUAAUUGACAAUAAAAAGAAGCUUGAAACUUGGAUAAAUAUUUGGAUGGAUAGAUGGAUGAUUUUAGAGUUAAACUCUAGAUCGUCUUUCUCACAGCCUCUUAACUCUCGUUGAAUCAGGGUUCUGAUAAACUUCCUUUAAUAUGAGGAUUAAAGUCCUCCUGUGAAUACUAAUAAUUCUUACUAUUAUUAUCAUUAUUAUUGUUAUUUUACUAUACGUCAUACCUGUUGUCUCUAUUUGUCCCACAUGAUGUCCUGACAUAGUUAUCUUCAGGAUGUCUAGCUAGUGUUAGAGAUUUGCGGUUCACACAUGUCUCUCACAGCGUGCCGUGUCACCAUCAGCUGAGCCCUCACAGCAUGAAAUAGUCUGAUCAAUCAGCUGGGUGCACAUUCAGGGGGAGGGGGAGUUUGAAAUAUUGUUAUUCAAUAUUGUUAUUUUAGUCAUAAUAAAAUCAAUGUUCUAUUCAACAGUCUCUCUUGUCAACCUGGGAGUUUGUGGCUGAGGGACAGACACUAGAGGUCAGAUCAUUAAUGAGAUUGUGACAGGAUCACAGCUGACAGUAUGUGGAUGGUUAACUCCCCCCCACCCCCCUGCUAACAAGACCUCUGAGACUACAUCCUCACAUCAGAUUAUUCUCUAAGAUUGUUACUGGAUAAAAUAAUCCAAAAGAGUGUAAGACAUGUUUUCAUGCUGGUUAGCAGGAUUUCUGUGAAUGAAAAUCUCUCUGUCCGCACCACUAAAGGGUCCAUUCUGCCAUCAGGCACAUAAUCAUUUUUUAGGUAAAUGUCACACCUUUGACCCUGUGACAGCUGAACCUCAGGUUUGAUGAAGUCUGGUCUCCCAUUUGAGCAGAAAACAGCUGCAUGUGUUAACAUUCCUCAUCCUCUAAAAAAUAAAUCUGUCCUCUUUCUUUCCUUUACACUAGUGUGACCCCCCCAUCGAGGUACAGGACCUUUUCCGGGACAUCCAGGAUGGACACAUCCUGAUGGUGCUGCUGGAAGAGCUCUCUGGCUGCAAAUUGGUCAGACUGUAGUUGUAAAUAACUGUAAAUUACCUAACACACCUGGAGGGUGUUUCAAUACUACACUGUAAACCUGGAUUAGUUUCUGUGCAAAUAGUUUAAGUAUACAUCAGUUAAAAAAAUUGAGUUUUGUUGCAUUACUUAAAUAGUGUUGGUAUGUUUUACUGGCAUUAUUUGAUUAAUAUGUGCACUAGCAGUUUUAUGUCGAUUCAACUCAAAAAAUUGUGUUGAGCCUUACUAGUUUAGAUGCACUUAUAGUUUUGAGUUCAAUAAACUUAAAAAAUAAACUUCUAUACACUGUAAACCCAGAUUAGUUUCUGUACAAAUAGUUUAAGUUUACAUCAAUUGAAAAAUUGAGUUUUGUUGCAUUACUUAAAUAGUGUUGGUAUGAUGUACUGCUAUUAUGUAAUUAAUAUGUGCACUAGUAGUUUUAAGUUGAUUUAACACAAAAAAAAAUUGCGUUGAGCCUCAAUAAUUUAGAUGCGCUUAUAGUUUUGAUUUCAACAAACUUCAAAAAUUAACUUCUAGCCUGCACUUUAAUCUGAUUGGCUAAUUGUGUCAAGACUUGUCUGGGCUUGCAAGAUGGAGGACAUUAGACUUUUUCUUGUCAUCACAGAGUUAGCCUUCCUGUUCCCUGCACUGUACUCAACAUUCCUUUAUUUUCGACAAAUACCCUGGACUGUAUGACUGAUCUGCAGUGGAAGAAGAUGAAUGUUUCUCAGUUUUUCUGAUUUUCAGAGAGAGCAGUGUAAAUCAGCUGCAGUAGAUGAGUUCCCAUUUUGAUCCUCAUGGAGCUUUUUACGUUCUUCAACUUGGUGAGUCAUUUUCCAUAUUCAUUUUGGUUGGAUGACAUUAUUUCAUUAUCCUUGAAGCCUAAAAAUUUGUAUUGUGUUAAAAUUUUGGUGUGUAAACAACAUCUGAGAACUGUAAUCAGUGUAGUCCAUGUACUUUGCUUAUCCUCUCAAUUUUUGCUGUUUCACAUUGCUAUUUGGCAGAGAUAGCUAACAUAAGUUGAUACAAAUGACUUCAUUUCACUUUUUUAUUGCAAACAAACAACAGCAUUUUCUCAAAAAACUCAGUGACCUACUUUAAAAAGCUGACUAAAACAUUUGACUGUAAAUAUAUAUUUAGUUUUUGUUAAACAAUACAUAGAGACAUGCUUUGGAAAUGCAAAUUUUAUCCUGUUAACUAUGAAAAAAGAGCACAGCUUUUCAAACACCACAGACUUAAACAAUGAAGUUAUGCCAGGACUGAAUGCAUUCCUUGCUUACAUAAGGAUUACCCAUGUACAGGCGAGAAGCUCCAGUACUGUCAGAUCUUCAGACAGGACAAAUAUUACAGACAAAGUCUAAUUGUUAUGAAAAUCUCAUUUUAUUUUCCCAUAGGAUCUUCAUGAUGCAGACUUAGUGAUGACUUAAUGACUUACUGAUGCACUUGAACCGAGAGGUUGCUGCAGGUCUGGUCUCUCUGUAUUAUCUUUAAGUUUUGUAAUGUUUGCUAGUUUUUUUCAUAUUUUUGUUGUCAUUUUGUUGGCUGCUGAUGGAUACUUCUGCUGGGCGAAGAGUUUACUUAAGAGAAGAGCUCCUUUCAUUGAGGAAAAGCAAAUCUGGACAACAACCCUUGGAUUUUAAAUGAUAUCAGGUGUAAUGCUGAUAAACAGAAGCUCACAGUUCUGGUACCACUGGAUCUAAGUGCUGCCUUUGACACAUUAGAUCACCAGAUUUUAUUAAGCACACUCAGGCACCUGGUGGGCCUCUCCGGUACUGCUUUUAACUGGUUCAGUUCUUAUCUCUCGGAACAAUCCUUCUUUGUAAGUAUGGAUACCUGUUCCUCAAAAACUCAUGAAAUUAAGUGUGGGGUGCCCCAAAUGUCAAUUUUAGGUCCAACACUUUUUAAUCUGUAUAUACUUCCCCUUGGGGACAUCAUCAGGAGACACAGCAUCAGCUUCCAUAGUUAUGCUGACGAUACACAGUUGUACAUCGCCGUGUCUCCUGAGGACACAGGGCCUAUUGAUGCCCUUUUUAACUGCAUUUUAGAUAUCAAGUCAUGGAUGGCAGAGAAUUUCCUACAGCUUAACCAGGACAAAACUGAAGUUUUAAUUAUUGGUCCUGAAGGCAAGAGAGAGAAACUUUUACCAAACUACAAGAUUUUAAACCUGCUCAAUCCUGUCAAGAAUCUGGGCGUAAAUUUUGACUGUUUGCUGAAUUUUAUUCCACAUAUCAAGAACAUAACAAAGAUAGGUUUUUACCAUCUUAAGAAUAUAGCCAGAGUCCGCCCGUUUCUCUCCCAGGCCAACACGGAGGUGCUGAUGCAUGCUUUUAUUUCUAGUCGUAUAGAUUAGUGUAAUGCCCUGCUCUCUGGUCUUCCCAAAAAGACUAUUCGCAGUCUACAACUGCUACAGAAUUCUGCAGCACGUGUGCUGACAAGGACCAGAGGGCGGGAGCACAUUACACCGGUUUUAGAAUCACUGCAUUGGCUCCCCGUGUGUUUCAGGAUCAAUUUUAAGGUUCUUUUAGUAGUUUUUAAGUGUCUUAACGGUCUUGGCCCAUCUUAUUUAUCUGAACUGCUUUUAUCUUAUCAACCCUCGCAUACCCUGAGGUCCUCUGGCACCGGCCUUUUAGUUGUUCCUCGGACAAAAACCAAAACUCACGGAGAGGCUGCCUUCAGCCAUUAUUGCCCAAAGUUAUGGAACAGCCUGCCAGAGAACAUCAGGACCGCAGAGACCGUUGAUGUUUUUAAAAGGUGGCUCAAGACCCACCUUUUUAGUUUAGCCUUUAGCUGAUUUAACUGUUUUAGUUUAUUUUAUCCUUUACUUUUAUCACAUUUCUAUGUCAUUUAGAUAUUUUAACAUUAUUUUAAUUCCUGUACUCUACCAUCUUAGUAUUUUUAGCUGUAGUGUUUCCUCGUGGGGGCCCUCCACACUGGGAGGUGUCUCUGGUCUGCCCCAGAGCGUGGUCCUUGGGAUUGUCCAGGCCCGGACGGCUAGGGGGCUCUGCACUAUGUGCGGGGUGCACCCGGGCUGUCUGGGUCAGGGGGUCUCGGGGGCGGUGCUCCCUGUGAGGGUGGGCUGUGGCUCCUCUCGGUGUGGACGGCACCCAUAGGUGGUUUUUCCUCACCAGGAUCCUCAGUGCCUUGCCAUGUUUUUACUGACAGUUAGUGUGUGGGUGUGUGGAUACAUGUGUGCGUGUGUGUGUGUGUGUGUGUGUGUGUGUGUGUGUGUGUGUGUGUGUGUGUGUGUGUGUGUGGGUUUGUCUUUAUCAUUUUUGUAAAGCACCUUGUGUUGCAGCUUGUAUGAAAGGUGCUAUAUGAAUAAAGUUUGAUUUGAUUUGAUUUGAACAACAUACAAUUCCAGAGGACAUCAGGAGGUGUUAUUGUGGUUGCCGUGCUGGUGCAAAGGUGAAGGCAAAGCUAAAUGCUAGGAGGUGGCGACAUAAACCCCUUCUUCCAUCAAUCAUCAUGGGAAACAUCAACUCUCUGCCCAACAAAAGCGAUGAGCUGGAGAUAUUGGUGAAGACUGAGAAAGCAUACCGUGAGUGCAGUUUCCUGUGUUUUACUGAAACCUGGUUGAGUCAAAACAACUUGGACUCCAGUGUGGAUCUACCUGGCUUCACUCUUAUAAGGUCAGACAGAGAUGCUCAAGCUAGUGGCAAGAGGAAAGGAGGAGGUCUGGCUUUAUUUGUCAACCAGAGACGGUGUAACUCUUCACACAUAACUGUCAAGGAAAAGUUGUGUUGGCCAUAUUAUGUUCCAAGAGAGUUUAGUCAUAUCAUAACAGUAGUUGUUUACAUUCCACCCAAAUCAACUGAAAAAAUACCAUGCAAUGUUUUGCAUAAUAGUGUUGCCAGGCUACAGACUGAACACCCGGAGGCACUAAUAAUAAUAUCAGGAGACUUCAACCAUGUCACCCUCUCCUCUCAACAGGUUGACUGCUUUACUGAAUAUGUCAACUACUGUAGAGACACAGUUAUACCCACAAAGACUGUUCGCUGUUUCCCCAACAACAAACCCUGGAUCAAAAGUGAAUAAAAGCAAUCCUUAACCAGAAAAAGAAAGCUUUUAAAGAUGGUGACAAAGAACGACUCAAACAAGUGCAACAAGAGUUGAAGAAGAGACGAAGAUGGCAAAGCUUGAGUACAAAAAGAAGAUAGAGAGGAAUCUACAACACAGCAAGUUGUGGCAUGUAUCAGAAAUGGACAAGAAGCUGAAUACAGAGAUCUGAUAAGAGUCUUCAGUGACUGGAGUCACAAAAACUGCCUCCUCCUCAACACCUCAAAGACAAAGAAGAUGGUCAUAGACUUCCAUAGAUCCAAACCCUCUCUUCAGCCAGUGAACACCUGUGGAGUGGACAUCGAAGUGGUGACAUCAUGUAAAUACCUAGAUGUACAUCUGGAUAUUAAGUUUGACUGGUCUAAGAAUAUAGACUUCAUUUACAGAAAGGGGCAGAGACGCCUCUUUUGCCUGAGAAGACUACAAUCAAUAGACAUCUGUAGUAAGAUGCUGCAGAUGUUUUGUCAGCCUGUGGUGGCAAGUGUUCUGUUCUAUGCUGCAGUCUGCUGGAGAGGAAGCAUCAAACACAAAGAUGCAAGACGUCUUAACAAACGUGUGAAAAAGGCUGGCUCUGUGGUUGGACUCAAGCUGGACUCAGUGGAGGAUGUGGUGGAGAGAUGUACACUGAGGAAGGUGGCAACUAUUCUAAAGAACAUGGAUCACCCACUUCACAACACCUUGAUGGACCAAAGGGCCAAUAGUGGUGUACGACUCCUCUCUCUUCGCUGCAUGACAGAAAGAUUCAGAAGAUAUUUUGUACCAACAGCCAUCAGACUUUAUAACUCUUGUGUAAAUAGUAGAUAACUGUAAAAAGUAGAUAACUGUAAUAGUAGAUAACUUUUAGAGACAUGUCAAGUGAGACAACAGAAAAUUGAAUUUCCUUUCGGGGAUUAAUAAAGUUAUUCUUAUUCUAUUCUUAUUCCUUGGACAUUCCAGUAGACAUUCUCUGCUUUGAAGAAAGUGGGACCCAAAAUCAUGCAAUCAUAUAAUAAUUAUAUGUUAUGAUAAUUCUAUUUUAUGUUUAUUGUGGCUGUUGUUUCGUCCUGUUUUUGGCAAAUGUCAAUAAAGUUUAAUGAGAACUUUUGGUGAAAUAUAUUUUUGAGUUGGCAUAACUUAAAAUUGAGUUUAAUGAAAGCUAAAAACAGCUAAAUGCAUGUGAAAAAAUUUGUUGUCACUUAAAAUGGUGAGUUAAAUAGGUAUGAAUUUUAAUACAGAUUAUGAGUACAAAUAACUUUUCUUUCAGUGUAUUCAACUCAAAUAAUCUAUUCUAUUCUGUAUUUAGGUAGAUUCAACUUAUCCGGGUUUACAGUGUAGCUGCUUAGAGUGGUUCAUUGACCUCUUUGGAUAGUCCUCACUGACAAGGUUCUCAUCCUGAAUCAUUUCAGCUCCAUGGGUUCAAGAAGUCCACCCAUCGGAUUUUCAGACUCAACAACAUCGCCAAGGUGCUGUCCUUCCUGGAGGAGAGAAAUGUAAGCCCAAGGGACAAACCUGCUGGAUGGUUUAACACUCCUAUCGCCUGGGUAUUUAGGUAGAGCUGAUCUACACCUGUUUUGUCUGGUAAAGCUGAUUCAAACACCUGCGUCAUCAGGGAAAGCUGGUUAAAAGACCUGUAUUUUCAGGUAAAGAUGGUUAAAAGACCUGUGUUCUCGGUCAAAGCUGGUUCAAAGGUCUGUGUUCUCGAAUAAAAGCUAGAUUAAAGACCUGUGUGUUGUCAGGUGAAGCUGGUUUAAAAGGCAUAUUGUCAGGUGAAACUGGUUUUAACACCAUGUUAUCAAGUGAAGCUGGUUUAAAUAGCAUGUUUUCAAGUAAAGCUGGUUUUAACACCAUGUUAACACCAUGUUAUCAGGUGAAGCUAGUUUGAACGGCAUGUUUUCUGGUGGAACUGCUUUAAACAGCAUAAUUUUAGCUCCGGCUGGUUUAAAUGACAUGUUUUCAGGUGAAGCUAGUGUCUAUUCACGCUCCCAAGCGUCAAAGUCACAUGACAUAUUUAACCAGAUGUAGCUUCAAGACGGAGCCUCGUUGAAUCUCUGUUAUCUCAAAAGUGAGGACCUUUUACAGUUUCUUUUUUGCCUGUUCCAUUUCACAUGCCUCUCCGAGUUUUAACGCAUCACACACCAACUCUUUACACCCCACUUUUUAAUGCAUACAUCACAGUGAAGUUUUUAAUGCACCACAUGAACAACACACAAGAGGAGAGUCAUGUGUGGCCCGGUGUAUUUAGGGGUGGAAUGGGUGGUCAGUUCGGUUGGCGGGUGGUCACAGGGCGGGGCCCUGUGGGGUGCCCCACGGGCGUGCUGGUCGGCCUGCUUUUUGGCAGUGCGGGGGGCCGGGCCGGGCUCUGUUCCUGACUAUAGUGUUGGAUAUUGUCGUGAUUUUUGUUGUUUUGUAUCCUCAUUACUAUUAUUAUUAUUAUUGUCGUCAGCGUUGUCAUUUGUUUAUCGUCAUUUUUAUUGCCGGUAUUACUAUUGUUGUCAUUAUUGAUGCUGUUGUGGUUGUUGUAUCGUCGCUGUUGUGUCGGUGAUUCGGGGGGGAUUGUGUGUGUGUGUGUGUGUAUUGUUAUUAUUACAUAUAUAUUUCAAUGUGAGCCAAUUAAGAUUUUUUUAUACUCUCUAUUAUAUAUAUUCUUUCCCCCUCCCCUCCCUCACAAAAGUAUUUUUGUUAAUCUUUUAUUAUUUUUUUUGUUGUUGUUGAUGUCGUUUUUGUUGUCACUCUGUUUUGUUGUUAAAUCACGCUGUAUGAGACAGUGACAGCGCUUACAAGUAGAAAAGGCUUGCUAAAAGAAAAAAAAAACACACGACAACCCCUCUCCUAUUGGUGAAAAACUUUACCACAACAACCAAUCAAAAAUUAUAUGGCGACUGAUUGACAUGGAGCGGGCGCUUACGCUCUUCCUCCAACAGGAGAAAGCUGAGGGAGACUCAGCGGAGCCACAGUCUGAUACGGAGACACGUUGUUGGUCCCCUAGCGACCUUGUUGUUAGAUUCAGUGACUUUUUAGACCCCCUAACUACCUAUUUAGAAAAAAGGCGACUUCUUCUGGAGUUUAGAGACUCUUACAUGAAGCAGACUUUUCUUACUGAGGAGUUAGCAGCAGAGCCACACAUAAGCUCUGAGCUUUGGGAGACUGAUGCUGACAGAGCUCCAGCAGUGAGCAGGUUUCAGCCUCAGAGACCACCAGUUUCAGUUUAAUUUUAUUUUUUUGCUAUAGACACAGUCAGAACAAUCUGCAGUAACACUAAUAAAAAUGCAGCAAAAAACAAAGAAUUAUGGAAAAAUUACAAAUGGACUGACAUAUAGGAGGAUCUACAUAAGUUUUUUACAUCAUGUUUUACAUCAUUCCUCAAUUACAUCAUGGUUUUUUUUUUGUAGUAGUAGCAUAAAUAAAAUGUGACAUUAGUGAGACUAUACAUUGUUUUGUAAAUAGUUGUACAAAAAACGCCUGAGGCAAUACCUGCAUUUUAAGAUAAAUAAUGGUAAAUUACUAGGUUAUUCGCUAAAAUUGUAUAUAUGUUUUGAAGUUUACAAUUUAUAUUUGCAUUCUAAGUAAUAAAAAUGUUAUGUUAAACAUAUUUGUGGUUUUUACAGUAAAAAAUGUUACUUUUUCCCACUUGGAUUUUGUGGUUUAUGUGUGAAUUUAGGUCCUCUGUGCUAAUACAGUAAAAAUGAUAAAGCUGCUCUUAUAAUGUUUUAAGGUAAAAGCUGUUAAAGACAUCUGUUUUGUCAGUUAAAGCUGCUCCUAACACCUGUGUUUUUUUUUCUAGGUGAAGCUGGUCAGCAUUGAUGCGUCUGAUGUUGCAGAUGGAAACUCCUCCAUCAUCCUAGGUCUGAUCUGGAACAUCAUCCUCUUCUUCCAGGUAGGGAUGGCUAUUGUUAGGAUUCCUAUGAAUCGGAUUCUGGUUCUGCUUGUCAUUUCUGAUUCCUAACAGUUCCUUAUUUCAAUUCCAAACAGGUGAAAAAUAGGAAGCUACUGUAUAUGUAUAUUUAAUUGACUGGCGACCGAUUCAGGGUGUACCCUGCCUCCUACCCAAUCCCUGCUGGGAUAGGCUCCAGCCCACCUGUGACCUUGAAAGGGAUAAGUGGUAUAGAAGAUGAAUAAAUGAAUGUUUAUUUAAGAUUCUUUAUUGCAAACUAAACAGCAACAUCAAUAUCAUGUGAAUAAAGUGCAUUCAGUAAGAGAUGCUUCUGAUAAAAUGCUUCUAAUGCCUUUCUUUUGUUGUUUGGCCCCUUAUCGCCAAAAAAAAACAGGUUACUGUCUCAGUGGGGGGCUCUGUUGGGGCAGCCACGGGGGUGCUUGUCCUGGGGUUUGAUGUCUCACACUGCAAGACAUCAAACACUGCACAGUCCUUAAGUUUCGAUGCCGUGCAGUCUUAAAUGUUUUGUGAGGGUGGAAGUGCAACCUGUCUUGCAGCUUAUUAACAACCCACACUUUUUCCCUGUUCAUCACCACUCUAAUACCACUCUAAAUAAAGCCACACCUUUAACCGCUUUCUCCAGUCCAUCUUCUGUCGCUAGUACCUGCUGCUGCUAGCUCCUCUGUCUGCUGUGUUGACAAUGUGCAACAUACCAGACACACAACCAACAGGUCCUGGCAGAUAUCAAUCCAUAAGUAGCCAAUCUGUAAAUGAGCACAUCCAGGAGAAAAUAUGAAAAACUGAAAUAAUGACUUGUUUUAUUGAUACCUUGUAGGAAUAAGAAUAAGAAUAACUUUAUUUUAUCCCCGAGGCGGAAUUCAAUUUUCUGUAGUCUCAGUUGUCAUGUGUCAAAAAGUCAUCUACUAUUUACAGAAGAAUUGUAAAGUUUGAUGGCUGUGGGUACAAAAGAUCUUCUGAAUCUUUCUGUUCUGCAGCAAAGAGAGAGGAGCCGUCCACCACCAUUGGCUCUUUCGUCCAUAUAAGGUGUUAUGAGGUUGGUGAUCCAUGUUCUUUAGAAUAGUUUUCCCCUUCCUCAGUGUACAUCUCUCCACCACAUCCUUCACUGAGUUCAACUCGAAUCCAACCACAGAGCCAGCCUUUUUCACCAGUUUGUUCAGACGUUUUGCAUCUUUGUGUUUGAUGCUUCCUCCCCAACAUACUGCAGCAUAGAACAGAACACUGUAGAAACCACAAGCUGAUAAAAUAUCUGCAGCAUCUUACUACAGAUGUCUAUUGAUUGUAGUCUUCUCAGGCAAAAGAGGCGACUCUGCCGCUUUUUGUAGAUGAAGUCUAUAUACUGAGACCAGUCCAACUUAAUAUCCAGCUGCUCCAGGGUUUUCAUGAUGUGCGAAGUUAGGGCCACUGGUCUGAAGUCAUUGAGUUCAGCUGGACAUUUUGUUUUUGGUACUGGCACAAUACCGAAUGUUUUCCUCAGAGCAGGUACCCACCCCAGCUGUAGACUCAGGUUAAAGAUCCUGUGGAGAGGUUGACACAGUUCUGCAGCACAGACUUUAAGCAGCCUUGGACACACACCAUCUUGGCCAGCUGCCUUCCCCGGACAGAGUCUUCCAAGCUCCAACCUCACCCCUGUUUCUGUGACAGACAAGGUUUGAAGUAGUUGAGACAUUUGAACAAGAUGGAGGAAGAAGGGGAGAAGUUGUACUGGAGAUUUGUUGUGAAGAGGAAGAUGGAGUAGCAGUGGGUACAUCAGCAGUGUCAAAUCUGUUGAAGAAAAAGUUGAGUUCAUCAGUUCUUUCCACAUCACCCACCACUGGCUGUCUCACUGCAGUACUCACUAAAUUUAACUCAGUUCCUACUUGGAACUGAAUUUUAGUACCUAACCCUACUUUCAGGUUUCAGUCUCUCUCUCUCUCUCUCUCUCUCUUUCUCUCUCUUCCCCGCUCCCUUCCUCCCUCUGAGGGGGUAACACCUUUCUGAGUUUCCAUUCUGGUCUUUGUUUGACCACUUCAUAAGGUCAGCUUUGAGAAUUGAAUCUGUGGAGUUUCCGUUAACUUGGCGUGUCAGAUUGGAGCUGGCUGUGUGAUUUAUAUAAUCCAGACUGCGGGUCAGUGACUGGGACAGACAGGAGCCAGUGGGUUCACUCAGACCAUCCUGGUGUCAUAGAGUCUGUCCCUUAUGAGGCUGAAUGAAGCAUCAGGAUGACCUGGAUUAAUAGAAAUACGUUGGAGACACUUAAACUCAUUUAUAGGACAUAAAAUCAGCUGAGAAGAGAGGAAUCUGUUUAACUCAUAUGAAGUCUUCCAGGACUUCAUCAUUUCACCCUACAGUUAAAAAGCUGUCAUUGUUCUGUUUUGCCUAAAUGUCAGAAUAAGAAUCAGAAUCAGCUUUAUUGGCCAAGUACUGUAUGUAUGGACAUACAAGGAAAUUGACAACUGUAAACUUUGCCCUCUAUGUACAAAUGUCUUCAAGCAGCUGGUUUUUUUGUACAUGCAGCUGGAUGGUUUGCAAAUUAUCUUUUAGACAGAACCCAGGCUGUCCAGUUAGAGGGUGUUUCCUUUGAGAUUUAGUUUAUCCACAAGGGGGUACCGCAAGGUUUAGAACUAGGCCCGUUGUUAUUUACUUUGUAUAAACAUUAUUGAAAUGAAUAUCCCAAAUGCAGCCUUUCAUGUUUUUCUCUAAUUCAAAAUCAGCAAGGUCUGGUCAGUCUGUUAUUGUCACCAGUAAUGGCUAACAAAUCAAAUUUGUAUCUACUUUUAGAUAUUUGGGGUUCCUGAUUGGUGGAGCCAUUCUCAGGGUUCACCUGAGUGGCGCUGUGGGGGCCGAAAAGGACAUUUAAGGUGCCCACUAAUUGUUACAGAUGUGGUGCACAAGAAUCCUUUGUUUUUUGACUGCAGGCUGGUUGCUGGUUUGUUUUUUGAGGUAUUGGUUAAUUAUGCCUUUGUGCAAAAAUGAGUAAACAGAUUGGCUUUUGCCUACAGAAGUAUGAUUGUGCUUAACUUAAAUGGAAUAAGUUGUGGACUCUCAAGGAGCAAGCUGAAACAUCACGCAGAGGUCGCGAUAACCUAGCCAGGUUAUUCCUCCUCAUUCUUUGCGCACAUAAUGUUACUGAAUCUAGUCCUGACCAAUUGCAGCAACCCCAGAUCAUAGCACUGCCCCCAUAGGCUUGUAUGGUAGGCACCAGGCAUGAUGGGUGCAUCACUUAACCUGCCUCUCUUUCUACCUUGAUGUGCCCAUGACUCUGGGCAGAGGGUUAAUUUGGACUCAUCAGACCACAUGACCUCCUUCCAUUCCUCCAGGGUCCAGUCUUUAUGCUCCCCAGCAAGCUGAGGCUUUUUGCCGCUUAGCCUUACUGAUUACUUUUAUUAAGGCUACACAGCUGUUCAGUCCCUAUCCCUUGGGUUCACUUUGCAUUGUGCAUGUGGAAAUGCUCUUACUUUCACUGUUAAACAGACCCCUGAGUUCUACUGUUGUUUUUCUUUGAUUUAAUUUGACCAAACGUUCAAGUGAACACUGAUCACGAUCAUUCAAGAUUGUUUUUCUAGCCAUAUUUCUUCCUGGAAAAUAAUGGUUCCCCACUAUCCUUCCAGUUUUUGAUAAUGUGUUGGACAGUUCUUAACCCAAUUUAGUAGUUUCUGCAAUCUCCUUACAUGUUUUCUCUGCUUGCAUCAUACAUGCCAAUGAUUUAACCCUUCUUAAACAGACUAACAUAUUUUCCACAACCACAGGGUAUGUCUUUUGACAUGGUUGUUUAAAAAAUUAGAAGUUACUCAAUGCAUCAGCUGAGGUCAAAUAACUUGUGGCCAGCUAAAAGAUAAUGGCCCAUGCAGUAAUUAACCAGUAGGAGCUUUGUACCUAUUUGCUUAAUUAAAUCCAGGUGGCAACUUUUAUUUUGGCCAGGCAGUGUAUUACAGGUGGGGUAUGUACAAGAGGUAAAGAUUUAUUAUGUUUAACUGUGUAAACAUAAACAAAAAAAUAUUAGGUAUGGUGUGUAGAGGGUUGUGUCAGGACAGGAAUGAUUUUAGAGUAACUAUUUAACAGUUUUAAAGUCAGUUAUAAAACACAAUAUUUUUAUAAUCUUUGUUCCCAACAAAUAACCAGAAAAACUAACCUGUUAAAUCCAUAUUCAGAAAGACUAUAAUAAACUAACUAACUCUCACUGACUAACUCUUUGGAUGGAGGUGACACCUGCAGAACGGUGGAGAGGGAUGAGCUGGUGGAUAAACAGGUGGAAGAACGGGUGUGUAAAAGGGUGGAUGAACGGCUGUAUGAGCAGGUGGAUGAAAAGGUGUAUGAGCAGGUAGAUGAACGGGUGGAUUAACGACUGAAUAAGUAGGUGGAUGAAAGGGUGGUUGGUUUCCUCCUGUGCUGUCACUAUUGUUUUCUGCAGAGUGGAGCAUCCACACAGACGACCAAACUGGUGAUGUCAGUUCCUGUCAAGUUUAAUAUUUGCUUUGAGGGGACUGAAUAGAGACUGUUUGAUUGAUUUCUGCUGCAGGUAGAGUUCUUCUUGUUCAUCUGAGCGGUAGGACUAACUGUACUGCAGUCGUGUUCCUGUCCUGUGAGAUACAGUUCAUAACCAAGAGUCAGUAUUUUAAUCUUUGGCUUUCCUGCGUGCAUGUUACAGCUGAAUUUUUCCUGAUGCCAGCUACAGCAGGAGCUUUGAUCAGUCAGCUAAUAGCUCGCCCUCUUACUUGGUGUCUUCUUCUAAAUCAGAUAAGUUUGACAAUUGUAAAACAGAGUGAAAAGUGCUGAUGUGCUGAGAGUCUGCAUUCAGAACAGUCUGAACAGUUCCAUGUGGAGGUUUCUUUAUCAGAAGGCUUACCUGUGCCAUCUCAUGUGAACUCAUAUAUUUAUACAAAGACUUAUUUGUGAAAUGACGUGACUGCAGUCUGUCCGCUUAGAUCUAAUCCCUGACCCUGCUGCCCCUGUCUGAUUAUAUCUGGAGUGUUUUGGUUCUGAGAGGUGGUUUCUUAGACAAACAUGAACUCAUUAAUCCUGUUAUUCUGACUAAGACCUCAUGUUUGUUGAAUAGAUGUCUCCUUUUAUAUCUGGAGAAUUUUCAGUCUGAUUAAACUUCCCAUCUGAGCUGUUUUCAGGUAACUGAUAUGCUCUUUUCUUUAACUCAGCACAUUGUUCACUCAGGUGUCAGCACGGGGCUCAUGGUUAGAUAACCUGCAGGGUGAAUCAGUUACUCGGCAUCUGACUGCUUGCUUAAACAGCCGACUACAGAGGAAUAUGAUCUAUCUGUGUAUCCCUGCAGAUUAAGGAGCUGACCGGGAAUAUCAGGAGCCAGUUCCCCUCCUCCUCCAGCCUGUCCUCCAUCCCUACCAGCUCAGACUCUGAUGCCUCCUACUGCAGCACGCCAUCAGAUGAGAAACAGACGGCAUCCUCUGCCAUGCGAGACCACAGCAAGGCCAUCAAGAAGCUGCUGCAGUGGGUCCAGAAGAGAACACGCAAGUAAGUUUGGUCUGGGGUUUUUGAGAAAUGGUUCACUGAAGUCCUGGAGGUCUGCUUCCGUUUAACCUGCUACAUUUCAACACAGCAGCAGGGGAAGCCAUGAGUCUAUUUCAGAGCUUUCUCCUAGAACUUUUCUGGUUAUUCUAUAUGACUUUACUCUGACCUUGUCUUGUCCCAGGUAUGGUGUUGCAGUACAGGACUUUGGGAGGAGCUGGACCAGUGGUCUGGCCUUCCUGGCUGUCAUAAAGUCCAUCGACUCCAGUCUGGUGGACAUGAGGAAAGCCCUGCUAAGGACAGCAAGGGAGAACCUGGAGGAUGCCUUCAGGAUAGCUCACUAUAGCCUGGGUAUCCCACGCCUGCUGGAGGCUGAGGGUAACAAGAUCUAAAGCCUGUUGUACCCACAAAUCCAGGUCUUGGAGAGCUAAGAAACUGUAAAAAUAAUAACCAAACCAGAGUCUGAUGGUUCAUGAAGCAUUACAUUUAAGUGAUAAACAAUACAAAGAGGGUUUAAAUGCAGUUUGAGAAAACAGCAGUAUGUCAAUGCUGCAUCUAAACUGAACUGGACAGAUUGGUGGAAAAUGACCUUCAGAUAUGGAUGUUUAUUAUUAUCCAUGUCUCGUGGCACUUUUGUUCCUACAGAUGAGAUAAAAGGGGCAUCUUUAAUCGCUUUAAAGUUUAGGAGAGUGAAGGAGAGGUGAGAUGGUUGUUCAUAACCUUGAUGGUUUUCUGAUAAAGUCUCUGUCUAAUAAAGUCUCUGUGCUCUGUCUGGUUUGGGGACCUCUGAAAGUCUUUCUCAACCUCUGACAGAGGAAGUUUGUAAACCCUGUUAGGGAGGAUUUUCUAGUCCUAAGCCAAAAGAAGAAGUAAUCAGACACACUAAAAAUGCAGAGGAGGUCUGCUCCACAUUUCUGUGUUUCAAUUUGUUAAGAUGUGAGGACUUUGUGCAGAGAUUCCAGCUCCUCUGAACAAUUAAAUAAAAGUCAAGUCUACAUAUCGUAGAGGGUCUUGAUGUGAAUUUGUAGUGAUUGUUGUUUAUCUGCACAGAUGUGACCAUCAAUGCGAUUGAUGAGCAGUCCAUCAUCAUUUAUGUGUCUCAGUUUUUAGAGCACUUCCCAGGCAACCAGGAGGUGAGUCUGAACAUAUAUAAAAACAGAUUUUGACUGGAUGGUCCUCUCAUUGAUUUAUUUCCUCUGAUCUUACUGAAUCUCAGGAUGAGCACUGCCAGCUGACUGAACGGAGCGUCUCCAUGUGCCGACUGAACUACGGAGACGCCAACUCUGAGUACAUGAGGAACAGCACUUCCCGAAGCAGAGUGAGGGAGAGAUCCUACAUGUUUGAGAGGGACUUUGCUCAGCCCCCUCCCAAAAUCCUCAUAUCAUCCAUGUCUGAGGAUCGGAGCUCCAAGUCACUGUCCUACAGGGUGGCUGCAGCUCGCUCCUGGUCCAGUGAGGACAUCUUAGCAGAUACAGAAGAACUCUCCAGAAGUGAGGUCAAAGACAAACAUAAGAAACUGUCCAAUGAGGCCUCAACAAACUCAGCAUCCAACCACCAACAACUCACCUACAGUCAAUCACCCAGCAGCUCCUUAGUGCCUGAGUCCUUCAACACUGAGUCUGCCAUUGGCGACUCAGCGAUCAGCUCCCCAGACUCCUGGGUGGAGAGUGAAUUAGGGGUCACACCAGAGAAGUUCAGUGAGAGUUGCAGUGAUGGUUCUUUGUGUGACAGUGGGACAGCUUGGGACAUUUACCGAGCCACGCCAGUGGAGAUCACCACCAUGGACGACGUGGUCCCUCUUAUAGAGGACAAAACCCCUGACGAACAGUCCAUCACUGAGUCUUACAUCGACGAGGAGAUUUACUCUCUGAGCUCAAUGGAGAGUACUCUGAAGAAAGGGGGUGAAAGGAAGCAAGAGGAGGUAAAGAAGGAGGGAGAGGCCAAAGCCAAGAAAACACACCAGGAAGAGGAACAGGUGACCAAUGACAGUAGAGCAGAGACUGAAAACGAGCCUUACUCCAAACAGAUAGACAUGGAUCAACUUCUGAAAGAGCAAGAACAAUUUCCUGUACCUUGCAAUGUAAAGACACCGGUGAACCCUGAUUUCCCUGAAAAUGAUAAAACCAGCCUGCCAAAUCCCAUAAAAUCCCAUAAAACCACCACAGAUUUCCCUGGCAUUAGAGAAGAUCAGAGUGAGCAGAGCAGUGCUGAGGAUAAAACUCAUAAGGAAGCAGACUGUGAAGAGAAAACUGAGGACAUAAAUGAAGUAACACAGAACCAGAAAGUACAAAUAAACGGUAUGACUAAAAGUUGGAAUGUAAAGAGUAAAUCUGAGGAGGUGAAGGUGGAAACUGAAUGUGUGAAAACAGAGUCUACCUCAGAGGAGACAAAAGAGAAGGUAGAAGAGCAAUCAGAGGUUUUAAAGGAGGAGGAUGGAGGAGUGGUAAAAACAGAAGACAAAGCCAGUGAAAAGGUUCUAAGUGACUCACCAGAGACCCCUUAUGUAGUGAACUUAGACAGGGCCUCAGAAACAGGUCUGACUCCGGCCAUCAACAUUCCUGUGAUCUCUGUUUCAAGUGAACCAGAGGAACAGGAAGCAGCCAAAACAUGCGACAAAGAAAGACAAGAUCCUGUUACAAAAGACAAGCAUAUGUCUGGGAGUGCUGUUACUGAAGAUGCCAGCAUCCCCCAAAACCCAGACGAGUGGAACCACAACUCAAACACCAAUGAGGACCAGAAGCAUGCAGAGACUUCAAGUGGCCUGGAGUCAGCAAAUGCUAAACCACCGACAGACGUUGGAGAUUUGGAGGGUACCAGUGAGCAUAAAUCAUCAGAUUCAGAUGUUUGCCCAGCAGACACAAAGGAACAAGAACCCCAGAAUCAUGAACCUCAAACACAUCCCUUCGAGAAGGAUUUGGUAGAUCUGAGGUCUUCAGCAGACUUUAAACCUGAACCUGUGAACAAAGGGCAAGAAGCCAACUUAACUGACCAACCCAGUGGACUCCAGGGCAAACUGAUAGACGUCUCUUUGGGUAGUAAGACACCUCCCACCCAGCAGACCACAUCAGAUGGAGUCAGCUCAAAACCCGACGGUCUGACAGGAACUUCCUAUGGUGAAAGAGGCAACACGUCCAAAGACACAGACUUGUUUUCUGCAGACCUGAAUCGAAACUCUCCUACAAAUGAUCUUCUUGGUGACCCUGUUGAACCAAUGGACCUGUUCUACCCAGACAAAGAGGACCCCAUGUUCACUGAGCCUCCAGACUCUGAGAUUGAGAGCUGGCCGUCUGUUCUAAGCGUGUCCGCUCUCCAGCCAGCACCAGCCUCAGAAACUCUAUCUGACGACCAGCCACUCAUCCUGCUAGAGCAGGACAUCGGGAUCAGAGUAGAUACAAUAAACAACAAUGAUAAGGUAAAGGGGUUUGACCUCAGUGACCUUAGUUUGACCAGAAGAAUUCACCAUGAAGGCAGCUUCUAAACUAAAGUAAGAAUUUGGUUUAACUCCACUUUUAGGCUCUUUCUAUGGAUGGAGCAUGGAGUCACCUACUGUAUGUGAUGUGUGCAGAAAUGUCACUACUGCAAAUAUAGCAAGGUAUUUUAGCUGAUCCUAAAACAUUUUUUUCUGCAUUCAUAACUUAUCAGGACAAAUGAAACUCCCCUAGUGGAACUUGAAGUAUCUAACUUUUAGUAAAUUAAAUAUUAUGAUGAAUAUAGCCAAGACUGAGUUCAGGAAAAGGAAUGAUGCUGUUUGAUUCCAAACUACUGGCUGUGUAAAGCUGGAUUGACAGUAUUAAACAAUUUUGAUGUGCAGAAAACACAUUUAAUUAAUAACUCAAUUAGUGUCUGUUGAUCUGAAUUUUACAGAGUGAUAAUUAAGAGUCUCUAUUAUAAACUUUGGCUGAAUUGCAUGGACUGUAAAAGUCAAAGUCAACUUUAUUGUCAAAUAUGCUAUACAUGUUAAACAUACAGUACAGAUGAAAUUUCCGUCCUCUCGGACCCACAGUGCAUAACAAUCAAAUAUAAGAAUAAAACAACAAAAGUAUAAAUAUAGAAUGAACAACUAAGCUAAACAUAAGACUAACUUCAGAGGCUAACGUAUUUAGCAGCUAGCUAAUGUUAUCCACAGUCAGCAACAUCAGCAUUGCCAUCAGCUCUCUUCUCUGGGUGCUUCCUGGACAGAUGUCAGUUAAAGUUUGAUAUUGUCCCCGUCUUCCCUUCAAUGGUUUUUUUACACCAUGAAUAUGUUGCUCUACAUUUACCAGCGUCUGUGGUAAAAUCUUUGAAAGCAAACCGCAGAACCCGUGGACCCUCCUUUGGCAUUUUGCCCUGCACUGUUGCUGAAUGAGACAACAUGUGAACGCGCAUGCAGGUAAACAAAAAUAUGUGCCCGCCGUGGGCUGAAGACUGAUCUGUUGUUAGGACCUUAUAUCAGAAGAAUUAAUAAAUAAAAAAUAACAAAGCAUUUAUUGAUAAAUAACCCUGAGUCCUCCAAGUCCCAGUGCAGCCAGAGCUUGAGUCCAAGUCCAAGUUAUCAGCGUACAAGUCCAAGUCAAGUCACAAGUCUUGCAUACCCGGACUUGAGCCAGACUCGAGUCCAAGUUCUGAACUAGAGUACUACAACACUGCUGUAAGGACAUUUGUCAAGAGAUGACAAGAACAGCUAGACACAAUUAAACAGUUGUAAUCAAAAGCCUUGAAAGGGUUUGACCCCAUUACAACAGCCACAAUGUAGCUGCUAGUGCUCACCCCACUGAGGACUCCUUUGGAAACAAAGAACAGUACCAGCUGGAUUGGAGUCUCAGCUGUUACUGAAACCUGGAGCUGUUCACCUAAAAAGAACUUCAUAAGGCUCAGAGACACAAGCUGGAAAAAAACAUUACAACAGCAGAUAAUGAAACCCUGGGAGUACGGGGUGGAUGGUUCCUUAUCAAGGGCCGCCCAGUCCCUCUACCAAAGGGGCACGAGCUUGGUCUGUGUAACCGGUUGUAAGUCAGACUUAUUUCCAGUGAGAGUUGGACUCCGCCAGGGCUGCCCUUUGUCACUGGUUCAGUUCACAACCUUUAUAGACAGAAUUUCGAGGCACAGCUAGAGGUUGGAGGGUGUCCAGUUUGGCAGGCAGAGGAUUGCAUUGCUGCUUUUUAUGGAUAAGUCCAAGGCCAUGGUCCUCCUCGGUAAAAGGUGGAUUGCCUUCUCCAGGUCGGGGGGGAAGUCCUGCCUCAAGUGGAGGAGUUCAAGUAUCUUGGGAUCUUGUUCACGAGUGAGGGUAGAAUGGAGCAGGUGAUCGACAGGCAGAUUGGAGCGGCGUCAACAGUGAUGCGGACGCUUAACCGAUCUGUCGUGAUGAAGAAAGAGCUGAGCUGUAAGGCUCGACUCUCGAUUUACUGGUUGAUCUAUGUGCCGGCCCCUCACCUAUGGUCAUGAUCUUUGGGUAAUGACCAAAAAAACGAGAUUGCGGAUACAAGUGGCUGAAAUGGGUUGCGGCCGAAAUGGGUUUUCUCUGCAGGUUGGCCCGGCUCAGCCUUAAAGAUAAGGUAAGGAGCUUGGACACUCGGGAGGCACUCAGAGUAGAGCCGCUGCUCCUCCACAUCGAGAGGAGUCAGCUGAGGUAGGAUGCCUUCUGGACGCCUCCUGUUAGAGGUGUUGCGGCCCAGGAGGAGACCUUGUGGCCGGCCCAGGACCAGGUGGAGGGAUUACAUCUCUUGCCUGGCCUGGAAGUGCCUGGGAGUCCCCCCGGAGGAGCUGGUGGAAGUGGCCAGGGUGAGGGUCAUCUGGGCUUCCCUCCUGAAGCUGCUGCCCCUGCGACCCAGACCCGGAUAAGCGGAAGAAAACAACGACAACUUGGAUAAUGAAACUUGAGCUGUGUAAAAAAUAACACCCCAAACUGUGUCUAGCUUUCUGUCAGAGUAAAAAUAUCUGAAACCAAGUCUUAGUCAGAGGCUGUAUAGUGAUAAAAUGAAGGCUUUCACCAACUCCAGUAUGAGCUAAAUGAUGAAUUGUUAGUGAUUUCAUUUGGACCUGUGAACCAUAAAGAUUUGUUCUCAACAAGAGCUAAUGUAAAUAAAAAAGUCAAAAGCAGAUUUUAUUGAAGGGAGCACUGGAAGAGUUGCCGAAUACUUAUUUUACGAGGAACUCCCCUGCACUGUCAUACUGUACAAUGACUUUUUGCAGGAUUGUAUCUUACCAGCUUAUUUUGUCCUCAGAAUCUUUCCUUCAUUUUUGACUCUGUGCACGUGACUGAUCCCUACAUCUGUGCAGGGUUGUCUCAGUGUAUUGCGUCGUGAUUGUUUUUUUCAAUCUUUUUAAAACUUGAGUCAAAUAAGUUUUGGCUUCAUAGCACUGCAGUUGGAUUUCUGCUGACUUCAUUGAGACUAUUAUAAACAGUAAAACUGAGUCUCAGCAGUGUCAGAGGAAUCCUGCACAGCUGUGCUUCUCCAGCCUCUGGAUUGUUUGUUUUUCCGACAUAUCUGAAAGGCAAAUAUUUGUGUGUUGUGCUCAAACCGACGGGUCAAAGUUACAUGAGGAGCAAUAGGCUUAAACCGUCUCACUGUGUGUCUAAACAAAUCACUAGAGUUUUAAUCGAGAGCCUAAAUUGACUGAUCUGAGGCUGUCGAUGAGAGAAAUCUCACUGAGAUGAUUCUCCCUCACCAGAGCAUCAGUUACUGCCUUUGUACCUCACAAUGAAACUAAAUCCAGAGAAAAAGUCAACAAACUUAAGAAAUCCUCCUCUGGGGGUAGAAGUUUAACUGAAGUAUGUUUUUCUGAGCCUGCCAUCUCCAUACUUGAGUUAUCCCGCAAGUUGACCAUGAUCUCUGUUUGUUUAUCCCCAUCAGUCCAUCCCUCUGAUCAACCUGGAGACAAGCUCACCACCUAUGUCUCCAGACUGCUGUUUGCUGAAGAAAGAGGGACUGUGGGGUGGAGAUGUUCCAGCAGACUGCAGUGACCUUCAUGAGAAUGAAGACCUGAGUCCAAACACAGAGCCUGAGAGGUGGGUCUGCUAUUCUUAGUCAUCAGCCUGCUCUACACUGCGAUAAACACAUAAUUAAACACAUUCAUGAAAACACACACAUUGAAACACACACUCAUUGAAACACACUCUGAGACAGACCGUGGACCCCAGGGGAAAUGGUGUGGUGGAGCUGGAUGUGACUUGCCUGACCUGGGACCCUUGUCAAGUUGGCUCAGAGAUUUCCUUAAAUGUCUUGGACAGAGUUUUCUCUGCAGGCUGGGAACCAAACAGGCCUUAUGUGGGUCCAAACCCUGUUGCAAGGAGGGAGGGGGGCUGAAAGUGGCAGAGAGCAUAUGAAAUCAAAGGCUGACUAAGAUCCUGUUUGACAGUCAGUGAAUAUAUAAAGUUACUCUCAUCAUUACUGUCUCCCUGACAUAUAGACUGUAGAUAAAAACCGUCUUGUCUGUCUAUAUAAGAUCCUGCCAGAGUGAUGAUCUUUAGUCCACAUAGUCCAGAGUUUAAGGUGUCCGAGUAUUCAGAUUAGUGCUCUGAAAUGUCUGGAGUUCUACUGAAGAUUUGGGCCAUCAGAAAAUGUGAAUAUCAGAUAAAAAUGAUUGAUAAACAAAUGAGCCUGAAGUGGGUGGGGUCUUAACAACAUCUUGGUAUCCUGGAAAAGGGUUGACUUAGACUGCUGUCGCACAACUAGACCCUGUAUAAGGGGAAGAAAAUGGAUGGAUGGAUGGAUGGAUGGAUGGAUGGAUGGACAGAUGAAUGGAUGGACAUGUGGACAGAUGGACAGGUGGAUGGAUGGAUGAUAACAGAUUCUAAUCAGAAACAAACAAGUCAUUUGUUCUGUUCAUAACUUUUCAUGAUGCAACAUUGAUUCUGUUCUGAUGUUGUACUGAUUACUGGGGUAACCAUUUAGUUUGUGAUUAGUUAGCUGAAGCAGCAGCACUAGCACCAUGCUGAACAGUGGGCUGACAGGGUAGCAGCUUUAGCAGCUGAUGAGACUCUAAAUAGAAACUCCUCUUAUAUCUUAGACAUCAGUUUACAGUUCCUCCAUGCACACCCACUAACCAGGGGUCCGUUUCACGUAGGUGGUUCAACAAACUCUGAGUCAAAUCCUUAACUCUGAGUUGAUCUACUUUGAGAUAGGAAACUCUGAGUUUCCAGUUUCACAACACCAGAGGACUGUACUACAAAGCUGGAUCAACACAUCCAGGGUAACUCUGCGACAACUCGCUCAACUUCACCGGAUCUCUGCGAUCCCGAUCAGCUGUACUACGAAGCCAGUUAUCAACUCGAUAACUGAAUCCAGGUGUGGUCACUUCAGAUCUGGGGUGGGGUCAGUUCCACCGGACCAAUCUCCACAAUGGAGAAGGCUGCACGUCAUUUUUCACAGCCGAAGAACAGAGCAUUAUUUUACGAGGAGUACCGCAACAUUAUAACAGUGAGGAGCAGGACAGCUGCAGCCGCUAAAAGCUGGAGGGACUGCUGGCAAAAAAAAAUCGAUUGUGUAAAUUACAUUUGUGCGUUCAUAAAUUUAUGGCCCCCUAAUAUGUUGUCAUGCAGCGUGUGUGAUCACCUCCAUCAAUGACCUCAUUAUUUCAGAAACAACAGCAGUGGGGAAAAGAGUACGUGGGAGCAAAUAAAUCUAAAAACAUCCUUUAAAAUAUUUUGUAAGUUUAUUGGAAGAUUUUAUUUGUACAUAUUUCAACGCGUAAACAGUGAUUUCCUCACACUGCCUUUUUUUUUUCUUCAUCAUCUGAUGGUCACAUGUCAUCUGCAGACACAUUUGGGGUCAAGAGGAGUUUUCCAAUCUGCUUCAAUAAAUUCUGAAUGAUGACUGAUAUGCUGCAUGAAAUUGGAACCUGGAGCUUGGCAAAUAUUAAUGCAUUGCUUAGACUACCUGAAGAUUGAGGCCGUCCGAGGAAAACCUCUAACGUUCAUAGAGAACGUCAUCAGGUAAAUCAAACGGAUUUGAACUAUUAUGAAUAUAACGCAAAGCGCUCCUCUCACUAUCCGUGCAACGAUGUCCCCGGGAUCCGGCAAAAGUGGGCAAGCCAUUUUCCAAGAGAUCCGAUCGGUGAUUGGGCGGUCUUUUAUACCUGCUGAGAUCUUAUCCUGAAACAUAACCUGCUCCGGAGCAGGUUUGGCAUUCCGCGUAAGUUACCGGGGCAACGGACCCGGAUAAAAGAAAUCCACCUUCGUUGUACGGAAAACCCAGAAGUUAUCCAGAAGUUAUCUCGCUAAGACCAAAUCCAGCUUCGUAGUAAAGGCCUCUGAUUUAAGUCAGUUUUAGCAACUCCGAGUAGUUUCACCUGGACUUAAGCACGUGCACGCCAGACAUAAACAGCCAGCAUCUGUGGAGCCCAGAUUCAUUGAUCAACCAUGGAAACAGGGAGAAGCAGGGCAGCAUUUUUUACGCCAGUGGAGCUGGAAGUACUGAUGCAAGCCUACGUCGAAUACAGCACGUUUUUAAAAGAAAGUGCAAUACAGCAGCAGCUGCAAAGGAGAGGGUGAGGGCAUGGGAGUAAAUUGCUGCUUGCGUCAUUGCGUAAGUUUAGAUCAAGUCUUGUGCAAUCACAAUGACAGACUGUUGCAGGGGAAACUGCUUACAUGGAGCCAAUUCAUUUAUUUUAUGUAGGUGCAAUCCAGCGGGACAAAAGCGCACUUGGCAGCAGCUGAAAAUUAAAUAUAAAAACAUUGUGCAAACAGGUGAGACAUCUGCAUUUUCUCAUUUUGAUCAUGUUUUACAUUGUCAAGUAAGUAUUAAGUGGCAGUUUGAUCCCUUACAAAAUGCUCUUUUCACACUCAAAAAUGAAUUUUUGCUGAAUGCUGCUGCUGCGGCCGAUGGAGGAGAAAUUGGCUGAAAGAGGGCGGAGACAGAGAGAAACUCUGGGUUUACUGAGGAAAACCUGGUACUGACCAGGGGCCUGUUCUACGAAGCAAGUUGAACCUAGCGAGGUAGCCUUGGAGCUACCUCACUCAACUUAGCGCGGUAGCCAGCGGUCUCGCUAAACAGUCUUACGACGCUGGUUAUCAACCUCGUAAGUUGAUCCAGCUUUGCCAUGAGCGCGUGCACCAAUGUAAGGCAGAGCCCGCCGCAUCUGACCAAUCGUGAACAUGGACCAGUCUGGAGUGUCAGAGCUGGCAGGAGAGCUAAGGACUGCAUACUUUACAAACGAGGAGCAGGAGACGAUCAUGAGAAAGUAUGAAGAAUUCAAAUCUAUCAUAAACCUCAAAAGCAACACCGUCGCCGCUGCAAAAGCACGGAGUGAAUGCUUGCAGAAAAUUAAUCUUUGAUGCCAUUAUCAUCCUGAAAUAGCACUGUUCAACAUGCGCUUUUAAAUUAGGUGACCAGACGUCCCCGAUUUCCAGGGAAAGUCCCCGAAUUGGAUGAUCUGUCCCCGGCUAAAGCUGUCCCCGAAAAUGUCCCCAUUUUUAAGCGUUUCAUGAAUGAGAGCAAAAAUGUUGCAUGUGGGCUAGAACAACGGUUAUUACAGUGGGUAGGAAGCACAAGUAAGCAGUCCUGAACAACAGUAUUUACGGGGGUUAUUAUAAGGGGCGUGCGCCGCUACUAAAUAGUACCGAGAUGUCGUCUGUGAUCACACAGCCCAUGCCCAUUCAUUUCCAAGAUGAAUUCAUUCAUUUGUUCAUUCCUAUCGUGUUCACAUUUUUUGUGUGAUAUGUAGGCCAUAUGAGCCUUUCAUAAAGGUGGUCAUCCGGAAAAGUAAGUGGGUCCGUAUAGUCCAUGAAAACUCUCGCGCGCCGGAGUGCUCCUCGGACAAUACGAGCACCGAGGUCUACAGGAUCCGCCAAGAACGGACAAGCCAUUUUUCAAGCGAGCUCAUUGGUCAGUGGGCGGGGUUUUUAUACUCCGUGAGUUCAAUCUGGAACCUAACCUGCCCCGGAGCAGGUUAGCCGUUCAGCGUAAGUUGUCAUGGAGACUCGCCUCGCUAAGAAGUGAACCCGCGUCGUAGAACAGGAAACCCCGAACUUACCCUCGAAGUUACCUCGCUAAGCAGUUAUCCUGCUUCGUAGAACAGGCCCCAGGUUAGGUUCACAGAGUCUGUUACGAUGGUAACUGACCGCGAGGUUGAGUUACCUCUCUUUGUGAAACAGGUUCGGGUUCGGGUCACUCUGGUUUAAGUGACCCUCCUUUGUAAAACGGAAAACUCAGAGUUUCCCUGAUUUCAGGGUUAACAGACUCUGAGUUUCCAUUAAACCUGCUACGUGAAACGGACCUCUGAUAUAAAGACCAGGGCAAACCCUGACACCUGGUCAUGUGUUUGAACUCUGGUAUUCGCGCAUACGUGUACAGUAUACAACAGUGAUAGAACAGCACUAAUACAUCUCAUCCGUAAACUCAUAAACCUUUAGACCAGCAUAUUUAAUCCUUUUAAGUAUCUUUUGUUAUGUAGUCAGUAGUAUGCCAAACUGGCUGUGGUCUUCAAAAUUCACUUUUAUGCUCCUGAUUUCUGGAGGUAAUCCAGAUCUCGCAAAUAUUCCUGGUGCCUUUUCUUCUCAGUUCUGCUCUCAUGUUAGACUUAUAAACCUUAUUUUGUCUUUCCAGGACUGACUCUAAAAGCUCCAUCAGACCAGAUGAAGUCAAGACCCCUCCAGUUCUUCGUCACAGGAAGGGGGCUCGCCUCUCUGAGUCUUUGGUGGGUUUGACUCUUGAUUCCUCCUCUGUAUAAACCAUCCCUGUCAUUACUUCGACAUUCGUUUGUCUUUCCCUGCAGGGUCAGACGGCUGCAGGAGUUAGAGACCCAGAGGACAGAGACUCUGCUGUUUGGUAAGAAGCUUUCUAUCUGAGCUUCAGACGCUCACACUGCACACAGCUCUCCUUGUGAUGAAACUAGUGUGUGUGUGUGUGUGUGUGUGUGUGUGUGUGUGUCUGUCUGUCUGUCUGCGUGCCUGCGUGCCUGGGUGUGUGUGUGUGCAGGUGGGCUGACGGCUGCUGGGAGCUAUACCUGCUGCUGGUGCUGUGGCUGCUGCUCUACUGUUUCUGGCUGCUGCCUCAGAUGGACCUGAAGACCCUGCCCAGCGUGCUGCUCAACCUCUGAACACACACUUUCUGGAUGUCUUUCUCUCUCUCGCUCUCUCUCUCUCUCUCUCUUUCUCUCUCCCUCUCUCACAUACACACUUGCGCACACUGGCAUACACACACAUAUACACACACACAUGCACACAAAAUGGUUUGACGGUAGUUGUCUCAGCUGAGACUGUGGUCCAGAGGCAAGCCCAGAAAACCUGAAUCACACCACACAGAUACAGACUCACACUCUGAACAUCAGCACUUGUUACAUAAGAGCUCCUUUUCACGCACAAACGCACACACACGCACACACACACACACACACACACACACACACACACACACACACACACACACACACACACACACACACACACACACACACACACACACACAGCCCUACUGCCACUGCUGACCCCGUUCAUCUCAACAUGACGUGUCAGAGCUGCUGCUGCUGCUGCUGCAGGGGGGAAAUAAUUCUGUGAUUUUAGGAACGGACAUGAAGAACAUGUACACUACUGCAUGCUGUCUGACAUGAAGAGCAUUCAUUCAUUAUCAGCAUUUUUAGUCUGAAUCAAUGAGAACCUCUGCCGAAGGACCAGGACCCAAAACCUUCCAGAGACAUCCGUGUUGUAUGUCAGACAGUGUGCAGGAGUUUGCCAGUUUUAAAGUCUCCGAGCUUUGUAUUUUUUAACCUAAAUCUAUCAUCUUUUAAGAGAAAUUAUUUUGAAAAGUGCUCUGCAUAAUGAUAAUUCUACCUUGUCAUCACAGAAAAGGGCUUAUUGUAGAAAUAAAGUUAGACUUUAUUAUUCUAUCAAAAUAUUUAAGAAUUAAUAUUUCUAGAGAAAGUUAGUCAUGUGGUCAAAAUAUGACUUAGAGUUGUAAUUUCACUGGAAUUAUCAUUUUUCAAAAUGUAGUUAGUGUAAUUGUUGUUUUAAUCAAUAAAGUAGAGUCAAAAAAUAUAAAAACCACAGGAAUUAAGUCUUAAGUUUGGUUAUAGGUUCAGAAAAGAGUCACAAAAGUGUAUUACUUACACAGCAAGGUUGUUAUUACUGUCUGGUUUUUGUGUCUAUGUUGACUCUAUUCUGGAUCUGGACACCACAGACUUCUACAGUGUCCACAUCGUUCUGCAAUACUCCACCUGAACACUAGGUGUCAGUGAGAUGUCCGUGAUCUGAGUGGGGUUUGAGCUGAACAUCUUUUACAGUCAGACUAAAUCUCAGUGUGGUUAUACCCUGUUUAACUAAACGGGCUUUCUCAAUUCAGGGUCUGCAUAGGCUACUGGACAUUUGCUGCGUGCAUGAGGUCCUCACGCAGUGCCGAGGGUGUCCCAAUUUGCUUGUGAUUCUGAGGGCUUUCCAAAUGCGUCCACAAGACCACCCUGCCUCAGCCCCUUUUACAAGUGUGCAGCUAUGCACACUGUGUGGCCUUGGAAUCUGCAGAAUUGUUUGCAUGCUGCUGCACAGGUGCGAAUUUUGGGUGAGACGUCUGACCCGCUUGGGGUGAAAAUCACAGCGCCUCUUCAAACUAAAGAAAGAAAAUCCAAAAACACAAGACUUUCAGCUUAGGCUCCAUGUGUGCAUGCUGUCUUAACUUAAUUAAACCUCCUGCUUUGCUUUACUCCACGGCUUUUCUUCAAGUCAAUUGUGAUGCGAGCCUGAGGGCGGAGACAUUUGGUGACGCAACCAUAAAGUCCACUGGAGGGUAGACUGUCCUAAUCAUAGAUAUAAUAUACUGUACGUAGACACCUCAGAGACUUUCACUGCCUGUUGAAGCUGAUGCAUCAGCUAUGAUACAGGAUGCUGUCACACAUUAAAAAUUACCCAAAUUAUUUUACAGUCUUAGUUGUGAAAUGUAAUUCUACGUGAUCCUGCUUCAAUACUGUGCCGGUUUUUGCAACUAUUGGGUGCACAUAGGGCAUAGUUGCUUGUUUGCCAUUGACUCAGGUUGGCCCUGGUGUGAGCCGACAGUGAGGCAAUGCUCAAUUAAGCUCAAGCACUUGAUGAGGUAUCUUUGCAUGUUAUGUUUAUAGUCCCAAUUAACAAAAGUGAAAGCGAUUCACCUUAGGCAGGGUGCGCAGGCUGUAUGGGCAGUAUGCAGACCCUGAAUUGAUACACAAUCUCAGAUUGCUACUUUCGAUGUAAGUGACCCCUGAUCUUCUUGUAAAAUUGCAGCUUUUCCAUUCUGACACAUGACGUUUCCUUUGAUCCUGUUGAGGUUCUCAGACCAUAGUGUCUCAGAUUCCUCCCUGUUUUCUGCAGAGGGCAGCUCUGACAGUCUGCUGCAGCUCUGCUAUUUGUUUGGAUACUCUAUAAAGUCUGUGUUUCAUUGCUGUGCAGAGCCCACAGAGCUGACUUUGUAUUACUCUAAGAUUGUACAGCACUCUCACGUGUAAAUAGAGAUCCUUGUUCUGGAUGUGUGAAUGCACAGUUGCACAAUGAAAAGCCAUUUUAACCCAGAAGUCAAACAGGAGAUAUGCAUUUAUCUAUAUCUAUCUACUAAUAUAUCUCUAUCUAUCUAUCUAUGUAUC